CCAUGACAACACAAGCACCGACGUUCACACAGCCGCUGCAGAGCGUCGUGGCACUAGAGGGUAGUGCCGCGACGUUCGAGGCUCAAGUUAGUGGUUCUCCAGUUCCUGAGGUGAGCUGGUUCCGUGAUGGCCAGGUUCUUUCCACCGCCGCUUUGCCCGGCGUUCAGAUCUCGUUCAGCGAAGGCCGCGCUGUUCUGAGGAUCCCCGCUGUGACCGCCGCACACAGCGGGAGAUUUUCUGUCAGAGCCACCAACGGCGCUGGACAAGCCACGAGCACCGCCGAACUCCUGGUUACAGCGGAGACAGCGCCACCCAGCUUCCUUCAGAGACUGCAGAGCUCCACGGUGAGACAGGGCAGCCAGGUGAGGCUGGACGUCCGAGUCACAGGAAUCCCAACACCUGUGGUGAAGUUCUACAGAGAGGGAGCCGAGAUCCAGAGCUCGGCGGACUUCAGGAUCCUCCAGGAGGGAGACCUGUACAGUCUGCUGAUCGCUGAGGCCUUCCCAGAGGAUUCUGGGACGUAUUCUGUGACCGCCACCAACAGCAGCGGACGGGCCACGUCCACCGCUGAGCUGCUGGUUCAGGGUGAAGAAGCCGUUCCAGCAAAGAAAACAAAGACAGUGAUUUCAACCUCUCAGAUUUCACAGACCCGUCAGACCAGAGUGGAAAAGAGGAUGGAGGCCAGUUUCCAAGCCACCGCCAUGAUGGAGAUGCAGGUGGAGGGCACCGAGAUGACUCAGCAGCUGGCUCACAAGACUCCGCCUAGAGUUCCUCCGAAACCUGUGUCCAAGUCCCCUACUCAGCCCUCACUGGUCGCCAAGGUGACCGCGGGACGCCAACAGUCACCGUCACCUGUCAGACACGUGAAGGCGCCCACGCCUACACCUGUUAGGCCUGCCUCUCCCACUUCAAGACUAUCAGUCUCCCCCAUCAGGCCGGUCAAGUCCCCCAUCACGGCACGCAAGCAGAUGGCCGCUGGCGCCGACGUCCUGCCGCCCUGGAAGCAGGGAGACUAUGUGGCAGAGGCCAGCUACACCAGCAUGACCAGUAUGACCAGCAGUACCGUCACCCAGCUGGGCCAGGAGCAGCGUUGGGAGCAGCAGGUCACCGGGGUCAAAGAGGCUGAGGGAGGGAAAAGAGCCGGGGCGGUGGCCACAGUGAUGGCCGCCGUUGACCUCGCUCGGGUCCGUCAGCCUGUGCAUGUCGAGGGCGGUCGAGGUGAAGAGGAGAAAGCAGAGGCUGUAGAGGCAGAGUUAAGGCAGCAGGCCGCCGCUGUGGCUGCCGAUCAACAGUAUCAAGCCGGCUGGACAACUACACGAGUGCAGGCUGGCCAAAUGCUCACCACUAUUCAGAGAGCGACAGAAAUCUCCUCCCACGUGGACACUGGUCUCGCCCCGUCCCCAGUUCCACAUUUCACAGUUUCUAAAGUUUCUGUCCCAAAACACGAGUCUAGCUCUGAGGUUUCCAUCGCCGGCUCGGCGAUCGCCACUCUGCAGAAAGAGUUGUCCUCCUCUACCGCUAGAAAGAUCAUCAAGCCUGUCAAGUCCCCCAGUCCGUCUCGUAGAGCGGGGGAGGCCAGAGGGACCCCGGAGCCCAUCCCUCCCCCGUUCAAAGGCCUCACUGAGAAACAUGGCACUGAUUUACAGACGGGGGUGGUGUACUCAGGGGGCAUGGAGAGAAUAUAUGAGGACUGGGGAGCCCAGGUGGCGGAGGGAGCAGCCGUACCUUCUGCAGGUGCCGUAGUCCCGCCCACGCUGAUGUCUGGCUUGAAGAACACAAAUGUGACAGAGGGCGAGUCGGUGACCCUGGAGUGCCAGAUCAGCGGUCACCCUAAGCCUGUUAUCAUGUGGUUCAGAGAGGACUACAAGAUUGAGAGCUCCAUUGAUUUCCAGAUUAGCUAUGAGAACGGAUUCGCCCAGCUGGUGAUCCGCGAAGCAUUCGCUGAAGACAGUGGACGCUUCACCUGCACCGCCACAAACGAGGCGGGAACUGUCAGCACCUCAUGCUACCUGCUCGUCCAGGUGUCUGAGGAAAUCGAGAGCAGAGAGGAGAGCGCUGUCGUCACCGAACAAACUGUUGAGAAACUAGUAACCGAAGAAGCCAAAGAGGAGAUCAUGUCUCAGGUGAGCGUGGCCGAGCCAGAUACUCCUGCCGCUGCUCCCUUUUUCAUCAAGAAGCCAACCGUCCAGAAGCUGGUGGAAGGAGGAAGUGUUGUGUUUGAAUGCCAGUUCGGAGGAAGCCCCAGGCCACACAUCAUCUGGAAGAAGAACGGCGUACCGCUCACUACCGGAUACAGAUACAAAGUUGCCUACAAGAAGGAAACUGGAGAAUGCAAGUUGGAGAUCUCCAUGACCUUUGCUGAUGAUGCCGGAGAAUACUGUGUCUUUGCAAAGAACCAGCUUGGAGAGGUCUCAGCCUCCGCCAGCCUGCUGGAGGAAGAGGAAUAUGAAGCCUACAUGAAGAAACAAGAAGCAACCUUUAAGACUGAAGUGACAACCAUGGUGCAGGAGCCUCAAGUGGGAGACACUGCCCCUGUCAUUACAACAAUGGAGCAGAUGACCACCACCAUUAUCUCUGGACAGGAAUUCCAUCUGUCCAUCACUGAGCAGAGGUUCAUCCAGGAGCUCGAACUCCGCAUUAUGACGAUUACCUACAAAGAGAUAGUGACAGAGGAUGGAGAGUUGAUGGUGACCGCCGCCCCCACCGAGGCCGUGCAGCCCAGCUUUGACACCCCUGUCAAAAACUACAGAAUCAGGGAAGGAAUGGGCGUCAUUUUCCACUGCAAGAUGGGAGGAAUGCCACUUCCCAAGAUUGCUUGGUACAAAGAUGGCCAGCGCAUUAGGCCCGGUGACCGUUACCAGAUGGAGGUUCUUCAGGAUGGACGAGCCAGCCUUCGUCUGCCUGUGGUCCUGCCAGAGGACGAGGGCGUGUACACCGCCUUCGCCGCCAACAUGAAAGGAAAUGCGGUCAGCUCUGGGAAGCUCUACGUGGAGCCGUCCGGAGCUGGAGUGUCUCAGUCAGCAGUACAAAGGAUGAGGUCCACAUCUCCUCGUUCUCUGAGCCGCUCUCCUGGCCGUUCUCCCAGCCGCUCACCUGGACGCUCUCCUGCUCGCCGGCUUGAUGAGACAGACGAGGCUCAGCUGGAAAGACUCUACAAGCCUGUGUUUGUCAUGAAGCCUUCCUCAUGUAAAUGCUCUGAGGGGCAAACUGCCAGGUUCGACCUGAAAGUCGUUGGUAGGCCGAUGCCCGACACAUACUGGUUCCACAACGGACAACAAGUGGUUAGCGACUACACCCACAAAAUAGUGGUUAAAGAGGAUGGGACUCAGUCCCUGAUUAUUGUCCCGGCCAUGCCGCAGGACUCUGGAGAGUGGACAGUCAUUGCUCAGAACAGAGCUGGACGCUCAUCCAUCUCCGUCACUCUCACUGUUGAUGCCAAAGAAACCUUGGUGCGUCCCCAGUUCACUGAGAAGCUAAAGAACAUCAGUGUAAAGCAGGGCACUCUGGUUGAACUGGCUGUCAAAGCCAUUGGAAACCCCCUGCCUGACAUCGUCUGGCUGAAAAACAGUGACAUUAUCUCCCCGCACAAACACCCACACAUCAGGGUUGAAGGAACCAGAGGAGAGGCCAAAUUCCAGAUUCCCUCAGCCGCAGGCACAGACAGCGCCUGGUACACUGCUACAGCCAUCAACAAGGCUGGCAGAGACACCACUCGCUGCAGAGUCAAUGUAGAGGUGGACUAUGUUGAACCUGAACCAGAGAGGAAGCUCAUUAUUCCCAAAGGAACCUACAAGGCCAAGGAGAUCGCCCCUCCAGAGUUGGAGCCCCUUCAUAUGCGAUAUGGUCAAGAGCAGUGGGAGGAGGGCGACCUUUACGACAAAGAGAAGCAGCAGAAACCACAGUUCAAGAAGAAGUUGACCUCUGUCCGCAUGAAGCGCUUUGGUCCGGCUCAUUUCGAGUGCAGACUGACCCCCAUCGGUGACCCCACGAUGGUAGCGGAAUGGCUGCAUGACGGCAAACCCCUGGAAGCUGCAAACAGGUUGCGCAUGGUCAAUGAAUUUGGCUACUGCAGUCUUGACUAUGACGUUGCUUACGCUAGAGACAGCGGCGUCAUCACCUGCAGAGCUACUAACAAGUUUGGAGUCGACCAGACCUCGGCCACCCUGGUCGUCAAGGAUGAGAAGGGCCUUGUUGAGGAAACACAGCUUCCUGAAGGCAGGAAGGGAGCGCACCGGAUCGAUGAGAUGGAACGGCAGGCUCAUGAAGGAGGACCGUAUGGAGUCACUGCUGAAGAGGAAGCUGAGAAAAUGAAACCUGAAAUUGUUCUGCUUCCUGAACCAGCCAGAGUGCUGGAAGGCGACAUUGCCCGAUUCCGCUGCAGAGUGACUGGUUAUCCAGCACCCAAGGUUAACUGGUACCUCAACGGACAACUUAUCCGCAAGAGUAAGAGAUACAGACUUCGUUAUGAUGGUAUUUACUACUUGGAGAUUGUCGACAUCAAGUCCUAUGACGCAGGAGAGGUCAAAGUGGUGGCCGACAACAACCUGGGCUCAGCUGAACACACUGUGAAGCUGGAGAUUCAGCAGAAAGAGGACUUCAGAACUCAUCUGCGCCGUGCCCCAGAGGCUAAGGCAGCUGAACCUUCACCCGAAGUUGGAAAAACACCAUUCGAGGUGAUGAAGGUUGAGAAACCCACAGAUGACUCUCAGUUGAAAGAGGUGGUCAAGCUUAAGAAGGCCCAGAGAAUUGUUCAUGAGAAAGCCACAGAGGAGUCAGAGGAGCUGAGGGGCAAGUUCAAGCGCAGGACAGAGGAAGGCUAUUACGAGUCCAUCACCGCGGUGGACCUCAAGUCACGUAAGAGGGAUGAUUCCUAUGAGGAUCUGCUGAAGAAAACAAAGGAGGAGCUGCUUCACCGGGCAAAGGAAAAGGAGGAGGCUGAGAAGAAGAAAGAGGCGGAGCGACGCAAGGUCACAGCUAAACCUCUAAAACCAGAAAGGGUCAAACUGUCAGCCAGCAUGGAAGCUCCUAAGAUUCUGGAGCGUAUUACCAGCCAGACAGUCGCGCAGGGCGACGAAGUCAAAUUCAGAGUCAGAGUUGUUGGCAGACCAGAACCAGUGUGCCAGUGGUUCAAGAACGGUGUUCAGCUGGAGAAGUCUGACCGUGUUUACUGGUUCUGGCCUGAGGAUCACGUGUGUGAACUGGUGAUCAAAAAUGUCAGGGCGGAGGACUCUGCUAGUGUCAUGGUGAAAGCUUCGAACACUGCUGGAGAGACUUCAAGCCAUGCUUUCCUGUUGGUGCAAGCAAAGCAAGUCAUCACCUUCACACAGAAGCUGGAGGACGUUGACGCAAAGGAGAAGGACACCAUGGCUACCUUUGAGUGUGAAACCAAUGAGCCUUUUGUCAAGGUCAAAUGGCUGAAGAAUAACGAGGAGAUCUUCUCCGGAGACAAAUACAGGAUGCACUCUGACAGAAAGGUUCACUUCCUGUCUGUGCUGAUGAUUGACAUGAGGGAUGAUGCAGAAUUCACCUGUGUGGUUGUAGACGAAGACAUCAGUACAACUGCAAAACUCAAUGUUGAAGGAGCCCCGCUGGAGAUCCUGAAGCAGCUGGAGAGCACAGAAGUGCCUGAGACGUACUCUGGAGAGUUUGAGUGUGUCGUGUCUCGUGAGGAUGCUGAAGGCAGCUGGUUCUUUGGAGAAAAGCUGCUCUCUAACACCAGUAAAUACGGAAUCUCCUCCCGCCGUGGAAGACACACCCUGUCUGUCAAAGACGUGAAGAAGGAGGAUCAAGGAAAAUACUCCUUCAAAGUGGGCGAGUUUAAGACAAGUGCCUCCCUGAAGAUGAAAUUGCGUCCGGUGACCCUGAUGCAGCCUCUGACUGACCUGACCGUCUGCGAGGGUGACAUCGCUCAGCUGGAGGUCAGGUUCUCCCAGGAGAACGUUGAAGGAACCUGGAUGAAGAGCGGGCAGCCGGUCACGGCCUCAAACCGUGUGCACAUUGUUAUUGACAAACAGAUCCACAAACUUCUGAUUGAGGACACCGACAAAGAUGACUUUGGAGUGUACUCGUUUGUGGUUCCCGCUCAGGAGAUCUCGACCUCUGCAAAGCUGGUCAUUCAGACAAUUGGCAUCUUGAUCCCACUGAAGGACACAAGUGCCGUUGAAGGCACCAAGGCGGUCCUGGAGACCAAGAUCUCCGCUCAGGAUGUCAGCUCAGUCAAAUGGUACCACAACAACAAUCUGCUGAUCCCCAGUGACCGAAUCCAGAUGGUGGCGAAGGGGUCAAAGCAGCGACUGGUCUUCAACAGGACCUACGCCUCCGAUGAAGGACAGUACAAACUGGUGGUCGGCCGAGUCGACACCAGCUGCAAAUUUUCUGUUCAGACUGUCCAGAUUGUGAAGCCCAUAAAGGACCAGGAGUGCUCCGAGUCUGAGAACGUCACAUUUGAAGCCGAGGUUUCUCACCCGGGCAUCGACGCCUUCUGGACCUUCAAGAGGCAGCCGCUCAAAGCCGGCUUCAAGUACAAGAUGGAGUCCAAGAACAAGCGCCACACCCUGACUGUCAUGAACGCAAUGAAGGACGAAGAGGGCGAGUACAUGUUCGCCGCCGGUGAGAAGAUGUGCAGAGCUUCACUCACCGUAUCGGGUGGCGCUAUCAAGAAGCCCCUGCGUGAUUUGGUGGUGGCUGACUCCCAGACCGCCGUGCUAGAGUGCGAAGUCGCCAACCCCUCCGCCGAGGGCAAGUGGCUGAAAGACGGCCAGCCUGUCGACUUCAACGAGAACACGCUGAGCGAGGUGAAGGGCGCCGUCAGACGCCUCGUCAUCAUCAUCACCAGAGCCACAGACGUCGGAGAGUACACCUAUCAGGUCGCCACCUCCAAGACCUCAGCCACCCUGAAAGUCGAGGCUGUAAAGGUCAAGAAGACCCUGAAGAACCUGAAUGUGGUCGAGACUCAGGAUGCAGUAUUCAACCUAGAGCUGACCCACGAGGAUGUGAGGGGGGCGCAGUGGAUCAAGAACGGCAUCGAGAUCCUGCCCAGCGAGAAAUUUGAGAUCACUAUUGAAGGCACAGUCCACACCCUGAAGAUCAAGAACUGCACCACACAGGACGAGUCUGUUUACUCUUUCAAACUGGGAAAACUUUCCGCAAAUGCCAGGCUGAAUGUUGAAACCAUCAAGAUCCUGAAGAAGCCAAAGGACGUGACAUCACUUUUGGGUGCAGCUGCCGUAUUCGAGCUGGGCAUCUCCGAGGACAACAUCCCUGUGAAAUGGAUGUUCAAAAAUGUGGAGCUGAAGCAAAACGAGCACUUCAGGAUGCUGUCUGAGAAGAAGACCCACAAACUGAUAGUCCAGGACGUGGACAACAGCAAAGAGGGAGAGUACACGGCUGUGGUGGGCCACCUCAAGUGCAGCGCUCGCCUCACCGUCGAGUCCCUGCGAGUCACCAAACCCUUAAAGAGCGUGAAGGUCCCAGAGACCCAGGUGGCCACGUUCGAGUGUGAAGUUUCUCACUUCAACGUGCCGUCCACCUGGCUGAAGGACGGCGUGGAGAUCGAGAUGAGCGAGAAGUUCAGGAUCGUGGUUCAGGGGAAACUCCACCAGCUGAAGAUCAUGAACACCAGCAAGGACGACUCUGCAGAGUACACCUUCAUCUGCGGGAACGACAGAGUCUCUGCGACGCUCACCGUCAGCCCCAUCCUCAUCACAACGAUGCUGCAGAACCUGAACGCUCAGGAGAAAGACACGGUCACGUUUGAGGUGAACGUCAACUACGAGGGAAUCGCGUACAAAUGGCUAAAAAACGGCGUGGAGAUCCGGUCCACGGACAGAUGCCAGGCUCGCUGCAAACAGCUCACUCACACUCUGAGCAUCAGGAACGUUCACUUUGGAGACAGCGCGGAGUACAGCUUUAUGGCCGGCUCUGCUGUAACUACAGCUAAACUCUAUGUUGAAGCCCGUGUGGUUGAAUUCACCAAACAUCUGAAGGACCUCAAGAUCACAGAGAAGAAAAGAGCCACUUUUGAAUGUGAAGUUUCUGAACCGAACAUCCAGGUGAUGUGGAUGAAGGACGGUCAGGAGCUGGAGAUGUCCGACAGAUAUAAAAUGUCUUCAGAUAAAUUCGUGCACCAUCUGGUUUUGCCGUCAGUCCGCCAGUCUGACGCCGGAGAAUACACCGCUGUGGCCGGGUCAAGCAUGUCCAAGGGCCACCUGGAAGUCGGGGGUCGGGACGUCAAAAUUUCAGAGCCCGCUAGCAGGGACGUCACUGUUGUUGAGAAACACAGAGCGACCUUCGAGUUCGAGGUGAACGAGGACGACGUGGAGGGUCGCUGGCUGCGGAACGGGGUGGAGAUCCAGAUCUCGGUGGAGGAGAGGUUCAGCUACGUCACCAUCAGGAAGCUGCACCGCCUCACCAUCUCCGAGACCUACAGGAGCGACGCCGGGGAGUACACCUUCAUCGCCGGCAAGAACAGGAGCACCAUGAACCUUCAUGUCAGACUGCCUGAGCCUCCUCAGAUCGUCCACCACAUGCAGCCCCAGAAAGCCAUGUCUGGAAGAUCAGCUCGCUUCUCGGUGCAGGUGAGCGGCAUCCCUCAGCCUCAGGUGCUGUGGUACAAAGACUCCCAGGCCCUGACCACCACCUACAAGUGCAAGUUCCUCCAUGACGGAGACGAGCACUCGCUGCUGCUGCUCGAAGUCUUCCCCGAAGACGCCACCGUCUACAGCUGCGAGGCCAAGAACGACUACGGAGAGGCGACAAGCUCCGCCCAGCUCACAGUGGAAGUUCCUGAAGUAGCUGAAACGGCGGCUCGGGUCUCUGCUCCGGUCCUCAUUGCUCCCAUUCGGGACAUCCUGGUGGCAGAGGGACAGCCUGCCCAGUUCCAGUGCACUGUCUCUGGGGAAGAUCUGCAGAUUUCCUGGUUCUGUAAUGACCGAGAGGUCAGACAGUCAGACAUCUUCAGAAUGUCUCAUUAUGGUGAAAUCUGCCAGUUGGACAUUUCCAGAGUUCUCUCCGACCACGAAGGAGAGUUCUCAUGUGUUGCCGCUAACUCAGCAGGAAUGGCCAGAUGUGCUGCGAGUCUGAACAUCGACGAUGAACGAGCCUUAGCUUUUGUGUCGAGGACUGAGGCUGAGCUAAGUCAGAGACUGGAAGCUCAGUCAGAGAGUUUCAGCUCUCUGUCGGUGGGACAAACAGCCCACACUGUCGAGUUUACUGAGACAGUCUCUGAGAGCUCCUCUGUGUCUUGGAGGACGGUUGACAUUCAAAUGGAGAGUGUAAGCUCGGUGGAGAUGAGCUCUGAGAGCGGCUUUGAUUUCAAACUCUCAGCCAGCCCCAAACUGCUGAUGGAAAUGAGCGACGUCCGGGUGAAAAGUGGUGAAAUGGCUGAGUUCAGCUGCUUGUUUGACGGGCAGCCCUUCUCUGGGGUGGUUUGGGAUCACAACGGCCAGAGUCUGGCGGAUACGGAGCGGGUGAGGAGCUCUCAGAUCGGGGGUCUGUUGUCCCUGGUCAUCCAGGGUGUUGGCGUGGCGGACCAGGGUGUGUACUGCUGCACCGCCACCAACCAACACGGCCAGAACAGCUCCUCCGCCCAGCUCACUGUUGAAGCUAAAGAAGCAAAUCUCAAAGCAGAAACCCCCAUCCCUACCGAUUCUGUGCGUAAAGUGUCUCAGGCAGACAGGGAGACCCUUAGUGAGCCCCCUGACCAAGACAAGCAGGAGGCGGAGGAGAAGCCAGGACCAUCACCUCCAUCUUCCCAGAGACUUUACAGCCUCAUCAGCCACCUGUAUUUCCCUGAUGUUGUGCCUCAUGACAAACGAGGUCAGCGCCUCUCCAGCUGCCCCGAGUUCCUGAUCAAACUCCCCCGUGAGCUGCUGCUCAGAAACAGAGACGGCGGCUCUUUGUAUUGCGUUAUGAAGGGGGUUCCCACUCCGUUUGUCGUUUGGCUUUACAACCGGUUGAAUGUUAAGGAUUCUGUGUCUUACUCCUUGAAACAAGACGGCCCCCUGUGCUGUGUAAAUGUUAACAGUGUGGGACCCGGACAAGGGGGCUCUUACACUUGCAAAAAUGUCAGCUCAGCCCGGGAUGCUGAGUGCAGCACAGUCACGAAAGUAACUGCAGUGGAGACGGAAGCUAUGUUUCAGCUCCAGGAGGAGGUGAAAGCUUUCUCUAGUUCAACCAUCACAGUGGAAGAAGAAACCUACUACACUGGACUGAAGUUACCAGAUAAAGCCAGAACACUUGAACUUAAGCCAGAGUCCAAACGCUACUCCAGCUCUUUGGAGAAGAAAAAAGAAAAACCAGUUUUUCUCAGUGAACUUUCUCCAGCAGCUGUGACUGUUGGAGAAACUGCUACGUUUACCGUUAAAGUGUCCGGUUUCCCUAAGCCCACUGUUCAGUGGUUCCAUAACGGGCAGACCGUAACAGGUUCGUCAGUUUAUACCUUCGUUCACGAGCGAGAUGAGUAUAGCUUGGUCAUUACCAAAGUUCAGAGGGAGUAUGAAGGAGAGUACUCCUGUACUGUCAGUAAUAGAUUCGGCCAGUCGACUUGCACUUCUUAUUUGCAUGUUCAGGUGACGGAGCCAGAAAGAGAGGAUAAAGUUAGCACUAGAACGCUUGUACCAACUGGCAAACCCCCAGAAUUCACUAAAACUAUAGAGUCUCUCCAGCUGUCUGAGGGAGGCCAGGCAUUCUUCAGGUACACGGUGACCGGACAUCCUCUCCCUGAGAUUCAGUGGCUCAAAGGCAGUUUCCACAUUCAGCCUAGUGGUUUCUCUAUCAUUGUGAACAACCCAGAUGGAUCUGGCUUUAUUAAUAUUAAGAGUGUCAAACAAGAGCACAGCGGCGUCUACACCUGUAAGGCCUCCAACCAAUAUGGGGAAGCCUCCUGUACCGCCGAGCUGCUGGUGUUCAGGGAGAAAGUUCAGCAAGAGCACACGAUGGUUAAGAAAGCUAAAGGUUUGAAAAUAUCCAUGACUGAACAAACAACAGAAUCCAGAUUACAGCAGGAAAGGACUCUGGCUGAUCAGAUGAUUUAUACCAUUAGCACUGAUGACCGGCAGAUUAUUCCCAGUGAAGAAGCAGGAACCCUCAGAGAGCUCGAUAUCUCUGCUGCCACCAUUCAUCGAGAGCAGCUUACCCACCAGGCAGCAGUGCUGCAGUCUCAUGAAAUACAGGAGAGGGUUUCUUUGGCUCCAACUCAUCCAGCCCAGGUCUCCGCUGUUCCUAUGAAACAGCUUCAUGUAGCGACCUACUUAUCGUCCGUCCAGGAGAGACAAAAGAUCACUGAGCAGCACUCCGAACCGAUUCUCAGUCCUGAGGUUGUAGAACUUGAGAUAGCCAAAGAGCAGCCAUCAAAACUCAUGUCAGCCACAAGUGAAGAGGUCCUCCCACUCACCACAGUGAGAGCUGAGGCCUUAACGGACCGGCCUCCAGAGCAUAUGAAGACCUUGAAUGAACCCAGGCAGCUCGUUAGCUGUCACCAAGUAGAGGCCGCUCUUCCCAUCCUUAAUGAAACUUCAGCCGUCACCCACAGGCCAGAGGAAGAGAGGAGUUUCAGAGUCACCGAGGGGGUUAAGAUUUUAUACUCUGCUCAGUCUUCAGGGCAACUGCCAGUCACAGAAAGACACUCUGAGCCUCUGCCAGCUUUAGAUGCAGCCACUCAACCCUGUUUUGGCAAAGAGAAAUCUAAACCAGUGGUAGCCCCAGUAAGUGAAACUAAAGUGGCUUUAUCCAAGGAACAGAUAUUUGAAAUACACAGACCAGAGCAGGAGAGAAUCACUCCAGGCAAAGACACGGUCUGUAAGUCAGCUCUAACUGCUGAAGAGAAAUACGAACUCCAAGGUGAACAGGCAGGACAGGUGCCAGGUUUAGCAUCUUCUAUGUGUCUGCAGCCUCAGCGGGAGGGAGAAAGACUCCUGAAUCUGCAGGUUGUGAGUGAUCAGGAUGUUUUAGAGUCUGAGGGUAGGUUCAGCACCGAAAAGCCUGCUGCAGAGCAGGCAAAAGUGAGAAAGAGUCCAACUUUGUUGCAUUUGGUGACUCAAGACGAGCAAAGAACUGCGGUUUGCGAGGCAACUUCAGAGUUCUCAGCCACGACUGACGCCAUGUCCGUUCAGCCGAAGAAAGAGUUACCACAAAGAACAUACGUUCAGUCAGUUCAUUCUUUAUCAGUUUUCCCGAAAGAAGGCAUACUUACCAUCACCAAACCUGACCAGCAGGUGGCAACGCAGAAACAGGAAAAGGCUAGAAGGCAUGCAGCUACCUCAGAGGAGAGAAGGGAGAUGACAGCAGAUUAUCACAAAGAUCUCGAUGUGUCGGUGACCGGGGUUCAGUCACAGCUUCGAACUGAGCCCAGGCCUUCCAGCAUCCUCACAGUCUCCUCCCAGCCCAUGCAGCUGCCGAAGGAGAUGCCUUUCGUGACCGACGUUAAGCAGCAGCGAGCCCUAGUCCAGAAAGAGGAUUACUGGAAUAUCAUGCACUCUUUGAAGGUCACUGACACUCAGACUCUGGAGGAGGGUCACACCGUUAGCAUUAAAACUGAUGAGAAAUUCAAGCCUGAGAUGAAAACUGAGCCUAAGAUCCCCAAAAAAACUAUAUUUAUAGAGGAGAAAGCUGUUGCCACUGAAAGAUGUACUGCAAUAGAAGCCGCUGAGCAAGACUUUGCAGUCCAGAUCCAGGAGGGCCAGUCAGUGCGACAGUCAGUGUUGCUAGUAGAAAAGCAGGUCAUAACAGGAGAGCAGUCAAGUGCGAUACAUAAAUGUGAGGGCUUGACUGUCAGCGUCAUGACACAGCCUAAAGGAGUCCUGUUUGUUCACGAGUCUCAGGACACUCAGACUCUACCUAAAGAACUCAACUUUGUCAUUCAGAUUCCCAAAUCAUCGAGUUUAAAUAUACGACAUCAGCUCAGAGACUCUCUACAGUCUGCUGUGGCCAGUGACCAGCCAGUGUUACUAGCCGAUGUCGUAGGAAGGUUACAGGCUGUAGAGGUACAAGAAGUGACGGUUCAGAGAGAGCCCAAACGGGCCACGCAUACAUACCUGAUCACAACACCAGGUGCCCCCAUGGAGAUCACGCUGUCUUUUGAAGGUGAAUACCCUCAGACAGCUGACCUCAGGUCUGAACUCCAGGUAGCUCUGCAUGCUAUGGUUUUCCAGGAGCAGCAAAGUCUUACAUCAGAGCAACCAGGUACCAUGCAGACCGACAAGCCUCAGAAAGCGCUGGUUAGGUCAGCGACCUCCAAAGAGGUGUUGUCAUCUGUGGUGGACACCGUGAUAGUGGCAGAGAGUGCAGUUGGGUUUCCUCCUGCUAUAUCUCACUCUGCAGCUGUCAAAACUGAAGCCACAGCUUCUUUCCAAAGCGCAACCGUUAGUAGUCAGUCUGAAGUGCAUGAAUCUAUGAAGGUCAGCAGGAAGACAGUCAGGUCAGAGGCCACCACUGCUGAAUUCCCCAGAGAGGAGUAUCUUUCAGAGGCAGUUAUGAUCAGCGAGUCCUCUGACACUCUGGUGGAUUAUCCUGUUGUCAUUGAUUCUCUGGAAGACGUUUGCGCUGAGGAAAAUGGUAUGGCCGUUUUUACUGCAACUAUAAAGUACGUCAGCAAGGUAAACUGGUUUUUCAAUGGCCAAUUGGUGAAAUCUGGCAAAGAGUUCAAGUGUUCUAAAGAUCAGAACACAUACACACUAGUUAUCGACAAAGUUGUCAAGGCGAAGCAUCAAGGACAGUAUGUAUGUGAGGCUGAGAGUGAAGCCGGCAAGACUACAACAUCUUCAAGACUCACUGUGGUCUCAAGAGUGAAACCUGUGUUCAGGCACAAAAUUGUCCCUGUGGAGAUCAACAUCGGCAACAUUGCCAAGUUUGAAUGUGAAACUGAGGAUGCUCCAAACGUGAGCUUCAAGUGGUCCAAAGAUGGACACCCCAUUAAAGAGAGUGAUAAGUGCAGGAUUAUCAGUCGCUUCAGCCGUUCCAGUCUGGAGCUUCUGAGCCCAACCAAGGAUGAUAGCGGUGAAUACACCUGCCGGGCAUCCAAUCAGCACGGCAGUGACGAAUGCUCCGCCUCUCUCAGCGUGACAGAGCAAUUCCCUCCUACCUUUAUAACUAAACCUGACCAUCAGACUAUGUAUGUUGGAAAGAGGGCAAUUAUUCAGUGUGUAAUAGCAGGAUCUGCUCCACUCAAUGUGCAAUGGCUCAAAGACAACCAGGCCUUGCCCAAAGUGCCUGCACACUACCAAACCUCUUGUGAAAAUAAUAAGCACACUCUUGAGAUUACCAAGCUUGAGCCAGCUGACCGGGGCCUUUAUGUGUGCAAGGUGUCUAAUAAUGUUGGGACGGCUGAGUGCAGCAUGGAGCUGCGUGUUAUUGAUAAGCCCAACUUUAUAAAGGCCCUGGGUCUGGUCGCUGGUGUGGUGGGAGCUCCUCUGCACCUGGAGUGUCAAGUGGAUGAGGACACUGGAGUAACUGUCACAUGGACCAGAGAUGGUAGAAAGGUCCAUCAGUCUCCAGACUGUAAACUGUCAUUUGAGGAUAAGACAGCUACUCUUGAUAUCCUAAAGACCACACUGAAAGAUUGUGGAAAUUAUGUGUGUACGGCGGCAAAUGAAGCUGGGAGUGCAACUUGCUCCAGUUCGGUGAAGGUACAAGAGCCGCCAGUCUUUGUAAAGAGGCUGGAAGCCACCACAGUUUGGAAGCAAAGCAGUACUGCUCGGCUGCUGUGCACCGUCAAAGGAUCGCCUGAGCUUCACACCACCUGGUUCUUUAAUAACAGCGAGCUGUCUGCUGGUGGCAGAUAUGACAUCAGUCUGAAGGAUGGUGUCAGCACUCUUGUGAUACAAGAUGUCAUGUUGAGUGACAGUGGAAACUACACCUGUGAGGUUCUUAAUGAGUCUGGGUGUGAAAGCUGCAGCACUAAAGUAACAGUGAAAGAACCGCCGUCUUUCAGAAAGGAGUUACUUUCUGUAGAGGCGGUCAGAGGAUCUGUAGCCAUACUGGAGUGUGAGAUCGCAGGCUCUCCACCUUUUGAGGUGGCCUGGAAAAAGAAUAAGAAACGCCUGUCCGCAGAUAAGAAGCACAGAAUAGUGUCACAGGGAUCCCUGACCUCUCUGGAGAUCCACUCAUUUGAGAGCGCUGACGCUGGUGAAUACGAAUGUGUCGUGUCAAAUGAGGUUGGGUCAGUAACCUCCAAGUCAGUGACUAAACAGAAAGAGCCACCUAUGUUCUCUAAGAGGAUUGAGAGUGCUACAGCAGUGUUGGGAAAUACAGUGAAGCUACAGGGAACCGUAAAAGGCUCAGCUCCCAUCACAAUCAAAUGGUUGAAAGACUCUGAGCUAGUAAGAGAUGACGAUCCAAAUGUCAAAGUGACAUUUGAGAACAACAUUGCCAGCAUUUCCUUCUCAUCUGUUGAGAUAAAACAAGGCGGCAAGUACACUUGUCUUGCUGAAAAUGAGGCGGGACAGCAGAAAUGUGAAGCUGUCCUAUCAGUUCAAGAACCUGCUAGGAUCUUAGAGAAAGCCGCGUCCAUCAGUGUGACUGCAGGGGAGUCGGCCACAUUGGAGUGCACAAUUUCUGGAAGCCCAGACCUCAAAGUGAAAUGGUUUAAAGACGACAAAGAGAUGAUCAGUGGCCGUAAAUAUAAACUGAUGGUGAAGGAGAACACUGCCAUCUUAAAGAUUCUCACAGCAGAUAAAGGAGACACUUCAGAGUACAAGAUGGAGUUGUCCAAUAAAGUCGGGAAAGACCAGUGCACCUGCUCAGUCACUGUAAUAGAUCGUGCAGUUCCACCAUCCUUCACCAAAACCCUAAAGAAAGUGGAUGGGAGUAUUGGUAGUCAUGUUACAUUGGAAUGCAGAGUUGCUGGAUCUCAGCCGAUGGCUGUUUCUUGGUACAAAGAUGAUAAAGAAAUCCGCAGUGAUCACAAAUAUAAGCUUGAUUUCAGUGAGAGUACAGCCUCUGUGACGAUAACCGGCCUGGAGCAAAGUGAUGGGGGAGUUUAUACAUGCCGAGCCUCUAAUGAUGCUGGGGAAAAAGAGACCAGCGGUACUUUGUCCGUCAAAGAACCUCCAGCCUUCACGGUGAAACCUGAAUCCCAGGAUGCUUCACCAGGAUCGAAUGUUGUCUUAAAAUCAGCCUUUACAGGAUCAGCUCCUCUUGUCGUUAAAUGGUUCAGAGAGGAGAAAGAGAUUUUCACUGGGGGGAAGUAUUUCAUAAAGAAAGACGCCUCUUCAAGCUCCCUCGAGCUUCAGUCUGUGAAACCCAGUGAUUCUGCUAAAUACACAUGCCAAGUAUCCAAUGAUGCUGGGAAGGUGGAUUACACAUCAGUGCUCUUUGUAAAAGAAGCUCCAACAUUUACAAUGAAGCUUGAGCCUUACCAGCUGCUGAAAACUGGAGAACCUCUGAAGUUGUCCUGCAAAGUGCAGGGCACCCCUGUUAUUAGCAUCACAUGGUUUAAAAAUGGCUCAGAAAUUGCUUUAGAGCACAGAUACACAAUGUCCUUCGACACCUCAAUAGCAACUCUGGAGAAAGAGAACUGCUCUGUAGAGGACAGUGGAGAGUAUGUCUGUAUAGCGUCCAGCGAGGCCGGCAGAGACCAGUGCAGCAGCUCAGUGUCAGUGAAAGAGCCUCCGGUGUUUGUGAGGCCUUUUGAAUCAGCUCAGCUUGUAAAGGGCUCCAACAUUAUCUUGGAAGGAACCAUUUUGGGCUCCCCUCCAUUUGAAAUAAGUUGCUUCUUCAAUGAUAAGCUGAUCAGAAACGACCAAAGGCGUAAGAUCAGUGUUGAAAACAACACCGUCACUCUUCAGAUCUCAAACUGUGAGAGCGGAGAUGCUGGGACAUACCGGUGCACUGUUGCAAAUGAUGUUGGGGAGACAUGUUGCUCUUGCCAGAUUUCACUGAAAGAACCACCAUCAUUUGUUCAGAGACUAGAGGAUAAGUCCUGCAUGGUGGGCUCUGAGAUCUCUAUGAAGUGCAUGUUGUCUGGAUCACUUCCCAUGACAUUCUCCUGGAUCAAGGAUGAUCAUGAGCUCAAAGAAGAUGAGCAUUUUCAGAUGUCCUAUGAAACCAAAAGUGCCGUGUUGAAUUUGAAAAAUGCUCAGUUAGCACACGGCGGGAAAUAUGUCUGUCAGGCACAGAACAAAGCGGGAACUCACAGAUGUGCCGCUGUGCUCACAGUGACAGAAACAGCAAGUAUUUCAGAACAUGCAAAGUCCAUCAGUGUAACUCAGGGUGACCCGGCCAGGCUUGAAUGCAGAUUCUCAGGCACCAAACCGCUCAAGUCCAGAUGGAUGAAGGCGGGAAAGGAGCUGACUUCAGGCCAGAGAUACAAAAUCCAGCGCACAGAAUCCAGCUCUGUGCUCACCAUUAUUACAACAGAGAAAAGUGAUAGUGGUGAAUACACCUUUGAGGUUUCAAACUAUGCCGGGUACAAUUCUUGUGUGGCAGCCAUUACUGUCUUAGAACCACCGUGCAUUCUUGAAAAGCCUGAAUCCAUGAGUGUUUUGCCUGGCUCAAAGGUUAAGAUUAAUGUUCGUAUCUCUGGCACGCCACCGCUGACCAUCAAAUGGUUUACAAACAAGAAAGAGAUUUUAUCCAGUGCCGACUGCUGUGUGAUUAAAGACAAGAGCUUCAGCUCACUGGAGCUGUUCUAUGUCAAAGCUUCUGAUUCUGGUGACUAUGUGUGUGAAAUACAGAAUGAUGUGGGCUCCAGUUCAUGCCAGGCAACGCUCUUUGUAAAAGAACCCGCCUUUUUCAUUGAAAAACCUGAAUUCAUGUCAGUUGUGCGAGUAGGAGACAGUAAGGUGUUUGAGUGCAAAGUUGUUGGUACUCCAGAGAUCUCUGUGCAUUGGUUCAGAGAUGGAGCAGAGAUUCACCAAAGUGUCAAACACAAGAUGUCGUUUUUCAAAUCUGUAGCCACCUUAGAGAUUCGUCAAGUUAGUGAAAAUGACAGCGGGAAAUACUUCUGUGAAGCACGCAACGAAGCAGGCUCAGAGAGUUGCACUUUUGAGCUAGAAGUAAAAGAACCUCCGUCGUUUGUUGAAGAGCUGACGUCUCUUGAAGUUGUUAAAGGUUCCACAGCUGUGUUUACUUGCAAAGUGGCCGGAAGUGCUCCGUUUAAAGUGUCAUGGUUCAAAGAUAAAAAGCCAAUCAAAUCCAGCCAGAAGUAUGUUAUCAUUGAUAGUGACAAUGUGAGCUUGAAAAUCCAGGACUGUAAAGUGGAAGAUGUUGGUACUUAUCGGUGCGUGGUAGCCAAUGAGGUUGGGAGUUGCUCUGUCUUUGCAGCUUUGUCUCUGAAAGUCCCUCCAACUUUUGUCAAGAAGAUAGAAAAUGCCUCCGCUAUUCUGAAAGAUGCCGCUGCAUUUCACUGCACCGUGGAAGGUUCUAUGCCUCUCUCUGUGCAAUGGCAAAAAGACGAUAACUGGAUAUCAGAGGGUACAAAGAUCGAGAGAACGUUUGAGAACAAAGAGGCCACUCUCAGGAUUCCCGUCUGUGAGUCAACUCACAGUGGGAAAUACACCUGCCAGGUCGUUAACGAAGCCGGGCAAGACAAGUGCUUUGCCACUCUGGUAGUGCAAGAACCACCUACGAUCCAAGAGAAGCCAGAGGUAGUCAAAGUGACUCGUGGAGAUCCGGUUAGUCUUGAGUGCAGGGUAGCUGGAACUUCUCAGAUCAAUGUAAGAUGGACCAAAGAUGGCAAAGAGCUCCAGUCAAGCAGAAAACAUUGUCUCUCCUACGAGAACAACCUGAGCAGUCUUAACAUACAGUCCUCUCAGCUGGAAGACAGGGGAGAGUACCUGUUUGAAGCCACAAACUGUGUUGGGACUUGCAGCUGUAAAGUCACGCUGGUUGUUUUAGAAGAAGUAAUUCCUCCGACGUUCAUUAGGAAAUUAAGAAAUAUUCAAGCAAUUAUGGGUUCACUGGUCACCAUGGAGUGCAAAGUGGCCGGUUCUCUUCCAAUAUCAGUUGAAUGGAGUAAAGGGAAACAAAAGAUCAUCAAGAGCUCCAAAUAUAAACAUCUGCACAUUGAAAAUAACGUCUCACUGGAGUUGAAACUGACUGAGAGUGCUGAUACAGGAGAAUAUUCCUGCAAAGUUACCAACAAAGCAGGCAGCUGUGUGUGCAGUGGAGUUCUUACAGCUAAAGUGCCACCAAGAUUUGUAGCUGAGCCUGAAUCUCAGGCUGUUAUUCCAAAGUCUACUGUCCUCUUCACAAGUGUCUUUGAAGGAACGCCUCCAUUUAUGGUGAAAUGGUUCAAGGAUCAUAUCGAACUCAUCACUGGGCCAUCAUGUACGAUUAGACUGGAGAAAUAUUCUUCCUCUGUAGAGCUCUGCUCAGUUGGGACUCUGCAAUGUGGGAUCUAUUCUUGCCAAGUUAGCAACGAAGCAGGCACAGUGAAAAGUGCAGCAGAGUUGUUGGUGAAAGAACCUCCUCAGUUUGUCCUGAAACUUCCUUCUACUACCUUUGUGAAGCUGUGUGAGGGACAACGUUUUGAAUGCAAAUUCACCAGCGCGCCAUCCCUGAAAAUGUGCUGGUACAAAAAUGACCAAAAGAUAACCGACGGAGGCAACUAUAAAAUAAUGUUUGUUGACUCAACUGCAUACCUCCAGCUGCGCACCACAAAGUUUGAGGAUAACGGAGUCUACACCUGUGAGGCUCAUAACGAUGCUGGCAGUGCAAGCUGCAGCACUGUUCUCACAGUUCAAGAGUCCCCAUCCUUUAUUAAAACUCCAAACCCAGUAAAGGGCAUUAAAGGAAAAGAUGCCAGCCUACACUGCGAGGUGUAUGGUACUCCACCUUUCCAGGUCAACUGGUACAAAGACAAAAGGCCACUGAAGGAGAGCAGGAAGUAUAAGAUGGUCAGUGAGGGAAGCUCUGCUGCGAUUCACAUUAUGAAACUGGAGGAAGAGGAUGCUGGUCUUUACGAGUGCAGAGUGUCAAACAAUGUUGGAACUGAAUUCUGCCGUACUACCAUUAGCCUAAAAGAACAACCAGCGUUUGCCAAGAAACUGGUCGAUCAGUCGGUGAGAGUCGGUGAGCAGCUGACAAUGACAGCUACAGUGAAAGGCUCUGAACCUUUGACUGUGUCCUGGGUUCAGGACAAAGAUCACAUUCUCCGAGAUGGUGACAAUAGGAAGAUUACCUUUGAGAAUAAUGUGGCCACCCUUGUAGUACCCAAAGCUGACUCGACCACACCUGGUAAAUACACCUGCCAGCUGAGGAAUGACUCUGGAGUAGUGGAGUCUGUCUCCCAAGUGACCGUUCUAGAACCCGCUGGUAUUGUGGAUAACCCAGAGUCCUUAAACGUGAAGUCAGGAGAAAAUACAGCUCUUGAAGUCACAGUAUCUGGCUCGGCAGAACUGAAAACUAAGUGGUUAAAGGAUAACCAAGUGCUCUCUGCUGGUGCCAAGUAUCAGAUGUCCUUCUCAAAGAAGGUUGCUGCCCUGAAGAUUCGUUCUGCUGAUAAAGCAGAUGCUGGAGAAUACAAGCUAGAGGUUACAAACCAUGUUGGCACAGCCUCUUGCAAAAUUAAGCUGUCUGUCUCAGAUAAGUUGAUUCCACCGAGUUUCAUAAGGAAGCUGAGGGACACCCAUCUUCUUGUGGGUAAGCCAGGUGAGAUGGAGUGUAAGGUCACUGGCUCUGCUCCUUUAACAACUUCCUGGUUCCACAACGGCCAAGAGAUCAAGAAUGGGCCAAAUUAUGAUAUUAGCUGCACCGAUAAUAACUGCAAACUGAGAGUUCCAACAAUCAGGAUGUCAGAUUCUGGAAAGUACACAUGUAAAGCUGUAAACACUGCCGGAGCCAGUGAGACGAGUGCUUCAAUGAAUGUGACAGAGCCUCCAUCUUUUGUGGAAACACCUGAAGCAAAGGAAACAUUGCCCGGCAAAAAUGUGUCUUUCUCGGCUAAAGUGAAAGGCAGUUUCCCACUGAAAGUCAAGUGGUUCAGGGGAGCCAAGGAAAUGCAGCAUGGAAGGGGCUGCGAGAUCGUCCUGAAGGACGAUGUUGCCACUUUGGUGCUUCACAAAGUAGAAAAAGUCCAAGCAGGAGAAUACACCUGCCAGAUCAUUAACGAAGCAGGGAAGGAAACCUGUCCAGUUUACCUGUUUGUGAAAGAACCAGUGCACUUUGUGAAGAAGCUGAGGGACAUUUCCUCUGAAAAGGGCAAGCCCCUGAGGCUCGAGGUCACAUUCGCUGGAACCCCCAGAGUAAAUGUGACCUGGAAGAAGGAUGGUAAACUCAUCUGGGCCUCAUAUCAGUACAAUACAAUCACCACAGACACCUCCGGCAUCCUGGAAGUUCUUAACGCUGACAGGAUGGAGGCAGCCGGUAGAUACUCUUGCGAAGUAGACAACGGAGUCGGAAGUGACAGAUGCGAAGCACAAGUGUCAAUUCUAGAACGACCAUACUUUGUUGAAAAGAUGGAGCCAGUGGAGGUAACUGUGGGCGAUGAGGUUACACUGAAAUGCCAUAUUGCGGGAACUCCUGACAUCUCCGUAGCUUGGUUUAAAGCUGACGGAAAGCUGCGCAAGUCCAACACUUGCUCAAUGGACUUCACAAACGGUGUCGCCACUUUGAAACUGAUCCAAACAACCAAGUUCGAUACCAGUGAAUACAUCUGCAAAGCAGAGAACCGGGUCGGUUCAGCCUCUGCCAGCUGUAAUGUGAUGGUGAAAGAACCUGUGCGCUUUAUCAAGAAGCUGGAGGACACUACUUUCAUAGUUGGUCAGCCACUGAAACUAGUCUGCGCAUACACCGGAACCCAGAGGGUCUAUGUCACAUGGAAAAAGGAUGGCAAGCUGAUUUGGGCCUCUUAUCAGUAUAAUGUCAGAACUACUGAUUCAACCUGCGUUCUGGAGGUCCUCAACAGCGACAGGCCUGAGGCAGCUGGAACAUAUACUUGCGAAAUUUCCAAUGCAGCUGGAACCGAUGUCUGUCACGCUCGUGUCAGCCUAGAACCGGCUCGCUUCGUGAAAAAGCUGGAAGACACUUAUUUCAGACUCGGUGAACCUUUGACCCUCAAGUGCACGUACACCGGAAGCCAGAGAAUAUGCGUGACCUGGAAGAAGGACAGCAAACUAAUCUGGGCAUCGUAUAAGUACAAUGUCAAGACCACCAAUGACACCUGCAUCUUGGAAGUCCUCAACAGUGACAGACAAGAGGCCAUCGGAAGAUACACGUGUGAAAUUUCUAAUGCUGAAGGGAUCGAAAUCUGCCAUGCUAAUGUCAAACUAGAACCAGUUCGCUUCGUGAGAAAACUGAGAAACAGCUUCUAUAAAAUUGGCCACCCUCUGACGCUGGAGUGCACAUUUACCGGCAGCCAGAGGAUUUAUGUCAGCUGGAUGAAGGAUGGCAAACCCAUCUGGGCGUCAUACAAAUACAACGUUAAAACUACCAACUUCUCCAGCACUCUGGAUGUUCUCAACAGCGACAGUCAGGAAGCUGUCGGGAAAUACUCAUGCGAGAUUUUGAAUUCAGAGGGCACUGAUAUCUGCCAUGCUAUGGUUAAGAUAGAACCUGUGCGCUUUCUAAAAGAGCUGGAAGACACCACUUUCAGACUCGGCCAGCCGCUGUCGCUAUACUGCGCUUACAGUGCCAGCCCCAAGGUCUAUGUGAGCUGGAGAAAGGACAACAAACCAGUCUGGGCCUCCUACAAGUACAACGUCAAGACCACUGAUAAUUCCUGUGUGUUGGAGGUCCUCAACAGUGACCGGUUAGAAGCAGCAGGGAGAUACUCUUGUGAAAUUUCUAACUCUGAGAACACGGCUAUCUGCUAUGCACAGGUCAAACUAGAACCUGUGCGCUUUGUGAAAAAGCUGGAGGAUAUGACCUUCAGGGUUGGCCAGCCUCUGAGGCUUCAGGUCAUGUACACGGGCAGCCAGCACGUGCACGUGAGCUGGACAAAAGACGGCAAGCCAAUCUGGGCUUCCUACAAGUACAAUGUCAAGACUACAGACAACUCCUGUGUCUUGGAGAUUCUCAACAGUGACAGAGAAGAGGCUGCUGGGAGAUAUUCCUGUGAAAUUUCCAACGCUAGUAGCUCUGCUAUCUGUCACGCUAAUGUCAGACUAGAACCUGUGCACUUUGUGAAAAAGCUUGAAGACACAUCGUACAGUCUGGGUGACCCGUUGAGUCUGACGUGCACAUUCACUGGCAGUAAGCAAGUUCACGUGAGCUGGAUGAAGGACGGCAAGCCGAUCUGGGCUUCGUACAAAUACAACGUCAAGACCACCAAUUCCUCGUGUGUUUUGGAAAUUCUCAAUAGUGACAGAGAAGAAGCUGCUGGAAUCUACUGUUGUCAAGUUUCUAACGCAGAAGGUUCUGCCAUGUGUGACGCUCAUGUCAUUUGUAAAACCUCUAAGAAAGAACCUGCUCGCUUUAUCAGGAAGCUGGAAAACACCAUGUUCCGACUCGGAGAACCGCUGACGCUUAGAGUCGCGUUCACCGGUAGCCAAAGAGUGAAUGUUAGCUGGAGGAAAGAUGGGAGUCUGAUCUGGGCCUCUUAUCAGUACAAUGUCAAGACCACAGACUGCAGCUGCACACUAGAAGUCCUCAACAGUGACCGAGAAGAGGCUCGUGGAAGAUACACUUGCGAAAUUUCCAAUGCCGAAGGCUCUGAUAUCUGCCAUGCUUAUGUCAAACUAGAGCCCGUUCGAUUUGUCAAGAAACUGGAGGACGUCUGCCAUGAGCUGGGUAAGCCAUUACGUCUGGAGUGCACUUAUACCGGCAGCCAGAGGGUCCACGUGAUGUGGAAGAAGGACGACAAGCUGAUCUGGGCUUCUUACCAGUACAACGUCAAAACCACUAACUCCUCCUGCAUUCUGGAGGUCCUCAACAGCGACAGAGCUGCAGCUGCGGGAAAAUACACUUGCGAAAUUUCCAAUGCUGAAGGAACUGACACCUGUCAUGCUCAUGUUAAAAUAGAGUCCAAAGUCCCUCCAAACUUCACCAGGAAGCCCUCUGAGUCCAUGAUGGACUCUGUGGGUAAGACAGUGAAGAUUGAGGGUCGGGUGUCUGGUUCCCAGCCACUGACCGUCACCUGGUACAAGGACAACAACGAAAUCUUCGGCUCUGACAAAUACGAUGUCAGCUUCAAGAACAACGUGGCCGUGCUGUGUGUCAGAGACUCUGUCCGCUCUGACAGCGGUGUCUACACCUGCACGGCCUCCAACGAAGCCGGAAAAGCUUCGUGUCGGGUUUCUCUCUCCAUCUCAGAAACUGACCAGGCUCCGAAAUUUGACGUCCCUCUGGAGCCGGUGACGGUGAACGAGGGGGAAAAGCUGAGUCUCAAAUGCCACGUUCACGGCUCUCCUCCGCUGACCAUCCAGUGGAUGAAGGACAGGAGGGAGCUGAAGUCCAGCGGAAACACCAGAAUCACAUUUGUUGGCGGGACGGCCUGUCUGGAGAUCAGCUCAGUCUCAAAAACCGACAUGGGAGAUUACCUCUGCAAGGCCAGUAAUGCUACCGGCAGCGACUUCUGCAAGUCCAGGGUCACUGUGAAAGACAAAGGAGCUAAGGCCGCCCCCACGGAAGCGGCCGCCCCAGCUGCAGCUGCCCCGGUCAAAAGGCUCGACAACCUUUUCUUCAUCGAGGAACCCAAAAACGUUUCUGUCACUGAAAAGGGCACCGCAACCUUCAUUGCCAAGAUCGGAGGUGACCCGAUCCCCAGCGUGAAGUGGAUGAAGGGCAAAUGGAGGCAGAUCGUCCCUGGUGGUCGUAUUUCCAUCGAGCACAAGGGCGAGGAUGCCAAAAUGGAGAUCAGAGAGGUGACCAAGUCGGACUCUGGUCUCUACAGAUGUGUUGCCACCAACAAACACGGAGAGAUCGAGUGCAGCGCAGAGAUGGAGGUCACCAAAAAGGAAGAAGCGGAAGGAAUUGGAGACGUGAGGACAAGGCUGAAGAAGACUCCAUCGAAGCAGAAGAGUCCCAAGAAAGAAGGAGACAUCGAUAUUAUAGAGUUGCUCAGAGGUCACGACCCCAAGGACUAUGAGAGGAUCCUGCGGGAGCACGGCAUCCACGACUACCGAGCCAUCUUGCAGGCCAUCGAGUUCCUGAAGAAGGAGAAGGAGAUGGAAACUGGAAAAGUGGAGGUGGAGCGUGGCGGCCGGGUUGAAGAGGAGGACAUGGCCCGACUCAUCCAGCAGCUGGAGGGACGCGUCGGCACAGAGCCCGUCUCCGUGAUGGAGGACAUCAGAGACCAGACGGCAACUGAGAACCAGAGCGCGACCUUCCAGUGCAAGAUCCGGAUCAACUACCCGGAGAUCAGUCUCACCUGGUACAAAGGCACCCAGAAACUGGACAACAGCGACAAGUACGAGAUCAGCAGCGUGGGAGACCGCCAUUGUCUGAAGAUCAAGAAGUGCAUGGCCAAAGAUGAGGGCAACUACCGCGUGGUGUGUGGUCCUCACAUCUCCAACGCCAAGCUCACCGUCUCAGCUGACCAAAUUCAGUUCACUAAAUGCAUCAGAAGCAUCGAGGUCAGUGAACACAACUGUGCCACCUUCGAGUGCGAGUUGUCCUUCGACAACGCCACCGUCACGUGGUACAAAGACUCAUGGGAGCUUAAAGAGUGCCCAAAAUAUAACUUCAGGACCGACGGCCGACGACACUUUAUGACCAUCCGCAACGUUACACCAAAGGAUGAAGGCGUUUACUCUGUGAUUGCUCGUCUGGAGCCGAAGGGAGAAGCUCGGAGCACAGCUGAGCUUUACCUUUCAGGCAAAGAAGAGAAAAAACCUGUUGAAGAAAAAAUUGCGAGGACUCGGGUCGAGAUAAGAGAAGAAAUCCCUGAAGAACCUGAGCAAGAAGUGACCGUUCCCAGAAAGAUCACUCCUGAACCUUAUCAACCGGAGCCAAAACCAGUUCCUUCUGAGCCUAAAGUGGCACCUCAGAAACCAGCUGCGCAUGAGCCUAAAGUGCCCAAAGUUAAGCCUGAACCUGAAGCACCUAAAGUCGAACCUACCAAGAAAACACCAGAAGCCCCUGAACAGAGAGAACCAAAGACAUCUGAACCUCCAAGAAAACCACAUCUGCUGGCUGGUAGACCUGAGACAGAAGCACCGAUGUAUAUCGCUGAAACAAAACCAGAAAAAACACAGAAGGUUCCUGAAGCACCAAAGAAGGUUCCAGAAGAACCCAAGAAAGUACUAGAAGAACCAAAAAAGGUUCCUGAAGCACCAAAGAAGGUUCCAGAAGAACCCAAAAAAGUAUUAGAAGAAAAGCAGAAGGUUCCUGAAGCACAAAAGAAGGUUCCAGAAGAACCCAAGAAAGUACUAGAAGAACCAAAAAAGGUUCCUGAAGUACCAAAGAAGGUUCCAGAAGAACCCAAAAAAGUAUUAGAAGAAAAGCAGAAGGUUCCUGAAGCACCAAAGAAGGUUCCAGAAGUACCCAAGAAAGUACUAGAUGAACCAAAAAAGGUUCCUGAAGCACCAAAGAAGGUUCCGGAAGUACCCAAGAAAGUAGUAGAAGAACCAAAAAAGGUUCCUGAAGCACCAAAGAAGGUUCCAGAAGAACCUAAGAAACUACUAGAAGAACCAAAAAAGGUUCCUGGAGCACCAAAGAAGGUUCCAGAAGAACCCAAGAAAGUACUAGAAGAACCAAAAAGGGUUCCUGAAACACCAAAGAAGGUUCCAGAAACACCAAAAAGGGUUUCUGAAGCACCAAAGAAGGUUCCAGAAGAACCUAAGAAAGUACUAGAAGAACCAAAAAAGGUUCCUGGAGCACCAAAGAAGGUUAAAGAAGAACCCAAGAAAGUACUAGGAGAACCAAAAAGGGUUUCUGAAGCAUCAAAGAAGGUUCCAGAAGAACCUAAGAAAGUACUAGAAGAACCAAAGAAGUUUCAAGAAGAACCCAAGAAAGUACUAGGAGAACCAAAAAGGGUUUCUGAAGCACCAAAGAAGGUUCCAGAAGAACCAGCGAAGGUUCCGGCUGUAAACAAAAUGGUUACAGAAGCACCAGUAGAGCUGGAAAAAAGUCCAGAGCCUCCAAAAUUUGUAAGAGAGGAACCAGUGCUGCGCCACCAAGCACCAGCACCACCACAAGACUUGGAAACCCCAAAACAAAUUCCUCAGCAACAAGAAACUGUUCUUCCUGCAAAGAAGACCUCUCCUGCACUUUCUAAAGCAGUUGCUGCUCCUAAAGAAGACUUUCAGCCAGAAGAAGUGACUCUACCUAAGAAACCUAUCUCUAAAGACAAAGUUGCGCCAACUAAAAGGUCUCAAGUUCCACGGCAGAAAGCUCAUCCCCCUGAAGAAGAAACUCUCCCUUCCAAGAAACCUGCUGCUCUGGCACAAAAAAUACUCACACCCGAGGUAUGUUCUUCUGAAGAACCAAGAUCCACGGCGACUAAACCUCCACCAACAAGAGAAGUCAACAAGAAAACGAAGAAGGGAACACAGGAGAUUGAACAAGAAACUCUUGAGAAAGUGUCUCCUCCAGAGGAGAAGAAACCAUCUGCACCAGCAGCAAAGCCUUCACCUCCUCCUCCUCCUCCUUCUUCAGCCAAAGUUGCUCCCUCUGCAGUAUCUCCUCCAGAGCCGAAGAAACCAUCUGCACCAGCCCCAAAGCCUUCACCUGUUCCUCCUGCUCCUGCAGAGAAGGUUGCUCCUCCUGCAGUGUCUCCUCCAGAGGAGAAGAAACCAUCUGCACCAAAGCCUGCUGCUCCUGCUGCUGCUGCAGCCACAGUCGCUCCUGCUGCAGUGUCUCCUCCAGAGGAGAAGAAACCAUCUGCACCAAAACCAAAGCCUCCAGCAGAAAAAGUUCUUCCUUCUGCAGCUCAAGUUGCACCGGUGGAGAAGAAACCCUCUCCACCAGCCGUAAAGGCUGAACCCUCUCCUGUAUCAGAGGAAAUAUCUCCGCCAGAAGACAAGGAACCAGUUUCAGCGCCUGGACCAACUAAAGUGCCACCUCUUAAGCAAAAGGGUAAGAUUCCUGUUCAGGAAGCAAAAACACCUGAAUCGCCUAAGCUGAAGAGUAAGUUCACCAGAAAAGCCAAAGAGACGGAACCAGAACCAGAGGUUGUUAAGCUGAAGAAAGUUCCAGUGAAACCGCCAGAGCCUGAGAAACAAGUCGUAACUCAUAAAGCAGAAGUGACGAGGCAUCACGAUCCAGAGCUAACAGUUCAUGGACUUCACGACAGAGAAGAUCGAGACAUAAUAACACUCGGAAGAACUGAACGAGUCUUCACUGCAGAGGAAGAGGCGGUUCAGUUUGGCUAUUUUGAGGAAGCUGAAAUGGUUGAAGUUGUACAGAAAACUGAGAAAGAAGGAUGGACAAGAACCCCAAAACCACAGAAAGAGGAAGAACCCGAUGUGGCAAAUGUAGAUAAGAAGAAAAUAACUAAACUGCCAAAGGCAGAUGAGCAGAAGGAAUCCAUCAAACUAAAACCUUUUGAAAAAUCAGGGAAACCGGAAGAAGAGCCACAAAAGAUCAAACUGAAAAAGGUGCCAACUAAGCCCAAAGAGCCUGAGAAGGAAGUCAUAACUCAUAAAGUUGAAGUGACAAGACAUUAUGAUACAGAACUGACAGUUCAGAAGCUUCGUGUAAGAGAAGAUCAAGAGGUAAUAACACUUGGGAGAAGUGAACGAGUCUUCACUGCAGCUGAAGAGGCAUCUGAACUGGGGUAUAUGGAGGAACCUGAAAAACUAGAGGCAGAAGAUCAGAAAUCAAGAUGGACAAGAAGCCCUAAAGUGCAGAAAGAGGAAGAGCCUGAGCCAGAUUUAACCAAAAAGAAAAUAAAGAAAUUGCCAAAGAAAGAUAAAGAGCAAGAAGUAGUGACACUGAAACCAUUUGAAAAACCGAAGAAACCCGAGGCAGCUGAACCACCAAAAGCUGAGAAAGAAGGUGAAGCAAAGACUGAUACAGAACACACUCCAUUCAAGAGAGGUGAGACACUGCAGAGAGAUCAACCGUCCGCUGCUAUAAAACACAGGGAAGACGAAAAUGCUUCCGUGACGAGUCCAGAGGUAACUCCUGAUGUCAGUCACGACCAGAAGGAGAUUCCGCAGAGGAAAAAGCCUGACGAAAAACCAGAUGAAGCCUCCGAGGUAGAAAAAAAGAUGCCGCUGGACACAAAGGUACCCAGUCGAACUCCAAGGGACGAAACUCCUAUAGAGCCGAAGGAACAGCAGCUUAGGACAGCUGAAAAGACUGUGACGCCGAAAAAAGAGGAGGAGAAUAUCUUAAAGAAAGCUAUCGAACUCAAAAAGACUCCUUCGCCAAGAGUUGGUAAAGACAAGGUAGAAGAAGAAAAGCCUCUCAAACCUAUUGAGCAACUAAAGAAGGUCGAGCUUAAAAAGACGCCAUCGCCAAAACCUGAAGAAGUGGCACGUGUCCCGGCUGAGAAGAAGCCAAGUGCUGAAAAAAUCAAACGAAUUCCCAAAACUAUUUCACCAAAAGACUCUGCUGAAGCUGUAACACUCAAAAAGGUCCCGAAGAAGCCUUCCCCAGAGGAGCCUUCAAAACCAGACAAGCCCAGCAAAGGGCGGGUCCCCCUGGUGAAGGAGGUUUCUCCUGGAGCCGUGCAGAUGAAGAAGGUACCCACCCAGCCAGAGGAGGAAGUGUUCGAAGCGGAGGCAGAAGAAACGGAAGGCGAGGAAGAGGAGGAGGCCUGGGGCUGGGAACUGGUUCCUUCAGAGGACUGGGAAGGUGAAGGGGUGGAGGGGGCGCUGGAGACUCCAGGCUUCCCUGGUGGCAAACGAGAUGGAAAACCAACAGAGGAGCCACCAAAAGGCAGAGGCAGAGGAUUUGGGGCGAGACAAACCCCAUCUCCUGGUGACGGUGGCAGGGGCCGGGGCCUGAGGCCAGGCGGGAAAGGCCCGUCACCACCAGAAGAACCCUUCGGGGGAUUCAAGCUCAAAGCCGUCCCCCUAAAGUUCAUCAAGAAGAUUCAGGACAUCGUGUUGCAGGAAGCCGAGUCUAUCGGCUCGUCUGCUGUGUUUGAGUGUGAGGUCUCUCCUUCCACUGCCAUCACGUCAUGGAUGAAGGAUGGCAGUAACCUGCGCGAGGGCCCCAAGCACAAGUUCACUGCUGAUGGCAAAGAUCGCAAGCUGAACAUUAUUGAUGUCCAGCUGUCCGACACUGGAGAAUACACCUGUGUGGCCAAGAACGCUGGAAAGGAAAUAACAUGCACAGCCAAGCUCAUUGUUGAAGAGCUACCUGUAAAAUGGCUGAAAGAACUGGAACCAGAGACAACUUGUAUAAAGGGUCAGCCUAUGUACCUGACCUGUGAGCUGAACAAAGAGAGAGAUGUGAUCUGGAAGCGUAACGGCGCCAUCCUGAAGAAACAGGCUGGAAAAGUGGCCAUUAAUAUCAUUGGUAUGCAGCACGCUGUGACCAUCCAGAACUCCACAGACGAUGACGGCGGCAGCUACACGUGUGAGGUAGACGGACAGGAGGACGUCAAGACGAUGACCCAGGUCAAAGUGAUCGAAAUCAUCAAAGACUGGCUGGUGAAGCCUCUGAGAGACCAGCACGUGAAACCCAAGGCCAAGGCCACGUUCAAAUGCGAGCUGUUCAAGGACACUCCCAACUGGAAGUGGUUCAAAGGAGACAACGAGCUCGUUCCUUCUGAUAAGGUGCAGAUUAACAAAGACGGGAAGGACAUGACGCUCACCAUCAACAACUGCCAGCCCGACGAUGUUUCAGACUACACCAUUGCGGUUGAGGAUCGCAGAUACACGGCCAAGCUCACACUUGGAGAGCGCGAGGCUGAGAUCCUGAAGCCUCUUUCCAGUGUGGAGGUGGUGGAGAAGGAGGAAGCCAACUUUGACACUGAAAUAUCUGAGGAUGAUGUAGCCGGUGAAUGGAAGCUGAGGGGCCAGGUGCUGAUGAGAUCUCCGACCUGCGACAUUAAAGCUGAAGGCCGGAAACGUUUCCUCACGCUGAAACAGGUGCAGCUGGAUCAGGCCGGUGAAGUGUCCUAUCAGGCUCUGAACGCCGUCACCAGCGCCAUGCUCACCGUCAAAGAAAUCGAAAUGGGCUUUGUUGACCCGGUGAAGGAUGUUUCUGUGCCUGAAAAGAAACAGGCUAAGUUUGAAUGCACCAUCACCAAGGAGGUGUCAAAGGUCAUGUGGUUCAGGGGGGCGGAGAUCGUCACCCCGAGCCCUAAAUAUGAAAUAAUUGAUGAUGGAAAAAAACACAUGCUGAUCAUAAACAGCUGUGAGUUUGACGAUGAGGCUCAGUACACCAUCGAAGUGUUGGGCCAGAAAUGUAGCGCUCAGCUGACCGUGGAAGGCAUGAGGCUCAAAUUUGUGCAGCAGCUUCAGGACCAAACGGUGAAAGAAGGUAAAACGGCUCUCUUUGAGCUCGAGCUGAGUCACGAGAACGUGCCGGUGGUUUGGUACCGAAACGAAGUCAAACUCCACGUGAGCCGAACGGUUAUCACACAUGUGGAAGGAAAGAAACACUCUCUAGAAAUGAGGACGUUGACUCUAGAUGAUACCUGCCAGGUUAAGGCAGAAGCCAAAGGAAUUUACUCCAUGGCAAAACUGACAGUCAUAGAGGGCGACGCCGUCUUCGUGGUGAAGCUGCAGGAUUACACGGCCACAGAGAAAGACGAGGUGACUCUGGACUGUGAACUAAGUAAAGACGUCCCCGUCGUUUGGUAUCACAGCGAGAAGGAGAUCAUCGCCUCCAAGACGGUGGUCAUGAAGUCGGAGGGCACUCGCAGGUCUCUGAUCCUGAAGAAGGUGGAGCAGAGCAAUAAAGGCAAAUAUGUAUGUGACUGUGGAACAGACAAGACGUCGGCCGUCAUCAACAUUGAAGCUCGUGACAUCAAGGUUGUUCGGCCGAUUUAUGGCGUGGAGCUGUUCGAUGGGGAGACGGCUCGAUUUGAGGUGGAGAUCUCUGCGGACGACGUCCACGGCCAGUGGAAGCUGAACGGAGAAGUUCUCAAUCCUUCCUCUGAUGUUGACAUCAUCGAGGAGGGAGGCAAACACACGCUGAUCCUGUACAACUGUAAAGUGGCCAUGACCGGCGAGGUGUCGUACGCCGCCGCCAACGCCAAAUGUUCUGCUAACCUGAAGGUCAAAGAGCUUCCACUGAACUUCCUCACGUCGAUGAGUGACGUUCAUGUGUACGAGAAGGAUGAGGCCAGGUUCGAGGUCGAGGUUUCGAGACCACCGAAGAGUUUCCGCUGGCUGAAAGGCUCGCAGGAGCUGCAGAGAGACGAGAAGUACGAGAUGACCCAUGAAGGAAACAUGUACGUGCUGUUGAUCCGAUCGUCUGCCUAUGAAGACGAGGCAAAGUACAUGUUUGAGGCCGAGGACAAGAGGACGACAGGCAAACUCAUCAUCCAGGGUAUCCGCCUGGAGUUUGUCAAACCGAUUAAAGACGUGACAGUGAAAGAGCGCGAAACAGCCGAGUUCAGCGUUGAGCUCUCGCAUGAAAAGAUCCCGGUGGUCUGGUACAAAAACGACGUCCGUCUGCUUCCCAGCAAGGUGGUCCACAUGUCGGAUCAGGGAAAGAUCCACACGCUAGCUUUCAAAGAGGUCACCAUCGAUGACACGUCCAUGAUUAAAGUAGAGGCCAUGGACAAGACUGUGACCGCCAUGCUCACCGUCAUUGAGGGCGACCUGUACUUUACCACCAAGCUGCAGAACUACACUGCUGUGGAAAAGGACGAGGUGAAGCUCGUUUGUGAGCUGAGCAAAGCAGUCGCCGACGUCAAAUGGUUCAAGGACGGGAAGGAGAUCACUCCCUCCAAGAACAUCGCCAUCAGCACCGAUGGCAAGAAGCGCAUCCUGACAGUCAGGAAGGCGGAGAAGGCCAACAUCGGAGAAUACACCUGCGACUGUGGCUCUGACAAAACUAAAGCCAACCUCAACAUUGAAGAGCGCGACAUCAAGGUUGUUCGUCCACUGUACAGCGUCGAGGUCACAGAGACAGAAACCGCCAAGUUUGAGACGGAGAUUUCAGAAGAGGACGUCCACGGAAACUGGAAGCUGAAGGGAGAAGCUCUGCAUCAGUCCGCCGAUGUCGAGAUUAAGGAGGAAGGAACCAGACACAUGCUGAUCCUCUAUAACGUCCGUAUGGACAUGGCCGGAGGGGUCGACUUCUCAGCAGCCAACGCCAAAUCCACCGCACAGCUCCGAGUGAAAGCUCGGUCCAUCGGGCUGCUGCGUCCUCUGAAGGACGUGACGGUGACGGCCGGAGAGACGGCGACCUUCGAGUGCGAGCUGUCGUAUGAAGGCAUCGUGGUGGAGUGGUUCCUGGGAGGACAGAAGAUGGACGCCAGUGAUCGGGUGAAGACGCGCGUGGCGGGUCGGAUUCACACUCUGACCGUCAGAGACGUGAAGCUGUCGGAGGCCGGCGAGGUCAAGCUGACCUCCAAAGACUUCCAGACCCAGGCUCAGCUCAUCAUCAGAGAGCCGCCGGUGGAGUUCACGAAGCCUCUGGAGGACCAGACGGUGGAGGAAGAAGCCACCGCCACGCUCGAGUGUGAAGUUUCCAGAGAGAAAGCAGAGGUACGAUGGUUCAGGGAAGGACAGGAGAUCAGAAAGACCAAGAAGUACGACAUCAUCGCCGACGGCCGCAAGAGAGCGCUGGUCAUCCACGACUGCUCGCCAGACGAUGUGAAGAUAUACACGUGUGACGCCGUAGAGUUCAAGACUUCCUGUUUCCUGGAGGUCACACCUCCUCACGUGGAGUUCACCAAGCCUCUGCAGGAUGUGGAGGUCAAAGAGAAGGAAUCUGCUAAGUUUGAAUGUUCAGUGUCCCGCGAGUCGGCCAAGGUUCGUUGGUUCAAGGACGGCAGUGAGAUAAGGAAAGGAAAGAAGUACGAGAUCAUCGCUAAGGGCGUCCAGAGGAUCCUUAUCGUCCACAAGUCUGCGUUCGACGAUGAGGCCGAGUACGAAUGCGACGCCAGAACCUCCAAGACCUCCGGCAUGCUCACCGUCAUUGAGGAGGAGGCCAGGUUCACCAAGAACCUGUCCAACGUGGAGGGAACGGAGACGGACAGCGUGAAGAUGAUCUGCGAGGUGUCGAAGGCCGCCGCCGAGGUCACGUGGUACCGAGGAGACGAGGAGCUGCCGGAGGGCGGCCGCUACGAGCACAUCACGGACGGACGCAAGAGGAUCCUGAUCAUCCAGGACCUGAGGAUGGAGGACGCCGGAGAGUACAACUGCAGGUUGAGUCCCAGCAUCAGGACGUCCGCCACACUCAAACUCAACGAACUGGCAGCCGAGUUCAUCGCUCGUCCUCAGAACCAGGAGGUGGUGGAGGGCGAGAAGGCAGAGUUCGCCUGCUCCGUCUCCAAAGAAACCUACGAGGUCAGAUGGUUCAGAGGUGACAAGGAAGUCGAAGCCGGGGACAAAUACACCAUCGUCAGCGAAGGAAAGAGAAGAGCUCUUAUUGUGAAAAACUGCCAGCUGAAGGACGAGGGAGGCUACGUCGCCCACAUCGGCAGCGUUAAAGCCGCAGCCGAUCUGUGCGUGAUUGAAAAACUGAGGAUCAUCACGCCGAUUAAAGACACGGAGGUGAAGGAGGGAAGUGAGAUCGUGUUCAACUGCGAGGCGAACGCAGAGGGAGCGAAGGCCAAGUGGCUGAAGAACGAGGAGACUAUAUUUGAGAGCAGCAAGUACAUGAUGGCUCAGAGGGACAACGUCUUCUCCCUGAGGAUCAGAGACGCCCAGAAGGCCGACGAGGCCAGCUACACCAUCAACCUGACCAAUCAGAGAGGAGAGCAGGCCAAGUGCACCGCCAGCGCUAAAGUGGCAGAGGAGAAGCUGAAGUUCCUGGAUCCCAUGGAGGACAUCGAGACCCAGGAGAGGAAGACCAUCAGCUUCGUUUGUAAGGUGAACCGUCCUGAGGUGACGGUGAGGUGGAUGAAGGCCGGCCAGGAGGUGACGCUCAGCAAACGCAUCGUCUACAGAGUCGACGGCCUCAAACACACCCUGACCAUCAAGGACUGCAUCAUGGACGACGAGGGCGAGUACACCGCCGUGGUCGGGGACGACAAGUGCGCGGCCGAGCUGAUCAUCAGCGAGGCGCCGACAGACUUCACGGCACAGCUCAAAGAUCAGACCAUCACCGAGUUUGAGGACGCCGAGUUCACCUGCAAGCUGAGCAAGGAGAAGGCGGCGGUGAAGUGGUACAGGAACGGACGAGAGAUCAGAGAAGGACCGAGAUAUCACAUGGAAAGAGAAGGCAAGACGUGCAGACUGAUCGUCAAGGUGUGCAGACCUGAUGAUGAAUGUGAAUACGCCUGUGGUGUGGACGAGAGGAGGAGCAGAGCCAGGCUCUUCGUUGAAGAGACCCCGGUGGAGAUCGUCAGACCUCCUCAGGACAUGUUCGAACCUCCGGGCUCAGACGUCGUGUUCGAGGUGGAACUCAACAAGGACAGAGUGGAGGUGAAGUGGAUGAGGAACAACAUGAUCCUCGUCCAGGGAGACAAGUACCAGAUGAUUAGUGAGGGGAAAGUCCACAGACUGCAGGUCUGUGAGAUCAGACCUCGGGACCAGGGCGAGUACAGGAUCGUGGCCAAAGACAAGGACGCCAGAGCCAAGCUGGAGCUGGCGGCUAUUCCAAAGAUCAAAACCACCGACCAGAAUCUGGUAACAGAUGCAGGUAAGCCCUUCGUUAUGAGUGUGCCCUAUGACGCCUACCCUCGCGCAGACGGCGAGUGGUUCUUCGAGGGGGUCAGUCUGCCCGUCCAGAACAUCGACACCUCCGUCGACAGGACCGAGUACCGUCUAAAGAGCCCCAGCAAGGAGGACAAGGGCCGGUACAAGGUGGUGAUCAAGAACAAGCAUGGUCAGGGAGAGGCGUUCAUCAACCUGGACGUGAUUGAUGUUCCCGGACCCGUCAAGAACCUGAGAGUGGUAGACACAGCCGAUGGUGAGGUGAGUUUGGCCUGGGAAGAGCCGGAGAGCGACGGCGGAAGCAAGAUCGUUGCCUAUGUGGUGGAGAGACGCGAUGUGAAGCGUAAGACCUGGUCGCUGGCUACGGAUCGUGCUGACACUCCAGAGUACUGUGUCAGCGGCCUCCAGAAGGACUCCAUGUACCUGUUCAGAGUCUGUGCCCGAAACCGUGUCGGCAGCGGACCCAUCGUCGCCACUGAGGACGCUGUCCAGGCCAAGAACAAGUUUGAUGUUCCAGAUGCUCCGGAGAACGUCGCCCUCGGCGUGGUGAACAGGUUCGGUGCCACCGUCACCUGGGAGCCUCCCAAAUUUGACGGCGGCUCUGAGAUCACAGCCUAUGUGAUUGAGCUCCGCGACAGGACCUCCGUGAAAUGGGAGGCGGCCAUGGUCUGCGGCGCCAACGACCGCUCAGCCGUGCUGAACGAUGUAGUGGAGAACAAGGAGUACAUCUUUAGAGUCCGGGCCGAGAACAAGGCCGGCAUCGGCAGGCCCAGCGCCGCCACCUCACCCGUCAAGAUCAUGGAUCCCAUUGAGAGGCCGAGCCCGCCUCUGAACCUGAACUUCAGCGACCAAAUCAAGACAGCGGUCACAUUGACCUGGGAGACGCCCACCAGCAACGGCGGCAGCAUGAUCACCGGCUACAUAAUCGAGAAGUGCGAUGACGGCACCGACAAGUGGCUCCGCUGCAACGCCAGACUGUGUCCUGACCUCUCCUACCGGGUGUCUGGUCUGAAACCUGGUCAGAAUUACCUCUACAGAGUUUGUGCUGAAAACGCCGCUGGCCUCUCAGAUCCAACCGAUAAACUUGGGCCGCUGCUCGCCGACGACCCUCACGUGGGUCCGACCUUCGACCUGAGCGCCUUCAGGAACGGCCUGGAGGUGAUCGUCCCUCAGCCUCUCACCAUCAGAGUCCCCAUCACCGGAUACCCGACCCCCGUCGCCAAGUGGACCUUCGGAGAGAAGGAGCUGACCGCCGCAGACGAUCGUGUCUCCAUGGUGACAAAGCCCACGUACACGGAGCUGACCAUCACACCGAGCGUCCGCCCGGACAAAGGCACCUACACCCUGCAGCUGGAGAACGACGUCACGUCCGUCUCUGGAGAGAUCGAAGUCAACGUCAUCGCAUGCCCCAGUGCUCCUAAGGACUUCAAGGUGUCCGAGGUCACCCGACACCACGUCCACCUGAUGUGGGAGGCUCCAGAGCACGAUGGAGGAAGUCCGGUCAGCCACUAUCAGAUCGAGAAAAGAGAAGUGUCUCGCAAGACCUGGGCCAAGGUGGCUACUGGAGUCCUGGACCUGGAGCACACAAUAACAGAUGUGAUUGAAGGAAAGGAGUACCUGUUCAGUGUCACUGCCUGCAACAAAUGUGGACCCGGAGAACCGGCCUACAUUGACGAGCCCGUCAACGUCUCCUCUCCUGCCACUGUACCCGAUCCUCCUGAGAACCUGAAGUGGCGGGAUAAGAGCGCCAAGGGCAUCUUCCUGUCCUGGGAGCCUCCGAAGUACGACGGCGGUGCCCCGAUCAAAGGCUACGUGGUGGACAAGUGUCAGCGUGGUACAGACAAGUGGGAACCCUGCGGGGACCCAAUCCCUGAACUGAAGUUCCAGGUGACUGGCCUGAUUGAGGGCCAGUGGUACGCCUACAGAGUCCGAGCUUUCAACAAGUUGGGAGCCAGCCGACCGUGCAGGGCCACCGACGAAAUCCAGGCUGUUGACGCCAGAGAGCCUCCAGAGAUCCAGCUGGAUGUGAAGCUGCUGGCCGGUCUGACCACCAGGGCCGGUACCAAGAUCGAGCUUCCCGCCGACGUCAAAGGAAAGCCCGAUCCCCGGGUGAAGUGGACCAAGGCUGACCUGGUCCUGCGGGCCGAUGACCGUAUUGCCAUUGACACUCAGCCGGGACACUCCAAGCUGUCCAUUGGCAACACCACAAGAGGAGACACUGCCACCUACAUCAUCGAGGCAGUCAACGCCUGCGGACGCGCCACCGCCACCAUCGAUGUCAACAUUCUCGAUAAACCCGGCCCCCCAGCUGCCUUUGACAUCUCCGAGAUCACCAACGAGUCGUGCUUCCUGGCGUGGAACCCUCCCAGGGACGAUGGCGGCUCGGCCAUCACAAACUACAUUGUGGAGAAUCGGCAGAUCGAUAAAGAGGAAUGGGUGAAGAUGUCGGCCACGGUGAAACACACCACUUUCAAGGCAUGCAAGCUCACCGCUAUGAAAGAGUACGUUUUCAGGGUCAGCGCUGAGAACCAGUACGGCAUUGGUGAACCUGCAGAGCACGUGCCAAUCGUUGCCAAGUAUUCCUUUGAUCCUCCUGGCUCUCCAACCAGAGUCACUCCCUCCGACAUCGCCAAGGAUGCCGUGACUCUGACCUGGUUCGAGCCUGACGAGGACGGCGGCAGUCCCAUCACGGGAUACUGGGUGGAGAAGUUUGAUCCAGAGACUGACAAGUGGAUCAGAUGCAACAAACUGCCCAUCAAGGAUACGACCUUCAGGGUGAAGGGCCUCCCCACCAAGAAGAAGUACCGUUUCCGUGUUCUGGCUGAAAAUCUGGCUGGACCUGGAAAACCGAGCGUAGAGACCGAUCCCAUCCUCAUCAAAGAUCCCAUCGAUCCCCCAUGGGCUCCUGGUAAGCCUGUCAUCAGGGACAUUGCUAAGACCUCGGCUCUGCUGGCGUGGACUAGGCCGGAGCACGAUGGCGGGGCAAAGAUCGAAGGCUACAUCAUCGAGUUCCAGAAGACUGGAAGCGAGGAGUGGAUCCGCAUCGCAGAGGACGUUCCUCAGACUGAGCACCAGCUGCAGGGCCUGAUAGAGAAGCAGGAGUACUCAUUCCGGGUCAAGGCUGCCAACAAGGCCGGCGAGAGCGAACCCAGCGAACCCAGCGACCCCGUGGUCUGCAAGGAGAGACUUUAUCCUCCAUCCGCUCCUCAGUGGCUAGAAGUGACCAACAUCACUAAGAUCAGCGCCGACCUGAAGUGGCAGGCUCCCAGCAGUGACGGAGGCUCGCCCGUCACCAACUACGUGGUGGAGAAGAGGGAUGUGAGGCGGAAGGCCUGGCAGGCUGUUGACACCACCAUCAAGGAGCUCAAGUACACGGUGACCCCUCUUAAUGAAGGAUCGCUGUACGUGUUCCGCGUUGCAGCCGAGAACGCCGUGGGAAUGAGUGAAUUCUGUGAGCUGGAAGACGCCGUGCUCGCCAAAGACACUUUCACAACUCCUGGACCUCCUUACGCCCUGACGGUGGUGGAGGUCUCCAAGAGACACGUGGAGCUGAAAUGGGAAGCUCCCAAAAGUAACGGUGGAAGACCCAUAACCAAGUAUGUGAUUGAGAAGAAAGAGAAGCUAGGAACUCGCUGGCUGAAGUGCUGCAAGACUCCAGACAGACAGACUCAGUUCAAGGUGACUGACGUGGACGAAGGGUCUGAGGUGCAGUUCCAGGUCAGAGCCGAGAACGAGGCUGGAGUCGGAGAUCCGAGCGAACCCACUGAGGUCCUCACCAUUGAGGAUCCAACCAGCCCUCCAUCUCCUCCUCUGGAAGUGACCAUCCCCGACGCCAGCAGGGAGCACAUUAACGUCACCUGGAAGCCUCCGGCCAAAGAUGGCGGCUGCCCGAUCACUGGCUAUCAUGUUGAGGUGGCUGAGGCCCGUCCAGAGUUAAAGUGGCUCAGGGUCAACAGCAGACCCAUCAAGGAGCUCACGUUCAGGAUAGACGACGGAAUCAAACCAGAGAAGAAGUACGUCAUCAGGGUCCGAGCCAUCAACUCAAUUGGCGUUAGCGAUCCCUCUGAGAUCUCUGACAAGGUCUCCACCAAAGACCCCGACUGCGCUCCAACCAUGGAUUUGGAGGCACAGGACGUGGUGGUGAUCGAGGGCGAGAAGCUGCACCUGAACAUUCCCUACAGGGCCAUCCCAACACCCAAGAUGGUUUGGCAGAAGGACACGGUAGAGUGUAAGGGCGACGACCGGCUCUCCAUGACCGUGGAGAUGAACAGCGCCCACCUGGAGCUGCUCAAGUGCACGCGUGCUGACGCCGGCGCCUAUGCUAUCACCCUGGAGAACAGUCUGGGAACCGCCACCGGGACCGUCAAUGUCAAAGUCAUUGGACUCCCCGGUCAGUGUAAAGACAUCACCUCCAGUGAUGCCACCAAGAACUCCUGCAAGAUCAGCUGGGAAGCCCCAGAGGAUGAUGGUGGCACCCCAAUUGUCAGCUACACCCUGGAGCGCCGCGAGGCCUCUAAGAAGACCUACAUGCCCGUCAUGUCAGGAGAGAACGUCCUGACCAGCACCGUCAAAGACCUCUACGUCAACUGCGAGUACUACUUCAGAGUCAAGGCCAUCAACAAGGUCGGAGCCGGAGAGUAUCUGGAGCUACGCAACCCAGUCAUCAUUGAGGAAGUCAAACAAAAACCCGACCCGCCUAUCCAGGUGGAGACUCAAGACCCAACAUCCAAGUCCAUCACAGUGACCUGGAAGGCUCCAGACUACGACGGUGGCUGCCCCAUCCAGGGCUACAUUGUGGAAAAGAUUGAAAAGGAAGGCGACCGCUAUGAGAGGGUCACCCCGAGCCUGGUCCCUGGUUUCUCCUACGUGGUGACUGGCCUGACGGAGGACAUGGAGUACCAGUUCAGAGUCCGAGCUGAGAAUGCCGCCGGAGUCAGCGAGCCGUCCCGCAGCACACAGCUCGUCAAGGCUGCAGAUCCCGUCGAAAAACCGAAGGUCACCCUACACGCUCGCGUGCAGUCCGGUCUGUGUAUCAAGAAGGGCGAGGAGAUCCGAAUUGACGCCUACAUAUCUGGCUCCCCGUACCCCAAGGUCACCUGGCUGAGGAACAACGAGGACGUCACCAUUGAGCCGGCCAAGAAGGUGGUUCCACUGAUCAAGAAGAAGACCAAGACCAAGGCCAAGGUUCCUGAACCAGAGGUGGAGUUUGUGACUCCUCUGCGUGAGCGUCUGGGUCUGGAUAAGACCAAACGGGGUCAGUCUGCCAUGAUGAUUCGUGAUGCCAUCAGAACAGACCAUGGCACUUUCACCAUCCAGGUGGAGAACACUCACGGUGUCGCGACCGCCUCCUGCGAUGUCAACGUCCUUGACAAACCCGGUCCUCCAAUCAACUUCACCUUCGACGAGAUCAGGAACACCUCGGUCGUCUGUAACUGGGAGCCUCCCGAGGAUGAUGGUGGCAGCGAGAUUCUGAACUACAUCCUGGAGAAGAAGGACAACAAGAAUGAGGAGAUCGGUUGGAUCACCAUCACCUCUACCCUGAAGGGCACCAGCUGCCCCGUCUCCAAACUCAUCGAAGGGAAGGAGUACAUCUUCAGAGUCACGGCCGAGAACAAGUUCGGCUGUGGGCUGCCAUGUAUCUCUGAACCACUGGUUGCCAAGAACCAGUUUGAUCCUCCCGACGCUCCCAACACACCCAGAGUCCACGAGGUGACGGCGAGCACCGCCCACAUCUCCUGGCACGAGCCGAAGGAUAAUGGCAGCCCGAUCCUGGGCUACUGGAUCGAGAGAAAGGAGGUGAACAGCAAACACUGGACCCGAGUCAACCGUGCCCUCCUCAACUCCUUGGAGGUGAAGGUCUCUGGCCUGAUGGAGGGACUCACCUACAUCUUCAGAGUGUGUGCUGAAAACCUAGCCGGGCCCGGGCCCUUCAGCGAGCCCAGUGACCGCAUCGUCGCUAUGGACGCCAUCCUGCCUCCUGGUCCCCCCAUUCCAUGGAUUGUGGACACUGGGAAGGACUCUGUCAUUGUGGCGUGGAAGCCCCCCCUGUACAAUGGUGGAGGAGACAUCCUGGGAUACCACGUAGAGAAGGUUUUGGCCGGAGAAAAGGAAUGGACUCGCAGCACAGAAUUCAGGUGUAAAGAGCUGACGUACACUGUGACAGGUCUGACAGAGGGAGCAGAUUAUUACAUCCGAGUCAUCGCCGUCAAUGACGCUGGUCCUGGAGCUCCCGGUGUGACCGAACCUGCCACCGUCAAAGAGCCUCAAGAAUCUCCUGCUGUGGACUUUGAUGCCUCCGUGAAGAACGGCGUCAUCAUCAAGGCCGGUGAGUUGCUGAAGCUUCCAGCCGUGGUGACCGGCCGACCCCAGCCCGAAGUCAAAUGGGCCAAGGAUGAAGCCGAAAUUGACAAGGAGCGGAUGAUCGUGGAGACCGAGGGCAGGAACAGCAGUCUGAUUAUCAAGAAGACUGUGAGGGCGGAUCACGGGAAGUACCAGAUCACCGGCACCAACAGCAGUGGAACCAAGACCGCUGAGACCAGAGUAGACGUUAUGGACGUCCCCGGACCAGUGGUUGACCUGAAGACGGUGAUGGUGACCAAGAAGAACAUCACUCUCACCUGGUCUGACCCCCUGGAUAACGGCGGCAGCGACAUCAUGGGCUACGAGGUGCUGAGGAAAGACGCCAAUAUGAAACUCUUCCGCCAGCCCAUUGAGACCGCAUCCUGCAAGUGCGACAUCCAGGGACUGCUGGCCGGCGAGCAGUACGACUUCAGGGUCAUCGCCAGGAACAAGUACGGUGACGGAGCUCCAGCCGACCUGGGACCCAUCCUGGCCGAGGAUCCCAAAGGUACUCCAUCUGCUCCAGAGAAGCUGCACUACACCAACAGAAGCAAGAACACCAUCACCCUGGCUUGGCAGCCGCCUCGCACAGAUGGUGGCAGUCCCAUCAUCGGCUACUAUGUGGAGAAGAUGAGGUCCGACAGCACCGAGUUCGAUGUGGCAAACCGCAAGAUCUUCACUGAGUGUUGUGGGACCAUCGAGAACCUGUCAGAGGACCAGGAGUACCAGUUCCGCGUCAAAGCCGUAAACGAGGUUGGGGACGGAGAGCCCUCCAAGCCCAUCAAAGCCAAGAUCCAGGACGAUGAAAUUGCUCCAGUUAUUACCUUCCUGAAGUUCUUCAAGAACAACUCCAUCAUUGUAAAGAAAGGCUCGGCCAUCGACAUCCCAGCAGAGGUGAAGGGACUUCCCCUGCCGACGAUCCAGUGGAUGAAGGACGAGGUGGUGAUCGAGAAGCCUGAAGAUGAGAAGAUGACGAUGGAGACUGAGGAGGUGGACAGAUUGAAUCUGAGGACUAAGAUCGCCAUCCCAGAAACCAUCAGGCAGGAUAAGGGCAACUACAAGCUGGUGGCUGAAAACUGCUAUGGCAAAGCUCAGCAUGUCAUCAGAGUCGAGAUCCUCGACCGUCCUCUUCCUCCGAGGAACGUUGUGGUCUCGGAUAUCAAGGCAGACUCAUGCUACCUGACCUGGGACGCCCCCGAGGACAACGGAGGCAGUGAGAUCACCAAUUACAUAGUGGAACGCAGAGACGCCAGCAAGAAGAAGUCCGACUUCGAUGUUCUGACCAUCAACCUCAUCGACAGGAGAUACGGGGUCUACAAACUGAACUUGAACGGUCUCUACCAGUUCAGGAUCAAAGCUGAGAACAAGUACGGCCUGAGCGAUGGCUGUGAUUCAGAGAAAGUCCAGCUCAGGGAUCCGUUUGGCCUCCCCGGACCGCCGCGUAACCCCAAAAUCAUUGCCGCUACAGCGACCACCAUGACCCUGACCUGGGAUCCUCCUCUGGACAACGGUGGCUCCACCAUCCAGGGAUACUGGCUGGAGAAAAGGGAGCGCGGUGCUGUGUACUGGGGUCGCGUCAACCGAGCUCCAGUCACCAAACCGGCAGUGAAGGGCCUGCAGUACACCGUGCUCAGGCUCAUUGAAGGAACCGAGUACCAGUUCAGGAUCGCAGCCUGCAACGCUGCAGGAGUCGGACCACCUAGCGAGUCCUCAGAGUGCCGCUUCGCUGUGGAUCCAUGCAACCCUCCCAGCCCACCUGGAGCCCCUGAGGUUAAAGAUAAGACCAAGAGCAGCAUCACGCUCACCUGGAGCCCACCAGACAAAGACGGCGGCAGCCCCAUCAAGGGUUACAUCAUCGAGGUCCACGAGGAGGGCUCUCCUGAUUGGAGGAGGGUGAACCCCGCCGACAAGCUCCACCCAUCCACUGAAAUCACCGUCCCCGACUUGAAGGAGGGCAAGAAGUGCAAGUUCAGGAUCUACGCUGUAAACGGUGCCGGAAACUCUGAGCCUGCCAGGACGGCUGACAUCCUGGUCCAGGACAUCCUGAUCGAGCCGAUGGUGACUCUGGAUGUGAGCGCUCACGAUCUGCUGAACUGCAGAGCGGGAACGUCCAUCAGGAUUCCCGCCACCAUCACUGGGCGACCCAUUCCCAAAGUCACCUGGACCUUCGACGGAACCGCAGAGACCGAGAAGAAGAACGAACUCCACACGCUGCCCAUCGACUCAGAGAUCCACUCCACUGACACGACCUCGGUGGUCGUGAUUCCGGAGAGUAAACUGAACCACAGCGGUCGAUACAUCAUUAAUGCCGAGAGCCCUGCCGGACACAAGGUGGUCAAAGUCAGAGUCAACGUGCUCGACCUUCCUGGACCUCCAAGAGACCUGAAGGUCAGCGAUGUGACGAGGGGAACCUGCCGACUCACCUGGAAACCUCCAGAGUGCGACGGAGGCGAGAGAGUGAAGAGCUACUUCAUUGAGAGGAGGACUGUUGAUGGCAAAGCCUGGACCAAGGUGAACCCAGCUUGUGCUGCUCAGUCUCUGGUGGUUCCAGACCUGAUCAAUGGUCAAGAGUACAUGUUCCGCAUCCGGGCUGAGAACCGCUUUGGGUUUGGGCCGUUCAUCCAGACCAUUGAGAGGACCAAAGCCAGAGAUCCAAUCCAUCCUCCUGAUCCUCCAACGAGAUUAAAGAUCCAGAGCGUGAAGAAGAGCACGGUGACUUUGACCUGGAAGGCUCCAAAGAACGAUGGCGGUUCACCCGUCACCCACUACAGCGUCGAUCUGCUCUGCUGGGACGCCAGCGGCACCCAGAAGGAGUCCUGGAGAAGGUGUAACAGGAGGGACGUGGACACGACCAGCUUCAAGGUGGAGGACCUGACGGAGGGAGACGAGUACGAGUUCCGAGUGAUGGCGCACAAUGAAGUCGGAGCCAGCCGACCUUCAUCUACGGCUGGACCCAUCGUCAUCCAGGACCAGACCUGUGCUCCAUCCAUCGAGCUGAAGGAGUUCAUGGAGUUCGAGCAGGGCUCCGACAUCAGCAUCGUGGCCAAGAUCCGAGGCUGUCCGUUCCCCACGCUCACCUGGUUCAAGGCUCCGCCCCACAAGCCUGACGACAAGGUGGAAGUCCAAUACGACGAGCACAUCAACAAGAUCGUGUCAGACGACAGCUGCACUCUGCUCAUCCAGCAGGGCAAACGUCCCGACACCGGCCUGUACACCCUGGUGGCCUCCAACAGCCUGGGCAAGGCCUCCAAAGAGAUGAGGCUCAACGUGCUCGGCCGGCCCGGUCCUCCCUCUGCCCCCAUUAAGUUUGAGGCAAUCGGAUCUGAGAGGAUCACGCUGUCCUGGCUCCCUCCAAAGGACGACGGUGGCUCCAAAGUCACAAACUAUGUCAUCUGGAGGCGUGUGGCCAACAGGAAAUCCUGGGUGCCCGUCACCAGCGAGCCCAAAGACCGGAUCUGGACGGUCGAGAACCUGAUGGCGGGACACGAGUAUGUGUUCCGCGUCAUGGCCCAGAACAAGUAUGGAGUCGGAGAACCACUGGACAGUGAACCCGAGGUCGCACGAAACCUCUUCACCAUCCCCGGUCAGUGUGAGAAGCCGACAGUCACCAAUGUCACCAUGGACUCCAUGACCAUUAACUGGGAGGAGCCCGAGGACGAUGGUGGCACUCCGAUCACCGGCUACUGGCUGGAGCGAAAAGAGACGACGGGCAAACGCUGGACCCGUGUCACCCGCGACCCCAUCCGUCCCAUGGGCCUGGGUGAGUCGUUCGUGGUGAGCGGACUCAUUGAGGGCUCCCAGUACCUCUUCAGAGUAUCUGCCAUCAACGCCACAGGACCCGGACCCGCCAGCCCCACCACAGACCCCAUGUUUGCCAGAGACCCCAUCUCCCCGCCCUCCCCUCCAACACCGAAAGUUUCCGAUUGGACAAAGUCCACAGUGGACCUGGAGUGGAUUCCUCCUCUGAAGGAUGGAGGCUCUAAGAUCAUGGGCUACUGGGUGGAGUACAAGGAGGAGGGCACCGAGGCCUGGGUCAAGGCCAAGGAGACUGAAAUCCGCGGGACCCGGUUAGUGAUCAGCGGUCUGAAGACUGGCGGCAAAUACAAGUUCAGAGUGAUCGCCUUCAAUGCUGCCGGUAACGGCGAACCAGGAGAAGUCCCAGAGGUGCUCGAGGUCAACGACAGAAUCAUUGCUCCUGAGGUCGAUCUAGAUGCCUCAGUGAAGGAGAGGAUGGUGGUCCAUGCCGGCGGUGUGAUCCGUAUCAUCGCCUAUGUGUCUGGCCAGCCAUCUCCGGAGGUCACCUGGAGUAGAGAUGGAGCUGCACUGCCUCCUGAGGCUAAAAUAGAAACGACUGCCAUCAGUUCGUCUCUGGUCAUCAAACCCUGCACCAGAAGGCACCUCGGUAUCUACACUCUAACCGCCAAGAACGCUGGUGGCGAGAAAACUAAGAACAUCACAGUGGAAGUUCUGGACGUCCCCGGGCCCGUCGGAAUCCCCUUGACCACUGAAAACCUGAGCAACGACUCCUGCAAGCUCAACUGGUUCUUCCCUGAGAACGACGGAGGCUCUCCCAUCAGUAACUACGUCAUUGAGAAACGCGAGGCUGACCGUAAGGCCUGGACCUCGUUGUCCUUCACUGCUAGUAGACAGAACGCCGUGGCUCAAGGCCUCACCACUGGAAAGUCCUACUUCUUCAGAGUGGCCGCCGAGAACGCCAUAGGCAUUGGACCCUUCGUGGAGACUGCAGCCGAGAUCAUCAUCAAGGAACCAAUCAGUGUGCCUGACCGCCCCGAGGAGCUCGAGGUCACCAAGGUCACCAAGGAUUUGAUCAGCGUCACCUGGAAGGCACCCAAGUUUGACGGCGGUUCAGAGAUCACCAUGUACAUCCUGGAGGUGCGAAUGAUUGGCAAAGACAAGUUCACCAGAGUGACGAAGGAGAAACUGAUGGAGAGGAAGUACACCUACGAUGGCCUGAGGGAGGGCGACACCUACCAGUUCAGGGUCAUCGCAGUCAACGAGGUUGGACCCAGCAAGCCAUCAUUCUGCACGAAACCAAUCACCUGCAAGGACGAACUGGAGCCACCGACCAUUGAGCUGGACUUCCGUGAUAAGAUCAUCAUUCGUGUGGGCGAAAGCUGCCUGCUGCAGGGACGCUACACUGGCAAACCUUCUCCAUCCAUCGUGUGGUACCGAGAUGACGAAGAGCUGAAGGCCGACAAGCAUGUCAUGUUCAAGAACACAUUGACCACCAUGUCGCUCGGCCUGAUGAAGGCACAGCGCGAGCACAGCGGCAGAUACGUGGUGGUGGUGGAGAACAGCACCGGAUCCAGGAAGGGAGUCUGCAACAUCACAGUUGUCGACCGUCCGACUCCUCCUGUUGGCCCAGUGGUGUUUGAGGAGGUGCACAGGGAGUACAUGGUCAUCUCCUGGAAACCUCCACUGGACAGCGGCGGCGUCGAUGUGUCCAACUAUAUCAUUGAGAAGAGAGACACCAACAGAGACAUCUGGAACACAGUGACAUCCGCCUCCACCAAGACCACAUGCAAGAUCCCCAAACUAACUGAGGGCAGGGAAUACAUCAUGAGGGUCUCUGCUGAGAACAUGUACGGCAUCAGUGACCCUCUGGAGUCGGAGGAGAUGAGAGCCAAAGAUCUCUUCAGAGUCCCUGAGGCCCCAGAAAUGCCUACGGUAAGAGAGGUGUAUGGCACCAAUGUUCUGGUGCUGUGGAAUCGGCCUCGUGAUGGCGGGAAGCCCAUCACCAACUACAUCCUGGAAAAGAAGGAGCCCACAGCCAAGAGGUGGUCCAGAGCCACCAGAGAGCCGCUGUACCCGGCCACUCAGUACCGAGUCCAGGACCUGGUUGAGGGCUGCGAGUACGAGUUCAGGGUGAUGGCAGAGAAUGAGCUGGGAACUGGAGACCCCAGCGUCCCCUCCAAACCCAUCCUCGCCAAAGAUCCCAUCGUGCUUCCCAGCCCUCCAGUGACCCCCGAGGCCUAUGAUAAGACCAAGGAUUCCGUAAGCCUGAAGUGGAAGUUGCCCCGACACGACGGAAAAGGCCGGAUCUUCGGGUACCUUGUCGAGUACAAGAAGGUUGGUGCCGUGGAGUGGAAUCAAGCCAACGAGACCCCGGAGCAGUGCCCCAACCUCCACUACGUGGUGACGGGCUUGACCGAUGGACUGGAGUACACCUUCAGGAUCUUCACAGUCAACGCUGCUGGCAAAUCUGACCCUGCCUACGUCAAAGAGAACAUCAAAGUCCACGACAGAAUGGAGGAGCCAGAGUUGCUACUCGACGCCAACAUGGCACGUGACCACCUGGCCAUGCUGGGCACUGACAUCUCCCUGAGUGCCGUCAUUAAGGGUGUACCGACGCCCACUGUCAGCUGGAAGAAGAACGACGGCGACAUUCCUUCUCACAUCACUGUUGCAGUCACCGCCACUGGCAGCAAAGUCUUCAUCCCUAAGUGUGUCCGUGCAGACUCCGGUAACUACACUAUCACUGCGGAGAAUGCUGCUGGAAAGAAAUCAGCAACAGUUGCUGUGCUUGUGCUGAAUAAGCCUUCUCCUCCCAGAGACCUUGUGGUCUCUGAGGUGACCAGCGAGUCUGCCUACCUGACUUGGAAAGCUCCUGAGGACAAUGGCGGCGCUGUCAUCUCCCACUACGUUGUGGAAAAGAAGGAUGUGGCCGCCGAGCAGUGGGUGCCCGUGUCUGCAUCCAAUAAGAAGCUGAGUCUGAUGGCCAUGUACCUAAUGGAAGGAAUCCAGUACCUGUUCAGGGUUGCUGCUGAGAACCAGUUUGGCAGAAGCGCCUAUGUGGUGACUAAGACACCCAUCAAGGCUAUCGAUCCUCUCUAUCCUCCUGGCCCUCCCAAAAACCUGCACCACACUGAUGCAGACAAGACAGAGGUGUGGUUGGCAUGGGAGUGGCCUGACCGCACUGGCGGAAGUGAAAUCACCGGCUUCAUUGUGGAGCACCAGGAAGAGGGCCAGACCGACUGGGUCACCUUCAAGACCGUCAGCAACAACCACACCCACGUCACCGGUCUGGAGGAGGGCAAGACUUACCGCUUCAGGGUCAAGUCUCAGAACGCCAUUGGUGUAAGUCGUCCUGACACCAGCGUCCCCGUCACCUGCCAGGAGAAGACAUUGCCACCAACUAUUGAAGUGGAUGUGAAGCUUAUUGAAGGUCUUGUUGUCAAAGCUGGCAGUGCCAUUGUCCUCCCAGCCAAGAUGACAGGCAUCCCCACUCCCACUGCUAAAUGGAUGACCGAUGGCAAGGAGAUCACAUCUGAGGCGCGCCAUCGCAUUGAGUCUGCGGAAUCCUCGACCAUUCUCAGUAUCUCAGAGAGCCAGAGAGGAGACACCGGAGAGUACACCCUCACUGUGGCCAAUCCUGCAGGCAGCAAGACCGUUGCCCUGCAUGUCACUGUGCUGGAUCUUCCAGGUCCACCUAUCGGACCCAUCAACAUCUUGGAGGUCACCCCUGAUUACAUGAUGAUCCAAUGGAGGGCACCAAAGGAUGAUGGUGGGACGCCCAUCACCAACUACGUGGUGGAAAAGAAGGAUGUAAAGAAGCCGUGGGAGCCCUGGUCUGUUGUUAGCUCCAGUGGCACCAGCACCAGGGCCAAGGUGUCUAGACUGGAGAAGGGCCGUGAGUACAUUGUCCGUGUCCGUGCAGAGAACAAAAUUGGCAUCGGUGCGGGGCUUGAGAGUCCUCCCACUAUUGCCAAGCACAUGUUCAACCCUCCUGGUCCACCAGGCCCGCCAGAGUGCUCUGAUAUCACAGAGAAUGCUGUGACAGUGGAAUGGACCCUGCCUGACUAUGAUGGAGGCAGCCCCAUCAGUGGCUAUGUGAUUGAACGCAGAGAAAUGACAGGAAAGUGGAUCCGUGUUAACAAAACCCCUGUGCUGGACCUCAGAUACAGAGUCUCAGGCCUGUUUGAAGGCAACAGCUAUGAGUUCAGAGUGUUUGCUGAGAACAUUGCUGGUAUCAGUGAGCCAUCUGCCACCUCUGAUCCCAUCAAGGCCACUCGCGCCAUCACCAAACCCGGACCCCCUAGCAAUCCUAAGCUGAAGGACUGGAGCAAGUCUUAUGCUGACAUCUGCUGGAUCAAGCCUACAAGAGAUGGUGGCAGUCCUAUCCUAGGCUAUGUGGUUGAGGCUCAGAAGUCAGGAACUGCCCAGUGGGACAGAAUCAACAAGGACCUCAUCAAGAUUUGUGCCUACAGAGUGCCAGGCCUCAUUGAAGGAAUGGAGUAUAGAUUCCGCAUCAGAGCCACCAACAAGGUUGGAGACAGUGAACCCAGAGAGCUCGCUGAAACAGUCUUGGCAAAGGACAUACUGGUGCCCCCAGAGGUUGUUGUCGACAUGUCCUGCCGUGACUCUCUGACAGUCAGGGCUGGCCAGAUCAUAAGUUUGAUCACCAGGGUAAAGGGCAGACCAGACCCAGACAUCACAUGGACCAAGGAUGCCAGAACAUUGUCCCGGGACAAGCGCACUGAUAUAAACAACAACUACCCUCUGUGUGAACUUGUCAUCAGUGAUGCAGUCAGGGCAGACUACGGUAAAUACGCCAUUGUCGCUAAGAACAGUAGUGGACAGGCACAGGCCACCAUUAUUGUUAAUGUCCUGGACACACCAGGACCUUGCCAGAACCUCAAAGUGGCCUACGUAACCAAGAACUCCUGCAUGGUAUCCUGGGAGAACCCUGAGGAUAAUGGAGGCACUGAGAUCACUCAGUACAUUAUUGAGUGCCGUCAGCCCAGCCAGAGAGGAUGGACGGUGGUCUCCAAUGACUGCACCAAGCGCCUUAUUAAGGCCCCUCUUACUGAGGGCUGCGAGUACUUCUUCCGUGUCAGCGCAGAGAACAAAAUCGGUGCUGGUCCUUCCACUGAGACCAAGACACCUGUGCUUGCAGUUGAUCCCAUUGAGAAGCCUGGUGAACCCACUGACUUCCACAUUUCUGAGAUCGGCAAGACCUUCUGCUUCCUCAAGUGGAAGAAGCCAGACUACGAUGGCGGUAGCCGUAACCUUGGUUAUCAUGUUGAGAAGAAGCCAAAGGAGGCUGAGGAGUGGGAGAGGCUUCACAAAGGUGCCAUCAAGGAGACUUACUUCAUGGCUGACAGGUGCAUCGAAAACCAGAUCUACCAGUUCAGAGUUCAGACGAAGAAUGAGGGAGGCGAGAGCAACUGGGUGACUACAGCUGAAGUCCUGGUUAAGGAACAGCUUGUGGAGCCCGAAAUCAAGAUUAAACUGGAUGGAACGCUCGUGGUCAAGGCAGGAGACUCCAUUCCUAUUGAAGCAACAGUGACAGGCAAACCUCAGCCUGAUGUCAAAUGGACCAAAGAUGAGGGUACAGAGGAGAUAAAGAAGGGCCCCAGGCUUCAGAUCGAAACUGGUGCAGGCUUCUCGAAGCUGCUGCUUACCGGCGCUAGGCGCACUGACAGUGGCAAAUACGUUGUUACUGCCUCCAACAAUGCAGGAACCUGCUCUGCUCAUGCUAAGGUCAAUGUACUGGAUAGACCUGGCCCUAUUAGGGAUCUCAAGGUGUCUGGUAUCACCAUCGACAGGUGCCAUCUGGCCUGGGAAGUCCCAGAGGAUGAUGGCGGCUGCGAAAUCUACAACUACAUUAUUGAGAAAUGUGAAACCAAGAGGGGAGUCUGGUCGGUCCACUCCAACGCUGUCAUCACCAAUAAAGCUAAUGUCACCCGUCUUAUUGAGGGUAAUGAGUAUAUCUUCAGAGUUCGUGCUGAGAAUAAGAUGGGUCCUGGCCCUGCAGUGCAGAGUGAAGCCAUUGUUGCCGGCACCCAGUUCAGUGUACCUGGCACUCCUGAGGCACCAGAGGUCACCAAGAUUGCUAAGGAAGAGAUGUCUGUGGAGUGGUCAGAGCCCGAGAAAAAUGGCGGAACGCCAAUCACAGGCUAUCUUUUGGAGAAGAGAGAAGAGCAUGCCGUUAGGUGGUCUCCUGUCAACAAGGAUCCAAUCCCUGGAACUCGUUUGACAGUAACUGGACUCCUGCCCCUGCAUGACUAUCAGUACAGAGUAAAGGCUGUCAAUGAAAUUGGCAUCAGUAACCCAAGCAAGCCUUCACGUGCCAUCACUGCCAAGGAUGCAGUUGAGCCUCCUGCACCUCCUACCAACUUGAAGGUCCUGGACAGCACCAAGUCUACUGUAACCCUGGGCUGGACCAAGCCUGUAUCAGAUGGUGGAGCUCCCCUCAUUGGCUACGUUGUGGAGAUGAGGGCACAGGGAAGUGCCAAAAAAGGAGACGAUGGUUGGAAGAGGUGCAACGUGGCGGCUCAGCUGAUUGUGUGCGAGUUCACAGUCACAAGUCUGGAUGAGACGCUUGUGUAUGAAUUCAGAGUGUCUGCUCAGAACCAGGUGGGCAUGAGCCUGCCCUGCAACCUGGAGGGUGGUGUCAUCCCCAGGGAGAUUCUAGAGGCACCCGAGAUUGACAUAGAUGCUGACCUGAAGCAGGGACUGACAGUGAGAGCCGGCUGUCCCAUCAGACUAUGUGCCACCAUCAGAGGUAGACCACCUCCUAAGGUCACUUGGAGGAGGAUGGGUAUUGACAACGUGGUCAGGAAGGGAAAAGUUGACAUCAUUGACACCAUGACCUUCCUGGUCAUCCCCGACAGCACCCGCAAUGACUCUGGCAAAUACUGCCUGACUGUACAGAGUGCUGCUGGAGAGAAGGCUGUGUUUGUCAAUGUUAAGGUUCUGGACACUCCAGGACCUGUGAUGAAUCUGGAGGCUACCGACAUCAAACAGACAUCAGCCAUGCUGUCCUGGAGUCCUCCUGAGAUUGAUGGUGGCAGCGAGGUCACUCACUACAUUGUUGAGAAGCGUGAGAUUGACCGCAAGACUUGGGCGACUGUCAAGGCCGAAGUUGAGAAGGACAAGGUUCCCUUAAAAGUCAGCGGUCUGAUGCCAGGCACCGAGUACUACUUUAGAGUCACAGCUGUCAACGAGUAUGGUUCUGGUGUUCCCAGAGUGUCACCCACUUCCUACCUGGCCUCUGAUCCUGUCAGCAAGCCCGACCCUUGUGAGAAGAUUGAGGUUCUGGAGAUCACUAAGAACAGUGCCACAGUCGGCUGGACGAAGCCUGCAAGGGACGGUGGAGCCAAGAUCGAUGGUUAUGUAAUUGAAUACAUCGAGGUCAAACGUCCUCCAGAGCCUCCAGCACCUGUGGAGGUUCCAGAGGGAGAGGAAGCUCCUCCACCACCUCCACCACCUCCAGUGGUUGAGGAAGAAGAGGAGGCAGAACCUGAAAAGGAAGUGUGGAACGCCUACACUACAGUGAAAGGUUUGAGCAUCAGCAUCAGCGGCCUGAAGGAGGGCAAGAGGUACAAGUUCAGAGUGGCUGCCAAGAACAUGAUGGGCAUGAGCUCAUUUACUGAGACCCGGCAGCCGGUCGAGAUCAAGGAACAAAUGUUGGAGCCGAAGAUUGUCAUGCCAGAGACAGUGAGUGCCAGAGCCGGAGCCAAGCUCAGAGUGGAGGCGGUGGUUUCUGGAAAACCUUCCCCAACUUGCAAAUGGUUGCGUGGUAAAGAUGCAGUAGUCUCAUCCAGCCGUCUGGCCGUGCACCAGUCCGGCAACCUGUGUGUCCUGAUCAUCAAAGAUGUGUCAAGGACUGACAGCGGAGAGUACAGCCUGGUAGCUGAGAACAGCUCGGCAAAGGUGGUCCAGGCCCUGAAGAUUAUCAUCAGAGACAUCCCCGGUCCUCCCGAGGGCCCCGUGGAGAUCAGCGACAUUGACGCUGACGCCUGCUCCCUGUCCUGGAACAAACCACUAGAGGACGGAGGCAGCAAUAUCACUAACUAUGUGGUGGAAAAAUGCGAUGUGAGUAGAGGCGACUGGGUGACGGCUGCCUCUUCUGGCCUGAAGACCAGUUGCAGGCUUGGGAAGCUUAUCCCUGGGAAGGAGUAUGUUUUCCGAAUCCGUGCUGAGAACCGCUAUGGUGUGUCAGACCCCAUUCAGUCUGACAGGAUGGUUGCCAAGUUCCCCUUUGAUGUUCCUAGCGAGCCCCUCAACCUCUGCAUCAACAAGACCAACAAGGACUGUAUGUUUGUGGCCUGGGAUAAACCUGAGAGCGACGGUGGCAGUCCCAUCACAGGUUACUACAUUGAGCGUAAGGAGAGGAACAGUCUGCUAUGGGUGAAGGCCAACGACACCGUCGUCCGCACCACUGAGUACCCGUGUGCCGGCCUCAUCGAGGGCCUGGAAUACACUUUCAGAGUGUCUGCAAUUAACCGUGCUGGCCAGGGCAAACCAAGCAAGAAGACUGACUUUGUCACUGCGAGAACACCCGUUGACACUCCUGGUAAACCUGAGGUCCUGGACAUAACCAGGAACUCUGUCACUCUGGUUUGGACCCGUCCUAAGAACGACGGUGGCAGCAAGAUCAUUGGCUACUAUGUUGAGGCCAUGCGGGUGCCGGGAGACACCUGGAUACGCUGCAAUACCAGCAGCCAGAAUGUCCCACGGGAGGAGUAUACAGUGACGGGCCUGGAGAGAGACCUGCAGUACCAGUUCAGAGUCAUUGCCAAAACUGCUGUCAACAUGAGCAAACCAUCUGAGCCUACAGAUCCUGUCCUGGUCUGUGCUGAGAAUGUUCCUCCAAGGGUGGAGCUUAACGCCAGGAUGCAGAAGGGUUUUAAAGUGAAGGCUGGAACCACAAUCCUCCUGGAGGCUGAGGUGUUUGGUAAGCCUAUGCCUAGAGUGACUUGGAAGAGAGGCGAUGAUAGUCUGAAGUCAGGUGAAGGCCAAGUCAUCACCCAACAGAGGCAUCACUUCCAGCUGGAGAUGAUGGCUGUUACGAAGGAACACACAGGAACCUACACCAUCCUGGCCGAGAACGCCAGCGGAUCCAAGACUGCCGAAAUACAGGUCAACGUCCUAGAUGCCCCUGGCCCCCCUGCUAGUGCUAAAUACAUCGAGGUGUUUGCCACCAGUGUCAAGAUGUCCUGGGAGCCUCCUCUGAAGGACGGUGGCGGCUCCAUCAGCAACUACAUUGUAGACAAGCGUGAGACCAGCAGAGCCAACUGGGCCCUGGUUUCCUCCAAGAUCAAAGGGGAUAUCCUUGAGCUUAAUGUGGAGAAGCUGAUCGAGGGUCACGAAUACCAGUUCCGAAUUCGCGCAGAGAACAUGUGGGGGGUUGGAGACCCCCUUGUCACCAACCCUGUCAUUGCCAAAAACCCAUUCACUGUCCCUGGACCUUGCGAGGCUCCAGUGAUCACCAAUGUGACCAAGGAUUGUAUGACUGUGAGCUGGAAGGAGCCUGCUGAUGAUGGAAAGUCAACCGUUCUGGGUUACAUGCUGGAAAAGAAAGAGACCAAGGAGAUGAACUGGACCAAGCUGAACAGAAAGCCCUUGACAGAGAGGACCCUGGACAUUACAGGUCUCACAGAGGGAGUUGAAUACGAAUUCAGGGUCAUUGCUGUCAACGUGGCAGGGCUUGGCAAACCCAGCGAGCCCUCCGCUGGCACCACCGCACAGAAUCCCAUCACUCCUCCUGGCCCUGUUGUGAAUCCUACUGUGAUGGACACCACCCACAGCACCAUCAGCCUCUCCUGGACCGUCCCCGCCAACAAUGGAGGAAGCCCCAUCAUUGGAUACUUGGUAGAGUGCAAGCGGACCGACACCACUGACUGGAUACGCUGCAACGUCCCCAGGAACCUGCAGGAGACCAACUACACCAUCCAGAACCUCAUAGACAAGGCAGAGUACCAGUGCCGCAUCACUGCCGUCAACAAGGUCGGCUUCGGCGAGCCAGUUGAAGUACCCGGCAAGCAUGUUGCCAAGGACAUCAUUGUUGCUCCCGAGGCAGAGCUGAGCGCAGAGUUGAAGGAGGGCCUGGAGCUGAAUGCCGGAACCAUCAUGAGGCUCGCGGCCACCAUCAAGGGCCGUCCCACUCCCAGGGUCACCUGGGCAAAGAUGAACACCAACAUCAAGGACCGCCAGGGCAUUGUCAUCAAAUCCACCAACACGGACACCAUGGUGAUGGUGGAGAAUGUCAACAGAUAUGAUGCUGGCAAAUACAUUCUGAAUCUGGAGAGCUCGGCUGGCAUGAAGAUGUACACCAUCGUUGUCAAGGUUCUUGAUACUCCCGGACCACCAGUUAACCUAAUGGUGAAGGAGACGUGCAAGGACAGCUCCUACAUCUACUGGGAUGCUCCUCUGAUCAACGGUGGCUAUGAAGUCACUCACUACAUUGUGGAGAAGCGUGACACUGAGAGGAAAGCCUGGUCCAUCGUCUCCAACAACUGCACCAAGACAUCAUUCAAGGUGCCAGACCUGGAUGCCGGACGGUCCUACUGCUUCAGAGUGUCAGCAGUUAACCAGCUCGGUGUUGGAGAGUGUUGCGAGACAGCCGACUCAGUCAGAGCAUGUGAGGAGCCUGGGCCUGUCAUGGACUUCAAGACCCUGCUGGUUAACAAGGACUCUUGCACUCUAAGCUGGAAGAAACCACUCACCGAUGGUGGCAGCCGCAUCAUCUGCUAUGUGCUAGAGGUUCUCAAUGGUGACGAUAAGUACAAGGAGCUGAUGAGGUCCAAAAACAUGCAGUAUAGUGCCAAAGACCUAGUGGAGAACAGAGAGUACACCUACAGAGUCAAGGCUGUGAAUGACUCAGGAGAGAGCGCUGCCAAGGAGCUGACAGUGGUCGCCAAGGACCAGAUAAUUCAUCCCAACUGUGACUUGAGGGAGCUGCCCAACAUGUGCUACAUUGCCAAGGAGGGCAGCACUGUCCGUCUGAAGAUCCCGAUCAUCGGCAAACCUCCGCCCAAGGUUUCCUGGAAGAAGGGAGAUGACGAGGACCUGACAGACACUGGUCGAGUGUGUGCAGAGUCCUCUUCAGUCAACACCACCCUGCUGAUCAGAGACUGCCAGAGGAGUGAUGCUUCCAAGUACACCAUCACCCUGAGAAACUGUGCUGGAAGCAAGGAGUCCACCAUUUUCAUCAGGGUGGUGGGUAAACCUGGCAUCCCAGUUGGACCCAUUAAGUUCAAAGAUGUUACUGCUGAUGGGGCAACACUGAAGUGGCUCACUCCUAAGGACGAUGGUGGCUCAGAGAUCACAAACUACAUCCUGGAAAAGAGGGACUCCAUCACCAACAUGUGGGUAACUGUGUCCUCCACUGUGGAGACUAACACCAUGAGGGUGACCGGACUCCAUGAGGGCACAGAGUACAUCUUCAGAGUCUGUGCUGAGAACAAGUAUGGUGUUGGAGAGGGACUCAAGUCUGAGCCCAUCGUUGCUAAACAUCCAUUCAAUGUUCCUGAUGCCCCUCCUCCACCUCAGAUCCUGAGCAUGCGCCACGACUCUGCUUACUUGGCUUGGUCUGACCCAAGGAAGACUGGAGGAUCUCCCAUCACAGGCUACCAUGCUGAGUUCAAGGAGAGGAACAGUAUGUUGUGGAAGAGGGCGAGCCCGACUGCCUUGAGGAUGAAGGAAUACAAGGUAACAGGGCUGACUGAAGGUUUGGAGUAUGAGUUCCGAGUCAUGGCAAUCAACCUGGCUGGCAUCGGCAGACCAAGUGCUCCCACAGAUCCACAGGUGGCCCUGGAUCCCAUUGAUGCCCCUGGUAAACCUGAUGUGAUCAGCAUCAGCAGAAGCACUGUGACCCUCCAGUGGACAGAGCCACAGUUUGAUGGUGGCCACAGAUUGACUGGCUACAUUGUUGAGAAGCGCGACCUGCCUUCUAAGAUCUGGGUGAAGGCCAACAACGUGAAUGUUGUAGAGCCUGCAUUCACUGUAACUGAUCUGCAGGAGGGCUGCAAGUAUGAGUUCAGAAUCAGGGCGAAGAAUGCCGCAGGAGCUCUCAGCCCGCCCUCCGAGCAGACAGACACCAUUAUCUGCACAGAUGAAUAUGCUUCACCAACCAUUAUUAUCGAAGCUCAGGUGAAGGAGGGUCUGACGGUCCGAGCCGGUGAUACUAUUGUGAUCACUGCCACAAGCAUUUUAGGCAAACCAGCGCCAACCUCAUGUUGGUCAAAGGGAGGAAAGUAUUUUAAACCUUCUGAUCUCGUUCAUAUUGAGACCACUGCAACAUCCUCUACUCUGUCAAUCAAGUAUGCUGGCAGGAAGGACUCUGGGGAGUACAUCAUCACUGCCAGCAACCCCUUCGGUGUAAAGGAGGAAACUGUUAAGGUCACCGUUCUGGAUGUUCCUGGUACUCCUGGACCCAUUGAAAGCACUGGUGUCUCCUCUGAAAAGGUCACUCUUGCAUGGACAGCUCCUACAGAGGACGGAGGCUCUCCAAUCAAGUAUUACACCCUGGAAAAGAGAGAAACCACCCGCCUGCUCUGGACUGUCCUGGAAGAGAAGGUCAUUGACUGUCACUAUGUUGCCAGCAAGCUGAUUGCGGGCAAUGAGUACUUCUUCAGAGUCUCUGCUGUUAACCAGUAUGGUGCCAGUGAGCCAUCUCACUCUGAGGCGGUCAAGAUGGUUGAUAGAUUUGGUCCCCCUGGUCCGCCAUCUAAACCAGAGGUUGAGAAAGUUGAUGCACAUUCAGCCACUGUGACCUGGAGGAGACCGACUGAGGAUGGAGGAAGUGACAUAAUAGGUUACUGUGUUGAGAAGAAGGAGAGAAAGGGUAUGAGAUGGAUCAGGGCGUCCAAGAAAUCCAUUGCUGAGUUCAGCUAUGAAGUCACCGGUCUCACUGAGGGCGUGGAGUAUGAGUUCCGUGUUCUUGCUGAGAACAGAGCUGGCUUUGGAGAGCCAAGUGACCCAUCUAUGCCUGUCAGAACAAUAGUUGUUGCCUAUGUGCCUGGACCCCCAGUCAAUCCAAGAGUCACAGACACAACUAAGACCACUGCCACUCUGAACUGGGGAAAACCUCUUGAUAAUGGUGGACUUGAAGUCACCGGUUAUGUGAUUGAGCACAAGAAGGAAGGAACAGAAGAAUGGGUGAAGGACACCCCUUCAUCUCCACUUAGGAUCACAGAGUUUGUUGUUCCCAACCUGGAAACUGGUGCAAAAUACUUCUUCAGAAUUAGUGCUGUGAAUGCCAAGGGAGCAGGUGAACCUGCUGAAACUCUGGAACAAGUUGAGAUUGUGGAACGUGCAGCUGAACCUGAUUUGGAGCUGGAUAUUGAGCUGAGAAGAACCCUUGUCGUCAGGGCUGGCUGCUCCAUUCGCCUCUUUGUGCCAAUCAAGGGACGUCCUACACCUACAGUAACCUGGAACAAAGAGGGUGGUCCUGUCCCACGUGCAGUCAUUGAUAGCACUGAGUCUUUUACAAUGCUGCUCAUCCCCGAGAGUUCAAGGACCGAUGCGGGCAAAUAUGAACUUACCCUUGAAAACUCUGCUGGAAAGAAGAGUGCCGCUAUACAUGUGAGAGUUCUGGAUUCACCAGGACCUCCGCUUAACCUAAAACCAGUCAAGAUUGACAAGGAAAGCAUUUCUCUUCAGUGGGAGAUGCCUCUCAUUGAUGGAGGAGCCAAGAUCACUAACUACAUCAUUGAGAAGAGAGAGUCAACACGCAAAGCUUUUGCAACUGUAAUUACAAAUUGCCCAACCACUUCAGUCAGGAUCGGUGAGCUGGGUGAAGGCUGUGAGUACUACUUCAGAGUGUCAGCCGAGAAUGAAUAUGGAAUUGGUGAGUCAGUUGAAACUGCUGAUCCAAUUCGUGCAUCCCAGGCACCAACUCCUCCAGAAAGUAUUAUUCCUACUGAUAUCACCAAGAACUCUGUGAGCCUGGCUUGGACCAAACCUAAGCACGAUGGUGGAAGCAGAAUUUCGGGAUAUGUCCUUGAAGCCAAAAAGAAGGGAACUGAUCAGUGGGCACAUGUCACAACAGUCAAGACCAUGGAUUUCACCGUGAAGAAUCUUAAUGAGAAUGAGGAGUAUAUUUUCCAUGUAAUGGCUGUCAACCUUUCAGGUAGAAGUGCUCCGCGUGAGAGCAAACCCAUUGUUGUCAAGGAUUCUACUUCCCUGCCUGAGUUUGACCUCCGUGGUGUAUGUCAGAAGACUGUUAUUGCCAAGGCAGGAGAUGACAUCAAGGUUGAAAUUCCAGUAAUGGGACGUCCUAGACCAACUGUCUCUUGGCAAAAGGAUGGCGCAGCCCUGAAGCUCACACAGAGGACCAAUGUAGAAACUUCUGCUGCUACUGUUACCCUAAGCAUUAAUGAAUGCACCAGAGCCGACAGUGGUGUUUACACCAUGACAGGAAAGAACAUUGUUGGUUCUGUGACAGACAACAUUAUCGUCAAAGUACAUGAUGUACCUGGGCCACCCAAGGGACCAGUAAAGAUUGUGGAGAUUUCUCGUACUUACUGCAUCUUUGCAUGGGACACUCCUGAGAAUGACGGAGGUGUUCCAAUCAACAAUUAUGUGGUUGAGAUCAGAGACACCACCUCCCAAACAUGGACAGAGCUGUCUUCCACUAUCAUCCGUACCAUGUUCAAAGCCAUUCGUUUGACCACUGGAUCCGAGUACCAGUUCAGAGUAAGAGCCAAGAACAGAUAUGGUGCCGGACCACCCAUCAUCUCAGAGGCAGUGGUGGCUGCCUAUCCAUUCAAAGCCCCUGGACCUCCUGGUACUCCUGGUGUUGUUGCAUUUACCAAGGACUCAAUAACAAUUGGCUGGAAUGAGCCUGUGGCUGAUGGUGGAAAUGAAGUAAUUGGUUACCAUGUUGAGAGGAAAGAAAGAAGUGGCAUUGUAUGGCACAAGAUUAGCAAGGCUCUUGUGAAAGGAAACAUCUUUAAAUCCACUGGUCUUGAAGAUGGAAUUGCCUAUGAGUUUCGUGUCAUGGCUGAAAACAUGGCCGGAAUUGGUAAGCCCAGCAAGGCCUCAGAAGCAACACUGGCUUUAGACCCUGUAGACCCACCAGGUCAGCCUGUGCCAACGUAUGUCAACAAAAAUGUCAUCACUAUUCAGUGGACAAAGCCUGAAUAUGAUGGUGGCUUCAAAAUCACUGGCUACACAGUGGAGAAGAGAGAACUGCCUGCUGGUCGCUGGAUCAGAGCCAACUUCACUAACAUCAUUGAGACUGCAUUCACUGUCAGUGGGCUGACUCAAGAUGCCUCAUAUGAGUUCCGUGUCAUUGCCAGAAACUCGGCAGGUGCAGUAAGUGUGCCCUCUGAUCCCUCAGAUCCAAUCACCUGCAAAGAUGAUAUUAUUGAACCACGCAUUAUGGUUGACGCCAUCUUUAAGGAUGUUGUUCUACUGAAAGCAGGAGAGUCCUUUAAACUUGACGCUGAUAUUGCUGGUCAACCAACACCAUCUAUGGUUUGGACCAAGAAUGGAAAGGAGGUUGAGAACACAAUGAAACUGCAGGUUAGGUUUACAGAACUGACAACCACUCUGACCAACAAGGAUUCAAUCAGAUUAGAUGGUGGAGAAUUUGUUUUGACUGCCACUAAUGUCGGUGGAUUUGCUAAGCACAUCUUUAAUGUUAAAGUACUUGACAGACCUGGACCACCAGUUGGACCUCUUAAGGUGUCUGAUGUCACAGCUGCCAACUGUGUACUUACCUGGGCUCCACCUGCAGAUGAUGGCGGUGCCAAGAUUGAAGGAUACGUGAUUGAGAAGCGUGAGUCAAGCAGACUGGUUUGGACCAAUGUGGUUUGGGGCCUGCAAGUUACACAAUACAAGGUGACUAAGCUGCUCAAAGGAAAUGAAUACAUCUUCAGAGUUAUGGCAGUGAACAAAUAUGGACUUGGUGAAUCUCUUGAUUCCGAACCCACUAUUGCAGACAACCCAUAUAUAGUUCCGGAUCCUCCAGAGAAUCCUGAGGUGACAGCUAUCACUAAAGAUUCAAUGGUUAUUAUGUGGCAGGCACCUAAGAGUGAUGGUGGAACUCCCAUCACCAACUACAAUAUUGAAAGGAAAGAUAGAAUAGGCCUCCGUUGGGUCAAAUGCAACAGGAGGAUGGUCAAAGACCUACAAUUCAAGGCAACGGGCCUUGUUGUCGGACAUGAAUAUGAAUUCAGAAUAACUGCUGAGAAUGCUGCUGGAGUGAGUGCCCCAAGUGUCUCAAGUCCAUUCUACAAGGCUACUGAUGGACUGUACAAGCCAGGGGCUCCAUGCAACCCCAGAAUCUUGGACACUACCAAGUCCUCAAUUACUGUCGCCUGGAACAAACCUGUAUAUGAUGGUGGCUCUGACAUCACUGGCUACAUUGUUGAGACUUGCGUCCCAUCUGAAAAGGAAGAAGAGGAGGAAUGGACCAUUGUGACACCCAAAGAAGGACUCCUUGCCACCUCAUUUACCAUUCUUAACCUGAAGGAGAACCAGGAGUACAAGAUUAACAUAUCUGCUGUAAACAGUGAGGGAGUUGGAGAGGCAGCAUCGGUACCUGGCAAUCCCAAGGCAGAAGACAGGCUCCUUCCAGCUGAGAUGGAUCUGGAUGCUGAGCUCCGCAAAGUUGUCAGUCUUAGAGCUUGCUGCUCACUUAGAUUGUUUGUACCUAUCAGAGGCAGACCAGCUCCUCAGGCUAAAUGGACCAAAGGAGAUGGUGAGCCUGUUGAGAGGGCAACCAUUGAAAGCACAACAUCAUACACAUCACUUGUAAUUGAAAAUGUCAACAGAUUUGACAGUGGAAAGUAUAAUCUUACAGUUGAAAACAGCUCUGGCUCGAGGACCGUUACAGUACAGGUCAGGGUGCUUGAUACACCAAGUGCCCCACAGAAUCUUAAGAUUACUGCUGUAACAAAUGAAGCUGUCACUCUGACUUGGGAUCCACCAGUGAAUGAUGGAGGCGUUAAGAUUAAGAACUAUAUUGUUGAAAAACGUGAGUCCACAAGGAAAGCAUAUGCUACAGUAAAUGCUAAUUGCCAUCACACCACCUUCACAGUUGACCACCUCCUGGAAGGCUGCAACUAUUACUUCAGAGUUUUGGUUGAGAAUGAAUAUGGCAUUGGCCUGCCCAUUGAGACUGGUGAAUCAGUUAAAGUGUCUGAGAAACCACAGCCACCUGGCAAAAUCACGCUUAAGGAUGUUACCAAGAACAGUGUCACCCUCUCAUGGGAGAAACCACAGCAUGACGGUGGCAGCAGAGUGGGCUGUUAUGUUGUUGAGAUCCAGCCUAAGGGUGUUGAAAAGUGGACCCAGGCUAUGAUUGUAAAGGAAACAGAAGCUACUAUUAGUGGACUCAAUGCAGGUGAAGAAUACAUGUUCCGUGUAGCAGCAAGAAAUGAAAAGGGAACAAGCGACCCACGUCAAAUUGGUGUGCCUGUAAUCGUAAAAGAUCUUGUGAUUGCACCUGUUGCCAAAAUGUUGUUCAACACAUUUAGUGUGUUGGCAGGAGAAGACCUGACAGUGGAUGUUCCAUAUGUUGCACGUCCAAAAGCAGCUGUCUCCUGGGUAAAAGAUGGUCAGCCUCUGAAGAGAACUACCAGAGUAAACUUUGGUGCAAAAGAGACAUUGCUGAGCCUCACCAUAAAAGAGGCCACUAAAGAUGAUGUUGGGAAGUACCGUAUUACUCUUAGCAACACAGCAGGAGAGACAACAGUUGACAUUGGCAUCGUUGUUCUUGACAAACCUGGCCAGCCAAGUGGUCCAGUUAAGGUGGAGGAGGUAACUUCUGACAGUGUAACCAUCUCCUGGAACAUACCAGAGUAUGAUGGUGGUUGUACCAUCAAACACUAUAUUGUGGAAAAGAGAGACACAUCCACAACUAACUGGAUGGUUGUAUCUCCUAACCUUGCAAGGACCAAAAUCAAAGCAGGCAGGUUGAAGACUGGCUCUGAGUAUCAGUUUAGAAUAACAGCAGAAAACAGAUAUGGAAAAGGCCCAGCACUUCUAUCAGAGUGCAUUGUGGCUCAAUACCCAUACAAGCUCCCAGGACCCCCAGGGACACCAUAUAUUGCAGCCGGCACCAAGGACAGCAUGGUGGUUGCCUGGAAUGAACCUGUGAUUGAUGGUGGAAGCUCCAUCUUAGGCUACCAUCUUGAACGCAAAGAAAGAAACAGCAUCAUGUGGGUAAGACUUAACAAGUCUCUUAUUACUGACCAAACCUUCAAGACCACUGCUCUGGAACCAGGAAUGGAAUAUGAAUACAGAGUUUAUGCUGAAAAUAUUGUUGGAAUAGGAAAAGUGAGCAAAGUGUCUGAGGGACACAUUGCUAGAGAUCCAUGUGAUCCUCCUGGCACCCCUGAGGCAACAAAGAUCAGCAAAGACUCUGUGACCAUUAUUUGGACCAAGCCUGAGUAUGAUGGUGGGGCAAAGGUAACAGGCUACAUUGUGGAAAAGAAGGAGCUUCCUGAAGGUCGUUGGCUGAAGGCUAACUUCACUAAUAUCAUUGAGACAGAAUAUGUUGCAACUGGACUUGUGCAAGACAAUCAAUAUGAGUUCCGUGUCAUUGCCAGAAAUGCUGCUGGUGUUUUCAGUCUCCCCUCUUACAGCACCGGUCCAAUCACUGCCAGGGAUGAGAUUGAACCACCACGCAUCAGCAUUGACCCAGAGUACACACAGACUAUUGUGGUUAAUGCUGGAGACAACUUCAAAAUUGAUGGAGAUGUCCAUGGGAAACCAUUGCCCUCCAUCCACUGGAUGAAGGGAGAGCAGGAACUGGGAAAUACUAUUCAUAGAGAGAUUAAGAACACACCCACCAAAGCUUACAUAUCUGUCAAGGAAGCUAAACUUUCUGAUGGAGGCCAAUACACUUUGCUGUUGAAAAAUCCAGGAGGAGAAAAGGCCGUACAGGUCAAUGUGGUCGUUCUAGAUAAACCUGGAGAACCACAGGGACCUAUUGUUGUUACAGGAAUAGCCAAAGACCGAUGCUGCCUUUCAUGGAAACCACCACUACAGGAUGGUGGCAGCAAGAUCUCUCACUACAUUGUGGAAAGGAGAGAGACAAGCAGACUAGUCUGGACUGUUGUUGACCCAAAAGUGGCAAAUACAUGUUUAAAGGUUACUAAGCUUCUGGAAGGAAAUGAGUACAUCUUCAGAGUCCAUGCUGUCAACCACUUUGGAGUGGGUGCAGCACUGGAGUCUGCUUCUGUCAUAAUCAAAGAUCCAUAUUUGCCCCCUGGAACACCCAAGAGCUUGGAAGUUUCAGAUAUUAAAAAGGAUUCAAUGGUGCUCACCUGGGAGGCUCCUUCUGAAGAUGGAGGCAGUCCUAUCACUGGAUAUAUAAUUGAGAAACAUGACAAAGAAGGUGUGAGAUGGACCAGAUGCAACAGGCAAACAGUCACUGACUUGACCUUUAAGGUCACUGGACUCCUGGAAAGCCAUAUCUAUGAAUUCAGAGUUGCAGCUGAGAAUGGAGUUGGUGUUGGUGAGCCAAGCUCCCCAACUGUAUUCUACAAAGCUCUUGAUCCAAUAUUCAGGCCUGGCCCACCACACAAUCCAAGAGUUACUGACACAACUAAAACAUCAGUAUUCCUGUCUUGGGGCAAGCCUGUCUGUGAUGGAGGAUGUGAGAUUCAGGGAUACAUUGUUGAGUGCUGCACUACCACAGAGCCAGCAGUGCCAGCUGAGGUUCCUGCGGAAGCCCCAGCUACAGAGACUGCUGCCACAGAUGCACCUGCUGAGGAAUGGAUAAUGUGCACGCCACCAACGGGUGUCAAGAAGACCAAGUUUGAAGUUCUAAACCUGAAGGAAAACCAGGCAUACAAGUUUAGAGUAUGUGCUAUCAACAAAGUUGGAGUUGGUGAGCAUGCUGAUGUCUCUGGAGCUGUUGUUGCCCAGGACAAGGCAGAAGAGCCAGACCUUGACAUUGACCCAGAACUGAGACAGAUAGUGACCAUUAAAGCUGGAGCGUCCCUUAGACUGUUUAUUCCCAUCAAAGGAAGGCCCACUCCUACCAUCAAGUGGGACAAAGAUGAAGCUUCACUUAAAGAGACUGCUCAGGUUGAGGUAACUAGUAGUUACACAUCCCUGGUAAUUGAUAAGAUGAGCAGAUAUGACAGUGGAAAAUACACUGUCAGUGCAGAGAACGUAAGUGGAACCAAAUCUGCAUUUGUUGUUGUCCGUGUUCUCGACACACCUAGUGCUCCUGUUAACCUGAAAGUGAAAGAAAUUACAAACCAGUCAGUGACAUUGGCAUGGGAACCACCUCUGUUGGAUGGUGGGUCCAAGAUAAAGAACUACAUUGUUGAAAAGAGAGAAAGCACACGCAAAACAUAUGCAGCUGUUGUAACCAAUUGUCAUGCUCUUUCAUGGAAGAUUGACUCACUCCAGGAGGGUUGCAGUUACUACUUCAGAGUCCUUGCUGAGAAUUCGCAUGGUGUUGGCCUGCCUGCAGCAAUUCUCGACCCUCUUAAGGUCUCAGAGGUGCCCCAGUCUCCAAAGAACUUGAUUGUUACAGACCAAACCAAAACAAGCAUCUCCUUGGCCUGGGAGAAGCCUGAGUAUGAUGGUGGUAGCAGAGUCAUGCAGUAUCUCCUUGAGGUGCGGCUUAAGGCUCAGGAUAAGUGGUCUAGUGUGAACGCAUUUAAGACAAUGGAGGCUACGGUUUCCAAUCUGAACCCAGGAGAGGAGUAUCUGUUUAGAAUUACAGCAGUCAAUGAGAAAGGAAAGAGUGACCCCAAAGUCCUUGCCGCUCCAGUGAUGGCCAAGGACUUAGUCUUUGAGCCAGAUGUUCGACCAGCAUUCAGCAAUUACAGUGUCCAUGUGGGUAAAGACCUUAACAUUGACAUUCCCAUUCUUGGACGCCCUAAACCAACAGUCACAUGGACUAAAGAUGGAGCUCCUUUGAAGUUCACUACCAGAGUCAACAUUCUCAACACACCAAAACAUACAACACUGAGCAUUAAGGAGGCAGCAGGUGAUGAUGGUGGCAUGUACAGUAUACAUGUUGCUAACUCAGCUGGAAAGAAGGACACAACCGUUGAAAUCAUUGUACUUGACAAGCCUGGCCCUCCAUCUGGCCCUGUGAGGUUCGAUGAAAUCACUACACAGAGUGUCACUCUUUCAUGGGACCCACCAAAACACAAUGGUGGCUGCCAGAUUUCAAACUACAUUGUGCAGAAAAGAGAUACUACUACAACAACAUGGGAAAAUGUCAGCAUCAAUUGUGCCAGAACGACCAUCAAAGUGCCUAGACUGAAAACUGGAGCGGAGUACCAGUUCAGGAUCAUUGCUCAGAACCGCUAUGGCAAGAGUCAUGGUUUGGAUUCAUCCUCAGUGGUCGCUCAAUACCCAUACCGAGAGCCAGGCCCACCAGGCACUCCUUUUAUCUCCUCUCUCUCUAGGGACCACCAGAUUAUUGAGUGGCAUGAGCCUGUCACAGAUGGAGGCAGCCCUGUUCUUGGCUAUCAUCUUGAAAGGAAAGAGAGGAAUAGUAUUCUCUGGGUCAAAGUCAACAAGACACUUAUUCACGAUACUAGUUUCAAGAGUCACCCCUUAGAUGAGGGUGUUGAGUAUGAAUAUAGGGUUUAUGCUGAAAAUAUAGUUGGCAUUGGCAGAUGCAGUAAGAUCUCUGAAGGCUGCGUUGCCCGUGACCCAUGUGAUCCUCCUGGCACACCGGAGGCCAUCCAUGUGACCAAAGAUACCAUUGUUAUUCAGUGGACUAAACCAGAGUAUGAUGGUGGCAGUAAUAUAACCGGCUAUACUGUGGAGAAGCGUGAUCUGCCAGAGGGCAGGUGGGUAAGAGCAAACUUCACUAAUGUGAUUGAGACCCAGUUCACUGUCACUGGUCUGACUGAAAAUGCACAGUAUGACUUCAGAGUCAUUGCUAAAAAUGCUGUCGGCACCAUCAGUAAGCCAUCCUACAACAGUGGGCCAAUCACUGCAAGUGAUAAAGUGGAGGCACCAAAAUUCUCCAUUGACCCCGCAUUCACCAAGACCAUUAUUAUCAAUGCUGGACAGACAUUCAAGCUAGAUGCUGAUGUCAGAGGCAAACCACUGCCUACAAUCAAGUGGUUCAAGAAUGAAAAACCAAUCGAGAAUACACUCAGACUAGAGAUCAAAAACACAGAAAACCAUGCAAUGAUUGUCAUUAAGGACUCUGCUAGAAUUGAUGGUGGGAUUUACACACUCCAGCUGACAAAUGAGGCUGGCAGUGAAACUGUUCCAUUCAAGGUAGUAGUCUUGGACAGGCCUAGCCCAUGUGAAGGACCCUUCCACAUCGCUGGAGUAGCUGAAGAUAGAUGCACACUGGUAUGGCGUGCCCCUCUACAUGAUGGAGGUAGUCCUAUUACACACUACAUCAUCGAGAGAAGAGAGACCAGCCGUCUAGCUUGGACUGUUGUUUCCAACAGCUGUGAAACUACAUGUUACAAAGUCACCAAAUUGCUGGAAGGCAAUGAGUACAUGUUCCGUGUCAUGGCAGUUAACAGUUAUGGUGUCAGUGAGCCACUGGAGUCUGGCGGAGUGAUUAUGAAGACUCCAUUUGUUCCUCCUGGUUCACCUCACAUUGAGGAUGUUUCCAACAUUGCCCAUGAUGGCAUGACCAUCACCUGGUCAGCCCCUGAGACUGAUGGUGGCAGUGAGAUUAUCAAUUACAUAAUUGAAAAGAAGGACAGAACUGGAAUCAAAUGGACCAGAUGCAACAGACAGAAGGUCACUGACCUCUCCUUCAGAGUUACAGGCCUUGCUACAGACCAUGAAUAUGAGUUCAGAGUAGCUGCUGAGAAUGUAGUUGGAGUGGGAGAACCAAGCCUUCAAAGUUCAUACUACAGGGCCUGUGAUCCCAAGUACAAACCUGGUGCCCCAGCAUAUGUGAAUGUUAUUGACUCCACAAAGAGUUCUAUUACUGUGUCAUGGGGUAAGCCUCUGUCUGAUGGUGGUAGCGCCAUUCAAGGAUACAUUGUUGAAGUCUGCAAGGCUGAGGAGGAGGAAUGGACCCUGGUUACUCCUCCCACUGGCCUGCGUGUCAACAAAUAUGAAAUAACCAAACUUACUGAGGGUCAGGAGUACAAGAUCCAGGUGUGUGCUCUAAACAAACUCGGAGUCGGUGAAUCAGCAGCUCUCUCUGGAACAGCUAAGCCAGAGGAAAGGGUGGACUCACCACAGAUCCACCUUGACUCUGAGCUGAGGAAAGGCAUCACUGUGAAAGCUGGUGGAUCUGUUAAAAUCCAUAUUCCAUUCAAGGGCAGGCCACUACCUGAGAUUAAGUGGACUAAGGAUGAGGGAGACCUGACUGAAAAGGCAGUGAUUGAGAAGGCUCUCAACUUCACUGAGCUGUCCAUUGACUCAUGUGACAGGAGUGACUCUGGAAAAUACACCCUGAGCCUGACAAACAGCAGUGGCUCUGUGUCUGAGUUUGUUGCUGUUAAGGUCCUGGAUACACCUGGUUCCCCUCAGAAUCUUGUGGUUAAAGAAGUCAAAAAGGACUCUGUCACUCUUGUAUGGGAUGCCCCAUUGAUUGAUGGAGGUUCCAAAAUCAAGAACUAUGUCAUUGACAAACGUGAAUCAACCAGAAAGGCAUACGCAAACGUGACCACAAAAUGCACCAAGACAACAUUCAAAGUUGAGAACUUGAUUGAAGGCGCUAUGUACUACUUCAGAGUCAUGGCUGAGAAUGACUAUGGAAUUGGCCAGGCUGUUGAAACAAAGACAGCUUCCAAGGCCUCUGAGGUACCAUUGCCUGUUGGAACAGUCUCCCUCACUGAUGUCACCAAAACCAGUGCCUCAUUUGCCUGGGAGAAACCUGGGCAUGAUGGUGGCAGUAGAAUUGGUGGCUACCUAAUUGAGAUGCAGCCUAAGGGUACCGAUAAGUGGGGUGUUGCAGCAAAUACAAAGACAUGCGAGGGCACAGUCACAGGCCUCACAGCUGGAAAAGAAUAUCUAUUCCGUAUCAUUGCAUACAAUGAGAAGGGAAAGAGUGAGCCAAAGGCACUUACUUCACCCGUUGUUGCUUGUGACAUGACCAUGGAGCCAAGCAUUAAGAUGCAAUUCAACACUUACAGUGUGUUAGCUGGAAAAGAUCUGAAGUUGGAAUUCCCCGUGCUCGGCAGGCCCAAACCUAAAGUCACCUGGGCCAAGGAUGGUCAGCCUUUGAAGGUAACAUCCAGAGUCAAUGUGGUAAACACUCCAACAACAACUGGCAUUCAAAUUACUGAGGCAUGCAAGGAGGACUUUGGCAAAUAUUCCAUUACAGCAACCAAUACUGCCGGCACAAUCACUGAAGAUGUGGCUGUCAUUAUCCUUGACAAACCUGGUCCACCGACAGGUCCAGUCAAGGUUGUUGAAGUGAGCAACACCUUUGUCCAUCUCUCCUGGGAGCCCCCACAGUACAAGGGUGGAUGCCAGGUGAAGAACUAUAUAGUGGAGAAGAGAGACACCACUACCACAACAUGGCAGUCAGUCACCACACAGCUUGCUAGAACAGCUUUCAAGGUCACCAAGCUGAAGACUGGUGCUGAAUACCAGUUCAGAAUCAUAGCUGAAAACAGAUAUGGAAAGGGUGUGCCUCUGGACUCCAAGGCCAUUGUUGUGCAGUAUCCAUACAAACCACCAGGGCCUCCAGGAACUCCAUAUGUAAAAUAUGCAACGAAGGAAAUGAUGAUCAUUGAAUGGAAUGAGCCAGUCAAUGAUGGUGGAAGUACAGUUAUUGGUUACCAUCUGGAAAGCAAAGAGAGAAACAGCAUCCUAUGGAACAAACUGAGCAAGACUCUCAUCACUGAUACUCAGUUCAAAAUCUGCAAUCUUGAGGAGGGUAUUGGAUAUGAAUUCAGAGUUUAUGCUGAAAAUAUUGUUGGCAUUGGCAGGUGCAGUAAAGUGUCUGAGUCCUUUGUUGCUCGUGACCCAUGUGACCCUCCUGGUGCUCCUGAAGCGGUAUCUAUUUCUAAGAACCUAAUCAAGAUUCAGUGGACCAAGCCACAGUAUGAUGGUGGCAGCAAAGUCAAUGGAUAUAUUGUGGAAAGGAAAGAUCUUUCCUCCCCGGAAGGGCGCUGGGUAAGAGCCAACUUCACUAAUGUAAUUGAGACUGAGUAUACCGUCACUGGUCUGACAGAGAAUGAACAAUAUGAAUUCAGAGUUAUUGCAAGAAAUGCAGCCGGAGUCUUCAGCCAGCCAUCUGACAGCUCUGGACCUAUUACUGCUACUGAUGAAAUUGAACCACCAAGAGCCUCAAUGGAUCCCAAAUACAAGGAUGUAAUUGUUGUCAAUGCUGGAGAACACUUGCUUCUUGAUGCAGACAUCUAUGGAAAACCAAUUCCUGAUGUUAUCUGGCUUAAAGAGGGCAAGGAAAUGGACAAAGCACUGCGCAUUGAAGUGAAAACUACACAGAAACGUGCAGCCUUAACCAUUAAGGAUGUGACCAAACUUGACAGUGGCCACUAUGACCUCGUCCUCAAAAAUCUGGGUGGUACAAAAACCUUCCCUAUCACUGUCAAAGUCCUUGAUAAACCAGGUCCACCCACUGGACCCAUGAAGGUGACAGGAAUCAUGGCUGACCGGUGCAUCCUUGCCUGGUCUGAGCCAAUUUUGGAUGGUGGUGCUAGUAUUACUCACUAUGUCUUGGAGAAGAGAGAGACUAGCAGGUUGUCCUGGACUGUGGCUGCACCAAAUAUCAAGGGUCUGUACUAUAAACUGACAAAUUUGCUCCAUGGAAAUGAAUACAUUUUCAGAGUCAGGGCUGUUAACAAAUAUGGUGUUGGUGAUUAUAUUGAGUCUGAACCCAUCAUUGCACGCAAUCCUUACAAACCACCUAGUGCUCCUGGAACUCCAGAAGCAAGUCAGAUCACAAAGGACUCUAUGGUUCUCUCAUGGACUGCUCCUGAACAGACUGGUGGAGCUGACAUUGAAGGCUACCAUCUUGAAAAACGUGACAAAGAUAGUGUAAGGUGGACAAAAUGCAACAGACAAAAGCUGACUGACACCCAACUUAAGGUCACAGGUUUAAUGACUGACCACUUCUAUGAGUUCCGUGUUGCUGCAGAGAAUGAGGCUGGAAUGGGAGAUCUCAGUGAACUGUCCCUAUUCUACAGAGCAUGUGAUGCCACAACACCACCUGGACCUCCACACCACCCUAAGGUUACAGACUACACAAAGUCUUCUGUGUCUCUGUCCUGGGGCAAACCUGACUUUGAUGGUGGUGCCUACAUUAAGGGCUAUAUUGUUGAAAUGAGGGAGUAUACGCCAGUGCCUGAAUCAACAGAGGAGGCAGAAGUAGCACCAGCAGUAGAGCCACCAGUUGAAAAAGAAUGGACCAUGUGCACUCCACCGACUGGCAUUCAAACCACUAAACUCACUAUCACAGAUCUGAAGGAGGGUGGAGAGUACCAAUUCCGUGUCUGUGCUAUCAACUCUGAGGGUGUGGGUGAGGCUGCUAAUGUCCAUAGUACUGUGGUUACCUCUGACAGGGUAGAAGCACCGGAGAUUGAGCUGGAUGCUGAGCUCAGAAAAGUGGUUUCUGUCCGUGCUGGUGGAACUCUGCGUCUGUUUGUCCCCAUCAGAGGAAGGCCUGAACCUGUUGUUAAAUGGGAGAAGGUUGAGGGUACUCUCACAGAGCGCGCGGCAAUUGAUACUACCAGUUCAUACACCAUGCUUGUCAUUGACAAUGUCAACCGCUUUGACAGUGGCAAAUACUCACUAACACUGGAGAACAGCAGUGGUACAAAAUCUGCUAUUGUUGCAGUGAGAAUUUUGGAUACACCAAGUGCACCUCAAAACUUUGCUGUGAAGGAACUCAAGAAAGAUUCAGUGACUCUUGCCUGGGAUACCCCACUUACUGAUGGUGGUUCUAAAAUCACAAACUACAUUGUAGAGAAGAGAGAGUCUGUCAGGAAGGCAUAUACUACUGUAACCAGCAACUGCACAGCCAACUCAUUCAAGAUUGAAGAGCUGACUGAGGGUGGCAUGUACUACUUUAGAGUCUGUGCAGUCAAUGAAUAUGGCCAAGGACAGAUGGUUGAAACCAAAGAAGUCAAAGUAUCUGAGGUCCCUCUGCCACCAAGCAAGGUUACCCUAGUAGAUUUGACAAAGACCAGUGUGUCACUGGCAUGGGAGAAACCUGCUCAUGAUGGUGGAAGCAAAGUAAUGUGCUACAAUGUAGAAUUUAAGCCUAAGAGUGGGGAUAAAUGGGGCACAGCAUGCACAGUCAAGGUGCCUGAAGCAACUAUUCCCAAUCUAACUCCUAAUGAAGCCUACUUGUUCAGAGUUGUUGCAAUCAAUGAGAAGGGAAAAAGUGAGCCAAAGGAUCUUGGCUUGCCUGUGGUUGCAAAGGAUGUUGCUAUUGAACCAACUAUCAACUUACUGUUUACCACAUACAGUGUGAAGGCCGGAGAUGAACUUACUCUUGAGGUUCCAUUAAGAGGAAGGCCAAAGCCUGUUGUAUCCUGGAAGAAGAAUGGCCUUCCUUUGAAGCAAACAUCAUCAGUGACCAUCUUAAAUACUUCUACCUCUUCCAAAAUUAUCAUCAAAGAUGCUAACAGAGAACAUGUUGGCAAGUAUGAGAUCACCCUAACCAACACAGCAGGAACUGCCACAGCAGAUCUUGGAGUUGUUGUCCUUGAUAAACCAGGACCACCCAAAGGUAUCAAGGUGGAUGCUGUGACCUCCGACAGCAUUACACUGACCUGGUCUCCACCGGAUUAUGAUGGUGGCUGCUCCAUCAGUAACUAUAUUGUGGAGAAGAGAGACACAAACACACAAGAAUGGCAGAUGGUAGCAAGUAAUGUUGCCAGAACAUCUUUCAAGGCUGGUCGUCUGACACAUGGAGCUGAGUACCAGUUCCGCAUUUAUGCAGUCAACCGUUACGGAAAGAGUACAUAUCUGGACUCACCUGGAAUCACUGCUCAGUAUAACUUCAAACAACCUGGUCCUCCUUCCACGCCUAUAGUGAAGUUGGCCACAAAGUCUUACAUGUUGGUGACAUGGAAUGAGCCAGUCGUUGAUGGUGGUAGUCCUGUUGUGGGCUACCAUCUGGAGAGAAAGGAACGUUCUAGCAUUCUUUGGACAAAGAUGAAUAGAGGAAUGAUUAAAGAUACAGAGUACAAAGUCACUGGAAUUGAAGAGGGCAUGAUAUAUGAAUACCGUGUCUAUGCUGAAAAUAUUGCUGGUAUUGGUAAAUGCAGCAAGGCCUGUGAAGGUGUAGCAGCCAGAGAUCCAUGUGACCCUCCAGGCACACCUGUGGUCACUGCUGUUACCAGGACAUCUGUCUCCUUAUCUUGGGAUAAGCCAGAGUAUGAUGGUGGAGCCAAGGUUUCUGGCUACAUAAUUGAACGCAGAGACCUUCCUGAAGGACGCUGGACAAGGUGCAACUUCACCAAUGUGCCUGAGACCCACUAUGAUGUGACAAGCCUUACAGAGAACAGCCAGUAUGACUUCCGUGUCAUUGCUAAGAAUGCAGCUGGAUUGUUCAGUGAACCAUCUGACAACACUGGCCCAAUCACUGUCAAAGAUGAUGUGGAUCCACCACGCAUCAUGAUGGAUGUCAAGUUCCGAGAGACAGUGUUUGUGAAAGCAGGAGAAACUCUGAAGAUUAAUGCUGACCUUAAGGGACGUCCAGCCCCUGUCAUUUCCUGGACCAAGGAUGGCAAAGAAAUUGAGUUGAGAGCCAGAAUCCAGAUUAUUUCAACAGAUACCAGCACUUCUGUCAUUGUGAAGGAUUGCAUCAAAAGAGAUUCCGGGCAGUAUGCCCUGAGUCUACAAAAUAUUGCUGGAACAGUUACGAUGCCAAUAAACUGUGUGAUUCUAGAUAAGCCAGGACCCUCAGCAGGACCUCUGCAGAUCACAGAUCUCACAGCGGAGGAUUGCACUCUGUCAUGGGGUCCUCCUCAGGAGACCGGUGGUGCUGACAUCACGCAUUACGUUAUUGAGAAGCGUGAGACCAGCAGCUUGGCAUGGACAAUGGUGAAGGCAGAUGUCACAAAAACAUACUUUAAAGUCACAGGACUGCUCAAGGACAACGAAUAUAUCUUCAGGGUUUUGGCUGUCAACAAGUAUGGACUUGGUGAGGCUCUUGAUAGUGAUGCUGUAAAGAUUACAGAUCCAUACACUGUCCCCACUGCUCCAACUAGUGUUGAUGUCACUGCCAUAACUGGAGAUUCAAUGACCCUCACCUGGUGCAAGCCAGCUAGUGAUGGAGGCAGCCCCAUCACCGGGUAUAUGAUUGAGCGCCGUGAGAAGACAGGCAUGCGCUGGAUCCGUUUGAACAGAGAUCCAGUUCUUGAAUGUACCACAGUAGCAACCAAACUGCGUAAGGGUUGUGAGUAUGACUUCAGAGUCUAUGCUGAAAAUGCUGCUGGUCUAAGUCCUCCAAGUGAGCAGUCUGCAUCAUUCAGAGCAUUAGAUCCUCUGGUUGUUCCUUCUCGCCCAACUAAGCCAAAGAUUGUCACUUCAACCAAGGACAGCGUGACCAUUGUCUGGAAACCACCAACAGAUGAUGGUGGUGCUGUCAUUCUUGGAUACAGUGUAGAAUACAGAGACUACAUCCGCAAACCCGAACUAGAAGUUGAGGAAGAAGAGGAAGAAUACGAGGAGGAGGAAGAAGAGGUACCUGAAUCACCUGAAGAACUAGCAAGAUGGGGUGAGGCUAUCCCUCUUACCAAGAGCUUGGAGUUCACAAUCACUGGACUAAAGACAGAUGCAGAAUAUGAAUUCUGUGUCAAGGCUAUAAACAAAGUUGGUAGCAGUGUGCGGAGCCCCUAUUCAGACGCUGCUGCAGCUGUGGACAGAACUGCAGAGCCGUCAUUUGAUGUUGACAUUGAGCUGCGUAAAGUACUUCUUGUUAAGCAUGGCACAGCAUUUACUCUGAAUGUACCAUUCAAGGGCAAACCCGUGCCAUCAGUGACAUGGGCCAAGGAGGGAGUUGAUCUAAAUGUCAGAGGAACCAUCGAUUCAACAGAAUCAAGCACUUCACUAACCAUUGAGAAGUCAACUAGAAAUGACUCUGGAGAGUACUGUGUUACAAUUGAAUCACCACUGGGAAAAGCAACAUUGCCUCUGGUUGUCAAGGUGCUAGACUCACCUGGACCCCCUGUCAAUGUUGUAGUUUCAGCAGUGACCAAGGAUUCUGCAACCCUCACUUGGGAAGCCCCAGAGAAUGAUGGCGGUGAUGCAGUGAAGGCCUACCAUGUUGAAAAACGUGAAGCCAGUAAGAAAGCCUGGGUGUCUGUGACCAGCAACUGCCAUUCUCUGAUUUACAAGGUGGAAGACUUGCAGGAGGGAGCCACGUACUACUUCAGAGUUAUUGGAGAAAAUGAGUAUGGAGUAGGUGUCCCGCAGGAAGCCAAGACUGGAACAAAGAUUACAGAGGUACCAAGUCCGCCCAUGAAACUUGGAGUUGCAAAUGUUACCAAAGAUAGCAUUACACUUGCCUGGACCAGACCAGAAUAUGAUGGCGGCAGCAGAGUCACUGGAUACCUUAUUGAUGCCAUGGAGAAAGGACAGAACAAGUGGAUCAAGUGUGCCACUGUGAGGACCAUGACCCACACCAUCAAGAGCCUGAGGGAGGGUGCUGAGUAUUUCUUUAGAGUCCGUGCAGAGAACCAUGCUGGACUCAGUGAACCAAAGGAGAUGAUUGUACCUGUUAUUGUCAAGGAAAUACACGAGGCUCCAGAGUUUGACCUUAAGAACUACCCCAAGAAUACAGUUUAUGUGAAAGCAGGAUCCAACCUAACCUUUGAGAUUCCUCUCACCGGCAGGCCCAUGCCUAAGGUGACUAUGUCCAAAAACAAUGUUGUCAUCAAGGGAUCCAAGAGGCUGCUAACAGAAGUAACUCCAGACAGUUUAAUCAUCACCCUAAAUGAGAGCAUUUCAAGUGACGCUGGUAAAUAUGAAGUCACUGCCUCAAAUGCAGGAGGUACCACCAAGAUCUUCAUUAUCUUCGUUGUGCUGGACAGACCCGGACCUCCUGUUGGUCCAGUUGAGAUUGGAGAGGUUGGAGAGACAACAGUAUGUCUGAAAUGGGCUCCUCCAGAGUAUGAUGGUGGCAGUCCUGUAAGCAACUACAUUGUUCUGAAACGUGAAACCAGCACUCCUACCUGGGCAGAGGUGUCAACUAGCAUUGCCAGAAGCUCGAUCAAGGUUACUAAGCUGACCAAGGGAGAGGAGUAUCAGUUCAGAAUCAAGGCCGUGAAUCGCAGCGGUGUCAGCGACCACAUUGAUAGCAAACCAGUCAUGAUAAAGCUUCCAUACACUGUUCCUGGACCUCCAUCCACACCAUGGUUGGGCUUUGUAUCCAGAGAGAGCCUAACAGUCUGCUGGAAUGAGCCUGUCAAUGAUGGUGGAAACCCUGUGAUUGGAUAUCAUCUCCAGAUGAAGGAGAGGAGCAGCAUCCUCUGGCAGAAGAUCAAUAAGACGGCAAUCUCAGGAAACCAGUGGCGAGUUACAAACAUCUGCCCUGGUCUCAUCUAUGAAUUCAAGGUGGCAGCUGAAAAUGCUGCUGGUAUUGGAAAGAUGAGCAAGACCUCUGAAGAGGUGCUUGCUAUUGAUGCCUGUGAGCCCCCAGCAAAUGUCCAUAUCACAGAGGUCACCAAGAACUCAGUCAGCCUGGCCUGGCUGAGGCCUCCAUAUGAUGGUGGCAGCAAGAUUACCGGCUACAGUGUGGAGAGGAGAGAAGCUCCCAGUGGAAGAUGGGUGAAAGCUAACUUCACAAACAUCAUUGAGCUGGGUUUCACUGUAUCUGGACUGAACCAGGAUGAGUCCUAUGAGUUCAGAGUGUAUGCCAAGAAUGCUGUUGGGUCUGUCAGCAACCCAUCUCUCAUUGCUGGCCCAGUGACUUGUGUCGACGCCUGUGGUGCCCCAGCCAUUGAUCUUCCUCCAGAGUAUCUGGACGUGGUUCAGUUCAAGGCUGGAAGUUCAGUUAAGCUUAGAGUUGGAAUCAUUGCCAAGCCUCUACCAACCAUUGAGUGGCUCAAGGAUGGAAAGGAGCUGGUAGCAACCUCUACCAUGUCUACUGAAAACACAACUGACUCUUCUGCUGUUCUGAUCAAGGAUGCAGCUCGCCUUCACACAGGCUCAUAUGAGAUCAAGAUCAAGAAUGUUCUGGGCUCAGCAUCUGCAACCAUCAGGAUUGAAAUCUUAGACAAACCUGGACCCCCAGCAGGGAUGAUUAACUUCAACUCCAUUACAGCAGACAAGAUCAUCUUCAGCUGGGAACCUGUGCCCGAGUCUGACCAGGGAGGUUUUAAAGUGACCCACUACAUUGUUGAGAGGCGUGAAACCAGCCGCGUGGUCUGGUCGACAGUUUCAGACAAGCACGAGAAGACACAUAUCACCGUCGGGAAGCUGGUGCGCGGAAAUGAGUAUGUGUUCCGUGUAAUGGGUGUUAAUAAGUUUGGAGUUGGAGAGCCACUGGAGUCGGAGCCUGUCAUAGCUAAGAAUGCCUUUGUAACUCCUGGGCAACCUCAUACUCCUGAGGUGAAUAUCAUUACCAAGUCCACCAUGGUGGUAGAAUGGGACAAACCAGGUGUAGACGGAGGUAGCGCUGUGACGGGCUACUACCUGGAGAGACGCGACAAGAAGAGCUCACGCUGGAUCAGAGUUUACAAAGACCCUGUCACGGAUAUCAAACAGACCGUCUACCAUCUGACAGAAGGAAAUGAAUACCAAUAUCGCGUCUGUGCCAUUAACAAGGCUGGAGAGGGACCGUUCUCUGAUGCAUCAGACUACUACAAGGCUGCUGAUCCAGUUGAUCCACCAGAUGAGCCUUGCAAGCUGAAGGUGGUGGACUCCACCAAGACGUCCAUCACCUUGGGCUGGUCCAAGCCAGAAUGGGACGGAGGCAGUGAGGUCACCAGCUACAUGGUUGAGAAGCUUGUUGAUGGAGCGCAAGAAUGGGCUAUGAUCACCUCCAAGGGAGAGGUCAAGACAACAGAGUACACAGUUCAUGACUUAAAAUUAGAUGUCAACUACUUCUUCAGAGUCUCUGCUGUCAACUGUGCUGGCCGUGGAGAGCCUCUGGAGAUGACUGAGCCUGUGCAGGCAAAGGAUAUCCUGGAGGAGGCCCAGAUUGACUCAGAUGUGGCAAUGAGAAGUCACUACAUCGUGAAGGCUGGCAAGGAUGUGGAGCUGUCUGUUCCUCUGAAGGGCAGACCUGCUCCUACUGCUUCCUGGAGCAAGGGAGAAGAAUGCAUAGAUCGUGAUCCCAAAUAUGAGUUCCACAGUUCAGACACGACCACAGUCCUUGUUAUGCGGGAGGUGACCAGGCUCGACACUGGAAAGUACACAGUAAAGAUAGAGAAUGGUGUGGGAGAGCCCAAGACACUGACCCUGUCUGUCAAGGUCCAGGAUACUCCAGCUCAGUGUACGAAUCUGGUCCUGAAGGACGUGACCCGUGGAAGGGUCACUCUCUGCUGGGAGCCUCCACUCCUCGACGGCGGUGCUGAGAUUACAAACUACAUUGUUGAGAAGAGGGACUCCUCCAAGAGAUCCUACUCUGCAGUGACAAGCAAAUGCAUAGAAACAACAUACACCAUUGAAGACCUCUCUGAGAAAACAUCCUUCUUCUUCCGUGUGUUAGCAGAGAAUGAGAACGGUGUUGGUGAUCCGUGUGAGACACUUGAGCCUGUGAAGGCUACAGAGACUCCGGGACCAGUCAAGGAGGUCUCUAUGAAGGAUUCAUCCAAGACUUCUGUCACUCUGCAGUGGCUGAAGCCCGAUUAUGAUGGCGGCAGCAUCAUCUCAGACUAUAUAAUUGAGAAGAAGCUCAAGGAGGAGGAAUGGUCAUUAGGAGGAACCAGCAAACAGUGUGAGUUUGAGGUCAAGAAACUCAAGGAGCAUUCAAACGUGUUCUUCAGAGUUGCCGCCAGGAAUGAGAAGGGACAGGGCGACUUUGUUGAGAUUGGGCCUAUCAAGGUCAUUGACUACAUUAUAACACCAGAGGCAAGCCUUGCAGAUUACCCAGAUGGCACCAUAAAUGUUCGCCUGGGUCACAAUGUGCACAUUGAGCUGCCAUACAAAGGUAAACCCAAACCUUCUGUACUGUGGCUAAAGGACAACCUGCCUCUGAAGGAGAGUGACCAGGUCCGCUUCAAGAAGACAGAAAACAAAGCCACUCUAAUUAUUAAGAAUGUGAAGAAGGAGAAUGAGGGUAAAUACACCCUGACCCUUGACAAUAGGGUCAACAGGAGAUCCUUCCACAUCCAUGUCAUCACACUUGGACCACCAUCAAAGCCUGUUGGACCCAUACGCCUGGAUGAAGUGAGAGCUGAAGCCAUCAUGAUCUCCUGGGAGGAACCAAACGACGAUGGCGGUGGAGACAUCACCUGCUACACUGUGGAGAAGCGUGAUACCUCUAAGUCUGACUGGAAGAUGGCCUGCUCCAAUGUACAGGGCACUCAGUUCAAGGUCCCCAAUCUGAUCAAGGGUGUGCAGUACCAGUUCAGAGUGUGUGCUGAGAACAGAUACGGUGUCAGUGAGCCUCUAGUCUCACAGAUGGUCAUUGCCAAACACCAAUUCAGGCCUCCAGGCCCACCGGGCAAGCCUGUUGUGUACAACAUCACUAAUGACGGUAUGACCAUCCAGUGGGAGCAGCCCAUCUAUGACGGCGGAACCCCCAUCCAGGGCUUCCAUGUGGAGAAGAGGGAAAAGAACAGCAUCAUGUGGCAAAAGGUGAACACUGUGCUGAUCAAAGAAACAGAAUACAGGAUCCUGGAACUAAUUGAAGGCCUGGAGUACUCCUUCAGAGUCUAUGCCCAGAAUGAUGCUGGCUUCAGUCGAAUGAGUGAUGAGAGCAAGCCAACCAUGGCUGUCAGUCCUGUUGAUCCUCCUGGCCAGCCCGACUACAUUGAUGUGACUAGUGACUCAGUGACACUGAAAUGGGAUGCACCCAAACGUGAUGGUGGUAGCAAGAUUACCAACUACAGCAUUGAGAAACGCCAAGGACAUGGCCGCUGGUUCAAGGCCAACUUGACUGAUGUACAGGACUGCCAGUACACUGUCACUGGGUUGACGACAAAUGAACGCUACGAGUUCAGAGUGAUUGCCAGAAAUGCCAUUGGUGUUGUCAGCCCUCCCUCCAACUCCUCUGGCUUGAUUGUGGUCAGGAGUGAAAACGCUGCCCCAAAUAUUGAGUUUGGCCCAGAGUACUUUGAGGGUUUGACAGUCAAGGCAGGAGAUAAAAUUCGUCUGAAGGUGACCAUCACUGGACGUCCUGUUCCCAAGGUCGUCUGGUACAGAGACGGUGUGGAAAUUACCAAAAAAAUUAUGGACAUUAUCAAUGUAGCUGGAUCCAGCACCCUGUUUGUCAGGGACGCUGAUCGUACACACAGUGGCCUCUUCACUGUGGAGGCUACCAAUGGAUCUGGAAGCAAGAAGGAGAACAUCCUUGUUCAAGUGCAAGACACACCUGGGGAGCCAGUAGGACCCAUCACUUUCAGCAACAUCUCAGAGGGCAAGUGCACUCUGUCUUGGAACCCACCAGAGAAGGACGGCUGCUCUGAAAUUUCUCAUUAUAUCAUUGAGAAGCGUGAGACCACCAAGAUUUCCUGGGCUUUGGUGUCUGAUGAAUGUAAGGAGUGCACUUUCAAUGCAACCAAGCUCAUUAAGACCAAUGAGUACCAGUUCCGGGUCUCUGCUGUUAAUAAGUUUGGAGUUGGCAGACCUUUGGAAUCUGGCCCCAUCAUUGCACAGAUGCAAUACACUACUCCUGAUGCUCCAGGCACUCCUGAUGCUACUGAGGUGACAGGAGAGAGCAUCACCCUGUCCUGGACUCCUCCAACAUCUGAUGGUGGAAACCCCAUUCAGUAUUACAUCCUGGAGAAACGAGAAAAGAAGACUGUCAAGUUCUACAAGGUGAUUACCAAGAAGCCUAUUGUUGAAUGUGCUCACAAGGUGCUCCACCUGACAGAGGAUAUGGAAUACGAGUUCCGGGUAAUGGCCGUGAAUGACGCUGGUGUUGGAGCACCUAGUAACAUCUCUUUGCCUAUAAAGGCUGCCGAACCAAAGGAUAUUCCUUGUGCUCCAUCUGUGAUCUGUGUGUCCGACUCCACCAACACCUCAAUCAGCCUGGAAUGGACCAGGCCUGCGGACGAUGGAGGCAUGGAUAUCCUGGGCUACAUUAUUGAAAUGGUGAAGGGAGAAGAGGUAGAAUGGAAGAGAGUAAAUGAGCAGCUGGUGGCGGAAACAAAUUACGUUGUGACAGGUCUACAGACAGGAGCUGAGUACAAGUUCCGUGUCGCAGCUGUCAAUCACGUGGGCAGAGGCGAGGACAAAGAGACUCCGGAGCCUGCUCAGGCUGUAGAUAGGCUUUCACCACCACAGGUGGAUAUUGACGCCACCUUUAAGCAGACACACAUUGUUAAGGCUGGAGGUUCAGUGUGCCUGGGCAUCUACUUCAGAGGAAAGCCAAUUCCCACUGCAACCUGGGUGAAGGAAGAAGGAGAGCUCGGUGUCAUGUCAGAGAUCACAACUACAGAUGACCACAGUUCUCUUAGCAUUGAAAACUGCACGAGAUAUGAUACUGGCAAAUACACUGUUAACCUGGAGAAUGCUAGUGGCAGCAAGGCCAUUACAUUCACAGUAAAGGUGAUGGACACACCUGGACCUCCUCAGGCUGUUGCCUUCAAGGAGGUGUCCAGAGGCUCGGUAACACUUAUCUGGGAGCCUCCUCUCAAUGACGGUGGAGCCCGGAUCCAUCACUAUGUUGUUGAGAGACGCGAGGCUAGCCGCCGCACUUGGCAGCAGUCUGGUGGCAACUGCAAGCAGCAUAUACUGAAGAUCGAGGACCUGCUGGAAGGAGUGCCAUACUUCUUCAGAGUUUCAGCCGAGAACCAGCAUGGUAUAGGUGAGGCUUUUGAGCUGACUGAGCCUGUCAUUGCCACCGCAGAGCCAGCACCCCCAAAGAGAAUGGAUAUCCUGGACACUACAGACAACUCUGUGUCUAUGGGCUGGCUAAAACCGGAGCAUGAUGGUGGUAGCCGCAUCCAGUGUUAUGUCAUUGAGGCCAAGCCAAAGGGUACAGACAAAUGGGUAGUGGUUGGCAACACCAAGAAUCUCACCUAUGUGGUUGAAAAGCUCAACAAGGGUGAUGAGUAUGACUUCCGUGUGAAGGCUAAGAAUGAAGCCGGUUACAGCAAGCCCAGGGAAACUCCAGCUCCUGUGCUGGUCAAAGAGCCUCAUAUUGAACCAACCGCUGACCUCAGCGAGAUCCCCAACCAGAUCAUCACAAGCAGCUCUGGCAGUACUUUCACCAUCGACGUUCCCAUCAGCGGUAGACCUGCUCCUAAGGUCACCUGGAAGCUGGAGGAGAUGAGGCUGAAGAGCUCAGACAGAGUCUCCAUCAAAGUAACUAAGAACAGAACCAGUAUCUCCGUCAAAGAGGCCAUGAGAGGAGAUGGUGGUAAAUACUACCUGACCCUAGAGAAUGUAGCAGGAACCAGGACCUUCGCUAUUGAAGUUAAUGUCACAGGUAGACCCAGUCCUCCAACUGGACCCAUCGAAAUCUCAUCCAUUACCUCUGAGUCCUGCAUCAUUAACUGGCAACCACCAGAGGAUGAUGGUGGAACAGACAUCACCAACUACAUUGUGGAGAAGCGUGAGUCUGGGUCCACCGCCUGGCAGCUGAUCAACUCCAGCGUAAAACGCACAUCUCUCCAUGUCAGUCACCUGACCAAGUACAUGCAGUACACAUUCAGGGUUUCUGCCGAGAAUAGAUUUGGUGUCAGCAAGUACACUGAGUCUGAGACUAUUGUCGCAGAGCAUCCUUUCACACCUCCUGGCCCACCAACAAGGCCUUCAGUUUUCAAUGUCUCUGCUAACACAAUGACCCUGAAAUGGGAGGAGCCCUAUCAUGAUGGUGGCAGCAAGGUGACAGGCUACUGGAUUGAGAAGAAGGAGAGGAACAAUAUCCUGUGGGUGAGGGAGAACAAGAUCCCUUGCUUUGAGUGCUACUACAAGGUGGAGGGUCUGGUCGAAGGCCUAGAGUACCAGUUCAGGGUUUAUGCCAUGAACAGUGCUGGGCUGAGCAAAGCUAGUGAGGCCUCCAAGGGAGCAGUUGCUCAAAACCCAGUUGAUCCACCAAGUAAGCCCGAAGUCACAAAUGUUACAAGAUCCACUGUCUCUCUAAAAUGGUCCGCUCCACUGAACGACGGUGGCAGUCCCAUCGUGGGCUACAUCAUCGAGCGUAAGCCGUACACUUUGACCGGUGAGGGGCGUUGGCUCAAGUGUAACUACACCAAUGUGACAGACACUUUCUACACUGUUACUGCCCUGGGAGAGGGAGAGCCCUAUGAGUUCAGAGUCAUUGGCAAGAACGGCAACCAGGUCUACAGCAAACCCUCAGAGUCCACCGGCUCUGUGCAGUGCAAGACCGACUUUGAGCCUCCAAAGGCCCAGCUGGACAGCAAACUCCUGUCCGAAACCGUGACAGUCAGAGCUGGUUCAGACCUGGUUCUGGAUGCUGCAGUGGGAGGCAGACCUGACCCCAAGGCUUCUUGGUCCAAAGGCAACAAGGAGCUGGAGUUGUGUGAAAAGUACCACCUGCAGUACACCUCCACCAGGGCAAUGGCCAUUAUCAAGUUCUGUGACCGAGAUGACACAGGAAAGUACAUCCUCACAGUCAGGAAUGUUAGCGGAACCAAGACCGCUGAGGUCAACGUCAAAGUGCUUGACACCCCGGGAGUAUGUGAAGGCAAGAUUGAGAUCAGCAAUAUUACAGAGGAGUCAUGCACACUGAGCUGGAAGUAUCCUCUUGAGGAUGGCGGCGAUGAGGUCUCCCAUUAUAUCGUGGAGAGGCGUGACACUAACAGACUGAACUGGGUCAUCAUGCAUGCCGAGUGCAAGGAUCUGUCCUGCAACAUCACCAGGCUGUUCAAGAACACUGAGUACCUGUUCAGAGUCCGGGGUGUUAACAAGUACGGAGCUGGAGUCUACCUCCAGUCAGAGCCCAUGAUUGCCAGAAACACUUUCACCGUGCCAUCUCCUCCUGGUGCUCCAGAGAUCCUGGUGUCAGGAAAGGACUUCGCCACCAUCGAGUGGCUGAAGUCAGAGAGCGAUGGCGGCAGCCCGUUGAUCCACUACCUGGUAGAGAGACGGGAGAAAAAGAGUGCCCGCUGGGUAAAGGUGAACAGGGAUGGAGCUCACCUGGACACCACACUGAAGGUGUCUGGUUUGACCGAAGGCAACAUCUAUCAGUUCAGAGUGACAGCUAUUAACAAGGCCGGAGAGAGCGAACCCAGCGAGGUUUCUCUGUAUGUUAUCUGCAGAGUGCCAACAUGCACCCCUGCUCCUCCUUCUAUCCCUCGUAUAACCGACACCCACGCUGACAGCAUCAGCCUGGCCUGGUCCCGCCCCGUGGACGACGGAGGAGCUGAUGUGAUUGGCUACAUCCUGGAGAUGCAGGAAGCCGGAGCAGAGGAAUGGAAGAAGGCCCACGAAAAGACACUGCGUGCUUCAGAGUAUGUGGUGACCGGACUUUCUGCAGGCAAGAAGUACUGCUUCAGAGUGGCUGGCAUCAACAUCAACGGUACAGGAGACUUCAGUGAACCAUGCACUGAGACUGAGCCAUUGGAGAGAAUUGAAACUCCUGACUUUGAGCUCCACGAUGACCUGAAGAAGACCAUCUGCCUGCGCGCUGGUGGCUCCCUCCGCCUGUUAGUAAAGGUCACCGGUCGUCCCGCUCCCGCCCUCACUUGGACUAAGCCUGGUGUUGACCUCCACAAUAGAGGAUUUAUUGAAGUCACAAACACGUCCACCACACUCAUCAUUGAUAAGGUCCACCGCUACGACGCCGGCAAGUACACGCUGGUGGCCGAGAACUCUGCCGGGAAACAGGAAGUCAACAUUCUGGUCAAGGUCUAUGAUACUCCUGGACCAACUGGACCAAUAAAGAUCAAAGAGCUGACCAAGGAGUCCAUCACCAUCUCUUGGGAAGCCCCAACCGUGGAUGGUGGUGCUCCUGUCAACAACUACAUCAUUGAGAGGCGUGAGGCCUCCAUGAGAGCCUACAAGACCGUCACCUCCAAGUGCAAUAAGACAUCUUACAAGAUUGAUGGCCUGAUGGAGGGCAUGCUGUACUACUUCCGGGUCCUGCCUGAGAACAUCUAUGGUGUCGGUGAGCCCUGUGAGACUCCCGAUGUCAUCCUGGUUUGUGAUGUGCCUCUGCCGCCACACAAGCUGGAGGUGAUCGACGUCACCAAGACCACAGUCACCCUGGGCUGGGAGAAGCCCGAGCAUGAUGGUGGCAGCAGACUGACGGCAUACGUAAUCGAAGCCUGCAAGUUUGGCACAGACAAGUGGAUGAAGGUGGCCACACUGAAGACCACAGACUUGGAACACACCAUCGAGAAACUAAAUGAGAGAGAGCAGUACUUGUUCAGAAUCAGAGCAAUCAACAGUAGAGGAGCCAGCGAGCCCAAAGAGCUUGUUACGGCCAUCACUGUACAGGAGCAGAGAGUAAUGCCUGUGGUGGACUUCUCCAGUAUUCCUCAGAAGGUUGUCAAUGUCCUGGCUGGUAAGACUCUGGAGCUGGAUCUGCCCAUCAUCGGCAGGCCUCCUCCCGUCUGCUCCUGGUACUUCAACGAUAACAAGAUCAAAUUCUCAGACCGUAUCAAGGUCAAGAGCACUGGAAAGUUCUCCAAACUGACCGUGUCUGACACCACCAUCAAUGACACUGGUGACUAUUCACUGGAGGUGAAGAACGCCGUUGGUGUUAUCACCGAGGUCAUCAAGGUCAUCAUCCUCUCUAAACCUGAUGAACCAAAGGGACCCAUCAGAUUUGAUGAGAUUGAUGCCACCACGGUCACCUGCAGCUGGGAUCCUCCAGUCAGAGACGGUGGAGCUCCCAUCAGCGGCUACAUGGUGGAGCAGCGUGAUGCUCACAGACCUGGCUGGGUGCCUGUCUGCGACUCUGUUAGCCGACCAACUUUCAAGUUUGAGAACCUUAUUGAGGGAGAUGAGUAUGUCUUCCGUGCAGCUGCGAUUAAUAACUACGGCACUGGAGAAUUCCUGCAGUCUGAGAUCGUCACCUGCAAGAGCUUGAAAAAUGUGCCUGGACCUCCUGGCCGUCCAACCAUCUUUGAUGUUUCUCGUGACGGCAUGACCGUGGCCUGGAACCCACCAGAUGAAGACGGCGGCCUUGAGGUUUCUGGAUAUAUUAUCGAGCGCAAAGAAGUCAGAUCUGACAGAUGGGUGCGUGCCAACAGGAACCCUGUCACCAUGACCAGAUACAGGUCGACAGAACUGACGGAGGGUCUGGAAUACGAACACAGAAUCACCGCCAUCAAUGCCAGAGGACUGAGCAAGCCAAGUCUGCCAUCCAAACCAGCAGUGGCAACAGAUCCCAUCGAUCCACCUGGCUGUCCUCAGAACCCGAGGAUCACCGAUACCACAAAGUCCUCUGUGUCGCUGGCUUGGAGUCCUCCUGAUGAUGAGGGAGACGCAAGGGUGGACGGUUACCUGAUUGAGAUGCAGAAGGUGGGCACCAUGCCCUGGAUCAAGUGCAACACCACACCGUCUCUAAUCUGCGAGUACACGCUGACCAACAUGCCACAAGGAGAGGAGUUCAAAUUCCGUGUGAUGGCUUGUAAUGCCGGGGGCUCUGGAGAGCCUGCUGAAGUACCUGGAACCGUCACUGUAACUGAAAUGCUUGAAUCUCCUGACUAUGAGCUGGAGCUCAAAUACAAAGAUGUGUACGUGGUCCGCCACGGCGGAGUGGUUAGACUCUCUAUUCCCAUCAAGGGUAAACCUCACCCAACCUGCAAGUGGUCGAAGGAUGGUGGUGCAGUCUCCACUAAGGCCAUGAUUGCCUCCACCGAGGAUUCCAGCGAGCUGGUGAUCAAGGGAGCAGAGAGAAGCGACACUGGCGUGUACGAUCUCCUGCUGGAAAAUAGGGUUGGCAAGAAGAAGGCCCAAAUCAAGGUGAAGGUCAUCGGGCGUCCAAGCGCUCCAGAGGGACCGCUGGUCUUUGAGGAGAUCCAGGCCAACUCUGUGAAGGUGUCCUGGAAGGUGCCCGUGGACGACGGUGGCUCAGAGAUCCUGGGUUACAUCAUAGAAAGACGCGAGGCAGCCAGAAACGCCUGGUACACUGUGGACUCUAGAGUGACUGACACUCAGCUGGUUGUCAAGGGACUGAAGGAGGGAACAGAGUACCACUUCAAGGUCACGGCUGAAAACUCCUUUGGUAUCAGCUCCUCUCUGAAGUCAGAGAAGCCACUGGUGCCCAAGACUCCCCUAUGUCCCCCUGAGCCUUCAAGCACCCCACCAGAGAUCAUGGACGUCACAAAGAGCUCUGUGGCAUUAGCCUGGUCCAGACCAAAGGACGACGGUGGUUCUGCCAUUACUGGCUACUUCGUUGAGUACAAGGUGGUGUCUGAUGAGACGUGGUCCCGCCACCAGACCAAGAUCACCUCCACCAUGUUUACUCUGCCUGGACUCACACCUGACGCAGACUACCAGUUCCGCAUCGUUGCUGUCAACAACAUCGGCGAGAGCGAGGCUGGUCCUGUGUCUGACCCAGUCACAUGCAAGGAUCCGUUCGACAAGCCAAGCCAACCAGGCGAGAUUGACACAGUGAACGUGACAAACAACUUCAUCACCAUCCGCUGGCAAGCUCCAGAGUGUGAUGGUGGAAAGGAGGUCCUGGGCUACUGGGUGGAGUACAGGAAGUCCAUUGAGAGCACUUGGAAGAAGUGCAAUAAGCAGAGGCUGAAGGAAAAGGAGUUAACCAUACCUGGACUGGCUGAGGCCACAGAGUACGAGUUCAGAGUGUUUGCUGAGAAUGAGACAGGAAUGAGUAGACCUCGUAGGACUGCCACGUGCAUCAAGACUAAACUGAGUGUUGAAGCUAAACCAAGCCUGAGAAAGGAAAUGGAUGAAGUAACUGCCAAACUUGGCCAGCCUGCUGUCAUGAAGUGCCAGAUUAUUGGCCGGCCUUGUCCUGACAUCAAGUGGUAUCAUGCAGGCAAGGAGAUUGUUGAGUCCCGCAAGUACGAGAUGAGCUCUGACGGCCGCAACCACUCCCUGUCUAUAAUGACUGACCAGCAGGAGGAUGAAGGAGAGUACACCUGCAAGGCCAUCAAUGAUGCCGGAGAAGCUGAGACCUCAGGCAUUCUGGUGCUGGAGGCUGCUUCGUCCUUCCAUCCCGACUACCCACUGAAGGAAACGUACUAUGCUGGCCUGGGAAGCACUCUGCGCAUCCAUGCCGUCUACAUCGGCCGUCCUGAGCCAAAGAUCAUGUGGCUGCAUGGGACGAAGACCCUAGAGAACACAGAGGACAUCAGCAUCGAGACUACCGAGCACUACACACACCUGAUCAUCAAGAACGUGCAGCGCAGAGUCCAUGGAGGCAAAUACAGGAUCAGACUGCACAAUCACUUCGGCAGGGCUGACACCGCAUUCAAUGUUGAAAUUUACGACAAACCUGACAUUCCUCAGGGUCCCAUUGUGCUGGACGCCCUCCUGAAGAACUCUGUCAUCAUCAGCUGGAAGCCUCCCAAGGAUGACGGAGGCUGUAUGAUCACCAACUACAUAGUGGAGAAGCGUGAGGACAAGGAGGGCACAGAGUGGGAACUGGUGUCAUCAUCGAUCAAUGGCACAUCUUGCCGUGUGCCAAACCUCAUCGACAGCGCCGGAUACUUCUUCCGUGUGUACGCCCAGAAUCGCUAUGGCAACAGCGAGCCACUGGAGCUCACUUCACCUAUCCUUAUCAAGAGCCAACUGGAGAAACCAUCACCACCCCUGUCGCCAGUUGUUUCUGGAAUCACCAAGGACUCCUGCGUGGUUUCCUGGAAGCCUCCACUGAGCGAUGGCGGCUCCAAAAUCAAGAGCUACUGCCUUGAGAGCAAGCACAAGAAGGGCAAGAAGGAAUGGAGCGAAUGGACUCCAGUGUCCACAGACGAGAUCAAACAGACGGUGUUCUCCGUCAAGCGUCUGACCGAGGGCAUCGAGUACAUCUUCCGUGUGAAGUGCGAGAACCUUGGAGGACAGAGCGACUACAGCGAGGAAACUGCUCCAAUUGUUCCAGCCACAGCCGUCGAGAUCCGUGCUCCUGCCUUCAAAGAAGAGCUGAGGAACAUGAGUGUCAAGUACAAGAGCAAUGCCACCCUUGUCUGCAAGAUCACAGGACAGCCCAAGCCUGUAAUCAAAUGGUUCAGACGAGGAAAGGAGAUCCACUCUGACGGAAAGAAGAUCAAGAUCCAGGAGUUCAAGGGAGGUUAUCACCAGCUGGUCAUCACCGAGGCUGAUGAGGAAGACUCCACUGUGUACCAGAUCAGGGCCACCAACCAGGGAGGAUCCAUCUGUGCUACAAUAUCUCUGGAUGUUGAAAUCCCUGCCAAGAUCCAACUGCCAAAGAACCUGAAGGACAAGGAAGCCAUUCCUGCCCUGCGUGGAGAAGUGGUCAAUAUCAAGAUUCCUUUCAGUGGCAAACCAGAUCCUGUCAUCACAUGGCAGAAGGGACAAGAUCUCAUUGACAGCAAUGGCCACUACCAGGUCAUUGUCACCAGAUCAUUCACUUCUUUGGUGUUCCCCAACGGAGUGGAGAAGAAGGAUGCUGGUUUCUACAUUGUCUGUGCCAAGAACAGAUUUGGCAUUGACCAGCAGACAGUUGAGCUGGAUGUCGCUGACGUGCCUGAUCCUCCACGUGGUGUCAAAGCCAGUGACGUCUCCAGGGACUCGGUCACACUGAACUGGAUGGCCCCAGCAAAUGAUGGCGGCAGCAGAGUCAUCAACUACAUCAUUGAGAAGUGCCCCACCACUGCUGAGAGGUGGCAGCGUGUUGCCCAGUCCCGUGACACCCGCUACACUGUCAUCAAUCUGUUUGGAGGAACCGGCUAUCAGUUCAGAGUCAUCGCUGAGAACAAGUUCGGGCAGAGUGCUCCAUCUGAGACCAGUGGACCGGUCAUGACCAAGGAGGACAAAUCAAGAGUUCUGCUGUAUGAUAGGGAGGUUGAUGAUACUGGACAUGUUCCUAGGGGCAAGGCUCCACACUCAGAUGCUAAGAAUCUGCACAACAAAUACGCAAUUGCAGAGGAAUUGAGCAGAGGUCAGUUUGGCAUUGUCCACCGCUGUGUUGACAUCAGUUCUGAGAAGACCUACAUGGCUAAAUUCGUCAAAGUGAGAGGCGCAGAUCAAGCAAUAGUCAAGAAGGAAAUUGCAACACUGAAUCUGGCCAAACAUACUAACUUCCUCCUCCUCCAUGAGUCUUUCGACAGUCCUGAGGAGCUGGUGAUGAUCUAUGACUUCAUCUCUGGUGCCGACAUCUUUGAGCGCCUCAACACAGCUGAGUUUGAGCUUAAUGAGCGGGAGAUUGUCAACUACAUCAGGCAGGUCUGCUCAGCUCUUGAGCUCCUGCACUCUGAGAGCUACGGACACUUUGAUAUCAGACCUGAGAACAUUGUGUACACAACUAGAACCAGCUCUAAUGUGAAAAUUAUUGAGUUGGGCCAGGCCAGACACCUGACACCUGGAGAGCAGAUCAAGAUUCAGUAUACUACUGCAGAGUAUGCCGCCCCUGAGAUCCACCAGUGUGACAUGGUUAGCUCUGUCACUGACAUGUGGUCUGUUGGUGUCCUUGCCUAUGUGCUCCUCAGUGGACUUAAUCCAUUCACAGCAGAAACCAACCAACAGAUGAUUGACAACAUCUCUAAUGCAGCCUACAGCUAUGACGAUGAGUCCUUCAAGCAGGUCAGUGUUGAGGCAUUAGACUUCACAGACCGCCUAAUGACCAAGGAACGUAAGCACCGUAUGACUGCUGCUGAGGCUCUGGCGCAUCCUUGGCUGUCCAAGCCUGCUGAGGAGAUAAGCACCAGAGCAAUCCCAACCGGAAGGCAUAAGAGAUACUACCAGACAAUGGUGAGGAAAGAGUGGGCCGCUGUGGUCUCUGCAGCCCGUGUGGCCAGCGGCGGCUCCAUCAGGUCCCAGCGGGGUGUCUUUGUUGCCAAGGUGAAGAUUGCUCCAUUUGAAAACGGUCCUGUUGGAGGCCAGAUUGGCCAUGCAGUGGUGAAUGAGGGAGACAGUGUGAAGUUCGCCUGCAACAUUGAAAACUAUGAUAGCACCACUGAAGUGACGUGGUACUGUGGCGUCAGGCAACUUGAAGCUGGUGACAAAUAUGAGAUUGAAUACGAGGACGGCUUGGCUGUAAUCACCAUCAACAAGGUCACAAGAGCAGAUGAUGGCACUUACAGAUGCAAGAUUGUGAAUGAGUACGGUGAGGACAGUGCCUACGCAGAGCUGUUUAUCAACAGUGUUAGAUCUUACCGCGACUUCUUCACCACCCGUGUGGUCAAGAAAACAAAGCGCAGAGUUGACACUGCCAGAAUGCUCCAGAAGCCACCAGAGUUCACCCUUCCUCUGGUCAACCGUACAGCCUAUCUUGGUGAGGACAUCCGCUUCGGCGUCACCAUCACUGUUCAUCCUGAGCCUCGUGUCAUCUGGCACAAAUCAGGACAGAAACUCAUUCCUGGACACGAUGACAAGAAAUACACCUUCAUCAGCGACAAGGGUCUGUACCAGCUGAUAAUCCACAGCCUUGAGGAAAGUGAUGAUGCUGAGUACAGCGUUGUGGCCCGUAACAGGUACGGUGAUGACAGCUGCAAGGCUCGUCUCACUGUUGUUCCUCGACCUAAACCAGCAGACCUUACCCUGAGGCCCAUGUUCAAACGCCUGCUUGCAAAUGUCGAGUGCAGGGAGGGCCAGAACGUGCGCUUUGAGAUUCGAGUAUCCGGCCAUCCCACACUGAAGUGGGAGAAGGAUGGCAUGCCUUUGGCCUUUGGACCAUCUAUUGAGGUUGUCCAUGAGGGUCUGGAUUACUUCAUCCUUCAUGUGAAAGACACUCUCCCCGAGGACUCUGGUGUGUACAGAGUUACUGCAACCAAUUCUGCUGGAUCUGCCAGUUGCCAGGCCACGCUCAAAGUAGAACAUGUUACUCAUGUAAAGAAAGAAUAUGAGCCCAGUGCAAAGGAGAAGGAACAGCUAGCUCAGAAGCAAGAAUUAGACAAAAAGGUGAGGCUGUCUCAGAUUAUGUCUGGCACUGUUGUUACACCUCUACCACCUGCAGCAGUACAAGCUGUCAGGGAGGCAGCCACCAUGUUCAAACCUGCUGUGACAACUAAGAAGGGUGAGAAGACUGAGGCUGAGAUACAGAAAGAACAAGAGGAGAAGAAGAAGCGGGCAGAUGAGAAGAGGCUGCGUAUGCCCUAUGUCGUCCCCACUCCUCGUGUCAUUAACCCAGCUGUUCUUGAGGAGGACGUGGAAAUAAAACACUUCAAGCCACUCUCUGACAUGAAAUGGUACAAGAAGCUGCGAGAUCAGUAUGAGUUCCCUGAGCCUAUGGACAAAAUCAAGCAGAAGAGGAUGAAGCGCAUUCGCCUCUCCAGAUGGGAGCAGUUCUAUGAGGUGCCCAUCAGGAUCAAGGACCAGUAUAAGCCUAAGUGGCGCAUCUCGGCCUUGACUCAAGAUGACUUGGAGACCGUGAGGCCUGCAAGGCACCGCACUCCUUCCCCUGAGAUGGAUGCCUACCACAGGAUCAGGAGGAGGUCCCUGGGUGACCUGUCAGAUGAGGAGCUGCUGCUGCCUGUGGGUGAAUACCUGUCCAUGAAGAAAACUGAGGAGGAGAGGCUUCGUCUGGAGGAAGAGCUGGAGCUUGGCUACUCUGCGUCUCCACCUAGCCUCAGCCCAGUUCGCUUUGAGCUGUCUGCCCUGCGUCCCUCAUCUCCUAAAAGAGUUUACAGUGAAGAAGAAGAGGGAGAAGAGAUCCGCAGAUAUGACUCCUACAGAGUUCCAUCUAAAUAUGAGGCUGGCCCAAGUUUUGUUGAUCUCCGCCAGCGUCACGACAAAGUCACACACAAAGCUCCAAGACAGAAGCAGAAGGUGUAUGAAGAGAGGGAAGAUCAGGAGCUGCUGCGCCCACCCAAAACUGCUCAGAGAAUCUCCUCUUACAAGAGUGAACUCAAACGCAUGGAGUUUGAGGAGAAGACGCGUACUUCGAAAAAGGAAACUGUCACCGUUGCGACCUUCUCUGAGGACAUUGAGUCUGAGCACAUAACAGGUUUUACCUCAGAAUAUAUUCUUAAACCCAUCAAGAAGCUGUCAAUGCCCGAACCUGAGAGGUCUCCUACUUCAGGAAAGGCUGUUAAGGCCGAAGUGACCCUUCCAAAAGUUGACUUUGCGUCCAGGUAUGAGGAGAGAAAGCAGGCUCUGAGAUCAGAGAGAAGAUCAGUGGAGAGGAAGUUUGAAGUGGUGACACAGGCUCCCUUCAGCCUUGACCACGCCCCACGUAUUACCAUCAGGAUGCGGUCUCAUCGCGUACCCUACGGCUCCAACACAAGGUUCACCCUGAAUGUCCAAGCCAAACCAGAACCUGAGGUCAAGUGGUUCCACAACGGAAAAGAGAUUAAUCAGAGCAGCAAAUACCACAUGACUAACAUCAGUGGAGUUCUGACUCUCCAGAUUAUCAACUGUGUGACUGAAGACUCCGGCACUUACCGUGUGGUCUGCAGGAACGGCAAAGGAGAGACUUCUGACUACGCCACACUGGAUGUAGCAGGAGCAGAAUACGCUGCCUUCUCUUCAGUCCGCAAAGACGAGGAGCCUCCAUCCUCACAUCUGCCAGAGAUGACCAGAACUGAGGUAUACCACGUGUCCUCCUCUAAAACGACAGUGAAGGAAACUGUGACUGAAACUGUGAAAGAGUCCACUACUGUUGUCGAGAAGCCAAGGGAGAAGCCUGGUGUUCAUGCCAAGUUCCUGACCAAGCCACAGUCCCUGACUGUAGAGGAGGGAAACCUCGCCAGAUUUGACUGUGAUGUGGAGGGCGAACCAGCACCUUCUAUCACCUGGCUGCACGAAGGCGAAGUUGUUAGUUCCUCUGCCCGUCACCACGUUGUCUCUACUCAGCACAACUCCCACUUUGAGAUCUCUGCUGUUGAGAUGUCGGAUGAAGGCAGCUACACUGUACUGGUGGAAAACGCUGGAGGUAAACAAGAGGCCCAUUUCACUCUGACCAUCCGCAAGUCUGAGUCCAAGGAGAAAGUAGUCGCCCCCCCUAGAAUCACCUCUCCGGAGGCAAAGUCCCCUCUUGCCAAGUCCCCUGAACCAGUCAAAUCUCCUCAGAGAGUCAAGUCCCCUGAGCCAAUCAAGUCACCUCAGAGAGUCAAAUCUCCAGUCUCCCCAAAAUCUCCAACACCAAAAUCCCCAACACCCAAGUCCCCUACUCCCAAAUCCCCAACUCCAUCUGAGAAGGAACGGGUGACUUCUCCAAUCAAGUCACCAAAAAGAGUGAUGUCUCCAACUCUUGAAAAGAAGCCGUCCUUCUCUGUUGGGCUGAGUGACGUCACUGCCGCCUCUGACGCUGUCGUCAAGCUCUCAGUGAAGUUGACAGGAGAGCCCAAAGCUGCAAUCUCAUGGAUGAAGGAUGGAAAGGCUCUGUCUCAGGGUGGGAAGUAUGAGAUCUUUGAGGAGUAUGGCUCAGCUUAUCUUGAGAUCUAUGAAUCGGAGGUCUCUGAUAGCGGGGUGUACAAGUGCACUGCUACCAACAGUGCUGGAGCAGUGUCCACAACCUGCUCAGUCACUGUACAGGGUAAGAUAACGCCGGCUUCUGGAAGCAAUUACUGUUCUUCAUUAACCUGCUGCUAAAACGUUCAGUUUCUACCAUAAAGUCUUACAUUUAUGUCUGUUUUAGGCUCCAAAACAAAAGCUGAAAUCUCUGAGGGAGUUAUGAAACGGCGGUCAGACGCUCCCCACUUCUUGGUGCAGCCCAGAUCCCAGAAUGUGAACGAGGGACAAAAUGUUAAAUUCACAUGUGAAAUUGCAGGAGAGCCUUCUCCUGAAGUGGAGUGGUUGAAAGACAACACGACUAUAUCUGUCACAUCAAACAUUAGACUGAGCCGCUCGAACAAUGUGUUCACUCUGGAGAUAUGUGAAGCCACAGUCGCAGACAGUGGGAAAUACACGAUAAAAGCCAAAAAUCAGUUUGGACAGUGCUCUGCGACAUCCUCCCUCAAUGUCCUCACUCUUGCUGAGGAAACAACCAAAAUGGUUAUUGUGGAGCAAAGAGCUUCUACUGAUACAGCUGCCAGCAUGCAGAAAAGUUUAUCGGCCUCAUCAGUUCGUAUGGAAGCAGCUUCCAUGCGGGCCGGCAGUUACAGCAGCAGCUCCCGCUCUGCUGCUGCCGAGUUUGCGUUUGAGAGCACGUCUGCAACUAGCAUGUCUGCCAUGAUGGCUGAGUCAGUGGUUUCCAUGAGCUCCAGCAGCCAAAUGAUGGAAAUGUCUUCUCACUCGCAUGUCGAGGCCUCCUCCUCGCUGAAGGCCCUCACCACGGGGGUUAAAAGAGGCGUUCCACCAAAGAUCGAGGCUCUUCCAGAGAGCGUCAGCGCCGAACCGGGGAAGUCCCUGACUGUGGCAGGGGUGUUCUCCGGAGACCCGGCUCCCUCUGUCCAGUGGGUCCGCUCAAAUCGGACCCUCCCCAACGGGGACGAGCGGUACCACGUGGAGAACACCGCUGACCUCUCCAUCUUCACGAUCUCUGCGGUGAAGGAGGCCGACGCCGGAGCGUAUACCCUCCGACUGUCCAACGAGUUCGGCUCUGACUCGGCAACUGUCAACGUUCACAUUCGGUCCAUGUAAAAAAAUAUAAAAAACGUUAAUUUAUAUCCCCCGUUUCCCUCAUCCAGAACCUUUUUAUUUAGUGAAUUAGCAACAAUAAUACUUGAUAAAGAUCUGGAUUUCUGUUCUUGUAAAUAUGAACUAUUUUUGUACCAAACUUGACAUUAAUUUAUGCCAAACUAGACUAAAGUCUAAAGUUGUUAUAAAAUGUGCCAUAUUGGACAAUUAAGACUUAGGAUUUUUGAACCACAUUUCUGUGACAUGUACAUAAUGUAUAUAGCCGAAUUUAACGGUUAUGGGAAAUGUAUGCAUUGUUAUUUAUGACAAUAUUAACUGAAACAAAAGAACAAAUGUUUUAACAGGAGAAAGUUUCACCAGGAACGAAUACCCUGUCAAACCGAGAAACUAAACUCUGUGCCUCAACGAUAAGUUGAAGUCUUAAGAUUGCCUCAACAGGUAGAGAGGCUCCCUGUUGACGUUAUGAACCACAAACAGAAAGACAAAGUUAUUGUUUUUGGACACGCGUCUGAGCGUGAGAUAUUACAGUUUCCUAUGAGUUGUACCAUGAGCGUAAGGCCCUGAGUGCUGUUUGCAUCACCCUCAUGUAAGCAGCACGACUCGGCCUUGUGCUCAGACUGACUGUGUCGUACCACCAUGAUUUGAUGACCAGCUCAGAGUGCGAGCGGCCUGCACUCUCAGCGUUUCGAUCAUUUUAAUAAAGAGCGCUGUUUCUGGCACAGGACGGCCGGACUGGCUUCUGAAAACGUAACAUCUCCUGGCCAUAAACGAACGGAAAGUCCACGCCGGCUCUGCUGUGCAGAAGCAGCGCCGUCUCUCGGAGGAUAAUUAGCUAACGUGUUUGUGUGUUGGAGUGCGAGUGUUUGUAGCUUUUAGUCAUUUCACCUUGUCAGUAGUCAGGGUCUUCUUCAUUCACCACAGUGACUCCAUCUGCUGUGAGAAGAGGAAAGCAGACGUGUGUAGCCCUGCACUUUGAUUUAAUUGAUCUGUUGAUGUAGAAAUGUAUUUCAUCCUCCUUGAGUUUUAUGCAUUACUGAUUUAAUAAAGCAUGA